GCAUUCCCAGCCUUGCCUCGGGUGUAGGGAUUGCAGAGGAAAGCAAAACUACACUCUUCAACAGUGUGUAGUUUUGUUUUUAUUUUCCGAGGCUCAACCGUUCUCACAUUGGAUAUUUUGAAAAUAUUGCUGGAUAAGAAAACCUUUUUUGAAGAUUUUAAAUUUCUGGGCACAGUCCCAUUAUUUCUAGGCACGCUUGUGAAAGCAGGGUGCCUAAAACAAUGUCGACACAAGCACCCACGUUUAUACAGCCUCUGCAAAGCGUUGUAGCACUUGAGGGUAGUGCUGCAACCUUUGAGGCUCAAGUUAGUGGUUCCCCAGUUCCUGAGGUGAGCUGGUUUCGUGAUGGCCAGGUUCUUUCCACUGCCGCUCUGCCCGGCGUGCAGAUCUCAUUCAGCGAAGGCCGCGCUCGAUUGAUGAUCCCCGCUGUGACAGCCGCACACAGUGGAAGAUUUUCUGUACGAGCCACCAAUGGAGCUGGACAAGCCACUAGCACAGCUGAAUUGCUUGUGACAGCAGAAACAGCGCCACCAAACUUUAUACAGAGACUACAGAGCAUGACUGUGAGACAAGGAAGCCAAGUCAGACUGGAUGUACGUGUGACUGGAAUCCCUACACCUGUGGUGAAGUUCUACAGGGAGGGAGCAGAGAUCCAGAGCUCCCCUGAUUUUCAGAUUGUACAAGAAGGAGAGGUAUACAGUUUAAUGAUUGCCGAAGCCUUCCCCGAAGAUUCUGGAACUUACUCCGUAAACGCCUCCAACAGCAGUGGACGUGCUACAUCUACAGCCGAACUGCUUGUUCAAGGCCAAGAAGAAGCAGUCCCUGCUAAAAAGACAAAGACUAUUGUAUCUACUGCUCAGAUUUCCCAGACUCGCCAGACAAGAGUUGAAAAGAAAAUGGAAACCCACUUCGAGGCUAGAACCACAGCGACAAUGGAAAUGGCUGUGGAUGGAUCUACAGUUAUCCACCAACUGCCACACAAGACACCCCCACGUGUGCCACCAAAACCAACCUCAAAAUCCCCGACUCCACCAUCUGCAGUUGCCAAGGUUUCAACAGCACGCCGUCAGUCACCUUCUCCUGUGAGGCACGUUAGAGGACCUGCCCCAUCCCCUGUCAGAUCUGUGUCUCCAUCUGGAAGAUUCUCCUCUUCAUCACCAAUUAGACCAGUAAAAUCUCCACUGGUGACUCGAAAAACCACAACCACAGUUGUCGCCUCAGAUGUCCUCCCACCUUGGAAGCAGGAGAAUUAUGUAUCAGAGGCAAGCUAUAGAGAAACCAGAAUGACUACUGCAGCCACCCAGAUGCACAUGGAGGGACACUGGGAAGGACGACAUGAAACUCAGAAACAAGUGACAGUUUCCGGAGCUGCUGUUGCUUUUACUGGAGCAGGAGAGGCUGAGGGUGACAAAAAAGCCGGAGCAGUGGCUAAAGUUCUUGCUGCUGUGGAUCAGGCACGCACAAAAGGGCCUGUACGAACAGAAGAAGCACGUGCUGAAGAUUCCAGUAUGGAGUAUGAAUACAAACACCAGGCCCUGUCUAAACAAACCAUAGAGCAACAAAUUGUUUCCAAACACGUCAAAACCGAGGCUGUGCGGGUCCCAUCUGAAAUUCAAAUUAUCGCUGCUGAUAAAGCUGACAGAAGCAUUUCUCAGAUUGAAAGAAGGAAGGAAACUACUGUCCACACGGACACAUCACUUUCCACAACCCCUGUUCCUCAUUUUACAGUAGCAAAAGUUACUGUUCCUAAACCAGAACAUACAUAUGAGGUUUCAAUAGCAGGAUGUGCUAUUGCUACUUUGCAGAAAGAAUUAGCUGCUACUGCUGCUCAAAAGAUCACCAGGCCGGUGAAACCCCCCACCCAUAAGACUGUGGAGACCAGAAUGAUGACAGAGCAGGUGAUCUCACCUCUGCCUCCAUUCAAAGAGACCUCUGAAACAUAUCAGAUGCAUUACGACACUCACUUGCUCAAAGAAAUAGGCACAUCCUAUUUAGGUGCUGUGGAAAAAGAAGACAAAUACCAAAUUUUUGAAGAGUGGGACAAAGAGAUGCAUGAGGCAGCAAGAGUACCCACAGUUGCUGAGGUAGCUGUCACUCCGCCAACCUUAGUUGCUGGAUUGAAAAAUGUGACUGUCAUGGAGGGAGAAUCUGUAACUCUAGAGUGCCAAAUCUCUGGACACCCAACCCCUGCUGUGAUGUGGUUCAGAGAGGACUACAGAAUUGAGAGUUCAAUUGACUUCCAAAUUACCUAUGAAUCUGGAUUUGCACGGCUUGUCAUUCGUGAAGCCUUUGCAGAAGACAGUGGUCGCUUUACUUGCACUGCUACCAGUGAAGCUGGAACAAUUAGCACAUCCAGUUACCUGCUCGUCCAAGUUUCAGAAGAAAUUGAGAGCAGAGAAGUCGUCUCUGCUGUCUCUGUUUCUGAGCAGCACAUUGUCACCGAAGAGAAACGUUUUUCUGAAUCAAAAGAAGAGACCAUGUCAGAGAUCAGUGGUGCUGCAGAGUCUGUUGAAUCUGGGGCAGGUGUUGCUCCUUUCUUUGUAAGGAAACCUACCGUACAGAAACUAGUUGAAGGAGGUAGUGUUGUAUUUGACUGUCAGAUUGGAGGAAUCCCCAAACCACACAUUUACUGGAAAAAGGCUGGAGUGCCUCUGACUACUGGAUACAGAUACAGAGUGGCAUACAACAAGGAAACUGGAGAAUGCAAACUGGAGAUCUCUAUGACAUUUGCUGAUGAUGCAGGGGAAUAUUCAAUUGUUGCCCGUAAUCAGCUUGGAGAAAUGACUGCCUCAGCUAACCUAUUAGACGAAGAUGAAUAUGAUGCUUACAUGAAGCAGUAUCAAAUGACUUUGCAGACUCAAGUGAUAACAAUUGUGCAAGAGCCUAAAGAGGCAGAAGUUGCACCAGCUAUUACCUUGAGUGAAUACGAACAAGAACAAGUUCUUCUCCAGAAGAAAAUGGCUAAGCAGACUGUCAUGAUGAAAAGAUUCAUACAGGAGCAGGAAUAUCAGAUUUCUGCAUUUGAAGAAAGACUUAUCAGAGAGAUUGAAUACAGAAUUAUCACGAUUACUUAUGAGGAGCUUGUCACAGAAGAUGGGGAAGAAAUGAUGGUGGAUGUCCCUGAACAUGAGAGGACUGAACCAGGCAUUGAAAUCGCAUUGAAAAGCUAUAGAAUCCUGGAAGGAAUGGGCGUCACUUUCCACUGCAAAGUAUCUGGACAUCCGCUUCCAAAGAUCGCGUGGUUCAAAGAUGGCAAACGCAUCAAACAAGGGGGUCGUUAUCAAAUGGAGGUUCUGCAGGAUGGCAGAGCCAGUCUGCGCUUACCAGUCGUGCUGCCAGAAGAUGAAGGCAUUUACACUGCGUUUGGCUGUAAUGUAAAAGGAAACUCAAUUUGUUCUGGAAAGCUGUAUGUGGAGCCCACUGCUCCAGCUGGAGCUCAGCUAUACUUUGCUGAACCCGAAGCAAUCAAGAGAAUCCGCUCUGUCUCCCCACGAUCUCCUAGCCGCUCUCCAGGCCGCUCUCCAGGCCGCUCUCCAGGCCGUUCUCCAGCACGCAGACUGGAUGAAACAGACGAGGGUCAGCUGGAGAGACUGUACAAACCCGUCUUUGUCAUGAAACCCUCAUCCUUUAAGUGUGCUGAGGGUCAAACUGCACGAUUUGACUUGAAAGUUGUUGGCAGACCUAUGCCUGAGACCUACUGGUUCCAUAAUGGCCAACAAGUGAUUAAUGAUUACACCCAUAAAAUUGUGGUGAAGGAAGAUGGUACACAGUCAAUGAUCAUUGUGCCCGCCAUGCCUCAUGACUCUGGGGAAUGGACUGUAGUUGCUCAGAACAGAGCUGGCAAGACAUCUAUUUCCAUGACCCUUACUGUGGAAGCUAAGGAAAACCUAGUGAGGCCCCAGUUUGUGGAAAAGCUGAAGAACCUGAGUGUUAAAGAAGGCACUUUAGUUGAGAUGGCUGUCAAAGCUAUUGGAAACCCAAAUCCUGACAUUGUGUGGCUGAAAAACAGUGAUAUCAUCUCUCCACACAAAUAUCCAAACAUCAAAAUUGAAGGCAAUAAAGGAGAAGCAUCCUUUAAAAUACCAUCAGCAACUAAUGCUGACACUGCAUGGUACACAGCAACAGCCAUCAACAGGGCUGGCCGUGACACAACAAGAUGCAAAGUCAAUGUGGAAGUAGAAUUUGCAGAACCUGAACCAGAAAGGAGAUUAAUUAUUCCAAAGGGAACAUACAAAGCCAAAGAGAUAGCAGCACCUGAGCUGGAGCCUCUUCAUAUGCGUUACGGACAGGAGCAAUGGGAAGAGGGUGACUUAUAUGACAAGGAAAAGCAGCAGAAGCCACACUUCAAAAAGAAGCUUACUUCUGUGAGGAUGAAGCGUUUUGGACCCGCACACUUUGAAUGCAGACUGACUCCCAUUGGAGACCCAACAAUGGUGGUUGAAUGGCUGCAUGAUGGCAAGCCUUUAGAAGCAGCCAACAGGCUCCGUAUGAUUAAUGAGUUUGGCUACUGCAGUCUUGACUAUGAAGUGGCAUAUUCUAGAGAUAGUGGUGUAAUCACCUGCAGAGCAACUAACAAGUAUGGAGUUGAUCAGACUUCAGCAACCCUGAUUGUCAAAGAUGAAAAGAGUCUUGUUGAAGAGACUCAGUUGCCAGAAGGCAAGAAAGGAAUGCAACGGAUUGAAGAGCUUGAAAGAAUUGCUCACGAAGGUGUACUUGUAGGAGUCACAGACGAAAUUUCAGAAAAGUCAAAGCCUGAAAUAGUCUUGUUACCUGAUUCUGCAAGGGUACUUGAAGGUGAGACUGCAAGAUACCGCUGCCGAGUCACAGGGUAUCCUCAGCCAAAGGUCAACUGGUACCUCAAUGGACAGCUUAUACGUAAAAGCAAGCGUUUUAGGCUUCGCUAUGAUGGCAUCUAUUACCUAGAAAUUGUUGAUUGCAAAUCAUAUGAUUCAGGUGAAGUCAAAGUGACAGCAGAAAACCCAGAGGGUGUUGUGGAGCACACUGUGAAGCUCGAGACUCAACAAAGAGAAGACUUCAGGUCUGUUCUACGUCGUGCACCUGAACCAAAAGUUGAAGGCUCACAAGCAGAGCAUGGAAGGGUGUCAUUUGAAGUAGUAAAAGUAGAAAGACCACCUGAAGCCCCACAGAGUAAAGAAGUUGUAAAACUUAGGAAAACUGAAAGAGUUACUCAUGAAAAAGAAACAGAGGAAACAGAAGAGCUCCGUAGUAAAUUUAAACGCAGGCAGGAAGAAGGAUACUAUGAAGCUAUCACAGCUGUAGAGCUGAAGUCCCGGAGAAAAGAUGAAUCCUAUGAAGACAUGCUGAGGAAGAGGAAGGAAGAACUUCUUCACAGGACCAAAGCAAUACCUGAGGAAGAAAAGAAAGAACCUCUUCCAGAGGGCACAGUGACCAUCCCAACUAUCAGGCCAGUCAGGGUUGAGCUGUCACCAAGCAUGGAGGCUCCCAAAAUCCUGGAACGUAUCCAGAGUCAGACAGUUUCUCAAGCAGAUGAGGCUCAUUUCCGUGCUAGAGUGAUAGGAAAACCUGAACCUGAGUGCCAAUGGUUCAAGAACGGUGUACAACUUGAGAAAACUGAACGUGUCUACUGGUUCUGGCCUGAAGAUAAUGUUUGUGAAUUAGUAAUUAGAGAUGUGACGGCUGAAGACUCUGCCAGCAUCAUGGUUAAAGCCAUCAACAUUGCUGGAGAAACUUCAAGCCAUGCAUUCUUGCUUGUACAAGCAAAACUAGUGAUUACCUUCAUUGAAGAGUUGAAAGAUGUCAAUUCCAAAGAGAAAGACACCAUGGCAACUUUUGAGUGUGAAACAUCUGAGCCAUUUGUCAAAGUUAAAUGGAUGAAAAACAAUGUGGAGAUUUUCUCUGGGGACAAAUACAGGAUGCACUCUGACAGAAAGGUCCAUUUUCUUUCGGUUUUGAGCAUUGAUAUGGGAGAUUCUGCAGAGUAUUCCUGUGCCCUAGUAGAAGAUGAAUAUGUGAAGACUUCUGCCAGUCUUAUUGUUGAAGGCGCUGCACUUGAAAUGAUCAAGAAACUGGAGAAUAUUGAAGUACCUGAAUCCUACUCAGGGGAAUUUGAAUGUCUUAUUACCCGGGAAGAUGCCAAAGGGACGUGGUACUGUGGGGAUGUUGAAAUUAAAGCAAGCAGCAAAUAUGUAAUUGCUUCUCGCCGUGGUCGUCACAGCCUUACUGUGAAAGAUGUUACAAAAGAAGACCAGGGACAGUACAGCUUUGUAGUUGGUGACAUAAAGACAACUUCCACGCUGAAGAUGAAGUUACGCCCUGUCACAAUGAUGCAAGGUCUUGCUGACAAAACUGUCUGUGAAGGUGAUAUUGUCCAACUCGAAGUUAAGUUCACUCAAGAAAAUGUAGAAGGCACAUGGAUGAGGACUGGUCAACCAAUCCAGCCAAGUGAACGUGUGCACAUUGUGAUUGACAAACAGUCUCACAUGCUGUUGAUUGAGGAUGCAACCAGGGGAGAUGCUGGUGUCUACUCCUUUGUAGUGACUGGACAUGACCUUUCAACAUCAGGACGACUGACUAUUCAGAGUAUCGAUUUUGUGAUCCCUUUGAAGGAUGUAACUGCUGUUGAGGGAACAAAGGCAGUUCUUGAAGCCAAAGUCUCAGCUCCAGAUAUAUCUUCAGUUAAAUGGUUCCUGAAUGACCAGCAGAUAACACCAAACGACAGAGUCCAAUCUGUAGCUAAAGGAGCAAAGCAACGUCUAUCAUUCACCAGAGCUUUUGCCUCCGAUGAAGGCCAAUACAAACUGGUGAUUGGCAAAGUUGAAUCACGCUGCACUAUGACAAUUGAAAGAAUUCAGAUUAUUAAAGGGCUGGAAGACCAGGUAUGCACAGAAACUCAAAAUGUUACCUUUAAUGCGGAGCUGUCUCAUCCUGGCAUUGAUGCAAUAUGGAUGCUUAAGAACAGCCCGCUCAAAGCUGGUCCCAAAUACAAGAUUGAGUCAAAGGGCAAACAUUACACAUUGACUGUUAACAACACAAUGAAAGACGAGGAAGGAGAAUACACAUUUUCAGCUGGUGAACAAACAUCGACUGCAAAACUUACAGUAUCAGGUGGUGCCAUUAGCAAACCACUGGAGGAUGUCACUGUAGCUGAAUCCCAGUCUGCUGUUUUUGAAUGUGAGGUGGCUAACCCUGAUUCAGAUGGCAAGUGGUUGAAGGAUGGCAAACCACUUGAGUUUAGUGAUAUAAUAAGAAGUGAAGCAGACAGAGCAAAAAGACGUCUCAUUAUUGAGAUAAGCAAACCAGGUGAUGUUGGUGAAUACGCCUACCAGGUUGCAACCUCGAAGACAUCAGCUAAACUAAAAAUUGAAGCUGUCAAAAUUAAGAAGACUCUAAAGAAUCAGACUGUGACAGAAACUCAGGAAGCUGUUUUCAGUUUGGAACUCACCCAUCCCAAUGUCAAAGGUUCUCAGUGGAUUAAAAACGGGAUUGAACUUCAAUCAAGUGACAAGUAUGACAUAAGCGUUGUUGGCACUGUACACACUCUGAAGAUUAAAAACAGCACCACACAAGAUGAGUCUGUCUACAGUUUUAAACUGGGAAAACUGGCAGCCAAUGCCAGGCUACAUGUAGAGACUAUUAAGAUUGUUAAGAAGCCAAAAGAUGUCACUUCUUUAGAAGAUGCAACAGCUUCCUUUGAACUGAGCCUGUCUCAUGACAAUGUGCCCGUUACAUGGAUGUUCAAUAACGUAGAAGUUAAAGCAAGUGACAAAUUUAAGAUGAUGUCAGAAAGGAAAGCCCAUAAACUGAUCAUUCAAAACGUUACCCCUGAGGACGCUGGGGAAUAUACAGCCCUUGUGGGGCAUCUGGAAUGCAAAGCAAGACUGUGUGUUGAAGCUUUGCGCAUCACAAAGACUAUGAAGAGCAUUGAGAUUCCUGAGACAAAGGUUGCAACCUUUGAGUGUGAAGUAUCCCACUUUAAUGUCCCUGCUCUGUGGCUGCAAAAUGGAGUUGAGAUUGAAAUGAGUGAGAAAUUCAGAAUAUCAGUUCAGGGCAAAGUUCAUCAGCUGGUAAUCAUGAACACAAGCACUGAAGAUUCUGCAGAGUACACUUUUAUCUGUGGAAACGACAAGGUCUCCGCAACACUAACAGUGAAUCCAAUCCUAAUUACCUCAAUGCUAAAAGACCUCAAUGCACAAGAGAAAGACACCAUAACCUUUGAGGUCAAUGUAAAUUAUGAAGGUAUCACCUACAAGUGGUUGAAAAAUGGUGUUGAGAUAAAAUCAACAGACAGAUGCCAAAUCAAGUCCAAACAACAGAACCACACACUCUCUAUCCGCAACGUUCACUUUGGGGAUGCUGCAGAGUACACUUUUGUUGCUGGGUCAUCUGUAACGUCUGCCACUUUAUAUGUGGAAGCCCGUCUUAUUGAAUUUAGAAAACCUAUUAAGGACAUCAAAGUUGUUGAGAAGAAGAAAGCCACCUUUGAAUGCGAGGUCUCAGAACCUAAUGUCGCUGUACAGUGGAUGAAAGGUGGCCAGGAACUUGAGCUGUCUGAAAGGUUUAGAGUUUCAACAGAGAAAUUUAUACAUCGUCUAAUGAUUUCCACUGUGCACAUGUCUGAUGCUGGGGAAUACUCAGUUGUAGCAGGCGGGAAUAUGUGCACUGCACAUCUUACAGUUGAAGGUCGUGACAUUAAGAUAUCAGAGCCUGUCGAAAAAGACAUCAUAGUUUUUGAACGACAGAGAGCUGUAGUUGAAUUUGAAGUCAAUGAGGACGAUACAGAGGCUCGUUGGCUGAAGGAUGGAGUGGAAAUUAACUUCCAGGUUCAGGAAAGGUUCAAAUAUCUUGUCAUUCGAAAAACUCAUCGUAUGACUAUUACAGAAACCAUACGCAGUGAUGCUGGUGAAUACACCUUUGUUGCUGGAAGAAACAGAAGUGUGGUGACACUUCACGUUAACCUUCCUGAGCCGCCACAGAUUGUGCAAGAGCUGAAACCCUUAACAAUCGACUGUGGUAAACCUGCACGCUUCAGUGCCGUGGUACGUGGCAAACCUGAACCUCAGGUUUCCUGGUAUAAGAAUGACCAGAAGCUCUCUGCGGGCUUUAAAUGCAAAUUCCUACAUGAUGGAGAAGAGUAUACUCUUCUGCUUAUUGAAGUUUCUCCUGAAGAUGCCGCCACAUACACUUGUGAAGCCAAAAACGAUUAUGGUGUUGCAACCACCUCAGCAUCGCUCAAUGUUGAAGUUUCAGAGGUUAUUUCCCCUGACAAAGGAGCUACUCCUGUUGCCAUAGCUCCCAUUCAAGAUGCCUCAACAGUUGAAGUGCAGUCUGAAGGACUUAAAAAAGUAGAAGAAUUUACAUCCAAGACUCAAUGGCAUGUUUCUACAAGUGUUGCAAGUGUUAAGAAGGAACCCCUUGGCCAAAGGCCUACUUUCAUUCAGCCUAUUGCGAGCUGCAUGGUGCCCCAUGGGGAAGUGGCCAGAUUUCAUGCACGUGUGUCUGGCAUGCCGAAACCGGAAAUCCGUUGGUUUCACAAUCAACGAUUAAUACAGCCAACCAAAAAUGUGGUGUUUCAUUUCGAUGAAGUAACAAAUACAGCCACACUCAUUAUUGUUGAUGCUUACACUGAGCAUGCUGGACAGUACUCUUGCAAGGCGUGCAAUAGUGCUGGAGAAGCAACUUGCACAGCUACACUUGAAGUGUCUGCAGAAGUGAAAACCAUAGAUAGGCAAAGCAUAUCAAGUACUGGAAAAGCCAUAAAGGAAACAGUCACCUCUCAGACCAUAUCAGAGGCUCGUGUUCAAUCUCCAGUGGUCACAAAGCAAACUGAAACUUAUUCAGAAGAGUUCAGAUCUGUCGAGGAGCCCUCCUAUGAAUACAGUUGUCAAGUCUUUGAAAGUGUUUCUGAAAGGUCCACUGUGAAGAAGACUACAUCUGUGAAAAGGAUGGAGGCCCAACAAGAAGUGACUAUUGUGAAACACUCAGAUUCCAUUGCCAACAGGGGUCCUACAAUGCUCCAAAAACUCUGUGAUCUUAGGGUGAAUACAGGCGCGAUGGCCCAGUUCAUCUGCUCUUUUGAUGGUCAGCCCUAUACUGAGAUAGUCUGGGAUCAUAACGGCAAGACACUGAAGGAAUCUGACAGAGUGAAAUGCUCUCAAAGUGGAGGUGUUCUGUCUCUUUCCAUCCUCAAUGUCCAGUUGGGUGACCAGGGUCGGUACAGAUGUGCAGUAAAAAAUAAAUAUGGGGAAGAUAGAACGUCUGCUCAGCUUACAGUGGAAGCUAAAGAAGCAAAACCCAAAGCAGAAACCAAAAUUUCCUCUGAUUCAGACACUAAACGUUCUAAAACUGACAGAGAGCCCCAUGUAAUUCCCACUGACCAAGGCCAACAGAAGCUCUCAGAGAAAUCUUCAAGACCUCCACCAUCGUCAACCCAAAGAUCAAGUGGAACACAAAGGCAGAGAAGCAGAGACUACUAUCCAGAUGUUGUACCCUUUGAGGAGUUACCAGAAACUGGUGCCACCAUUCCAGAAUUCCUAGAAAAACUGGCCCCAGAAACUUUUGUUAAAGAAGGAGAUGAUAUUUCGCUCUUUUGUGUUAUUAAGGGUGUACCUGCGCCUUGCGUGAUUUGGCUUUACAAUCAGUUGAUUGUUGAAGAGUCUGCAUUACGUUACUUGAAACAUGAUGGCUCUCUGUGCAGUUUAAAUUUAAAGAAAGUUGGCCCCAGUCAAGCUGGCGCAUUCACAUGCAAAGUAGUCAAUUCGGCAGGAGAAGCUUCGUGCAGCACACAUCUCAGGGUGACAGACAUAAAGAAAGUAAUUCAAGAGGAGAUUGAACGUAAAAUCGAGUUGGAAGUAAAAGAAUUUUCUAGCUUGGCUCUCACGACAACUGGUGAAGAGAAACAAGAAACCUACAGCAGUGGCCUUCAGUUAUCUGACAAAGGCAAAACAUUUGAACUCAUGCCAGAACCUAAGCUUUAUUCCAGCACAAUUGAAAAGAAAAAUGAAAAGCCAAAAGUACCAGUUUUUAUUAAGCAACUAGCCCAUGCUGAGAUUAGUGUAGGAGAGGUAGCUAGGUUUUCUAUCACAGUUACUGGCAUUCCCAAACCCAGAAUUCAGUGGUUUCAUAAUGGAAUAAAGUUGACUCCUUCAGCAGAUUAUAAGUUUGUUCAAGAAAAUGAGGAGUAUAUCAUGAUUAUUCCACAUGUCAAACUCGAAGAUAUAGGUGAGUAUUCUUGCUCUGCAAGUAAUAUUCUUGGUCAGUGCUUUUGCAGUACAUUUUUACAGGUGAGGCCAAAGGAAGCUAUGGGAGGAUUUAAAAAGCCUUCAGCAAGGCCACCAACUUUGAAUUUAGUAGAAAAGAAGGUCAUCAAAGAGUCUUUUUUAUCUGAAGAGGAACACAAAGUUCAAAUGGAAAUGAUGCAUAAUGUGACCAGACGUCCUCCUUGCUUCAUAAAAGAACUACAACCUGUGCAAUGCACAGAAGGAAGUCAAGUUACAUUUGAAUAUAAAGUGAUAGGGGACCCAAUGCCCGAGGUGCAGUGGUUUAAGGGAAGUUACCAAGUUCAACCAAGCAUCUACUUCAGCAUUGUACACAAUCUUGACGGAUCUGGUCACUUAAAUGUCAAUGGAGUUCAACAAGAUGAUGGUGGUCUUUAUACUUGUAGAGCAUUCAACCAGUUUGGGGAAGCCACCUCCAGUGCUGAGUUGCUUGUGUGUAAAGAUACAUUUGCUGUUUCUCGGCACAAGGAACACAAAGUUGUUCAAAAGAAAAAGGGAUAUAAAGUAUCAGCUGGAGAACAAGCUACAGAAUCCCGUUUAUAUAUGGUAAAUUUACCAGGUGAGGCAAGGGCCGAACUCCAAGAUGGACACCAGAUGGUGUACACUAUAGGCACUGAGGAAAGACAAGCUAUAAGUAGUGAACAAGUAGACUCAUUAAGGGAAGUAGCAGUCUCUGCAGCCACGUUGCACAGAGAACAUGUUCCCACCCAUCAGGCAGCUAUACAACAAUCUCAUGAGGUUGAAGAGAGGGUCACAGUCUCCACUGGUGAAGCUGUACCAGAGUCUUUUGUUCCAAUGCUGAGGGAACUGCACACUGCAGCAUUCGCAACUUCUGUUCAGGAAAGCCAUGGCUUUAGAGAGCAGCACUAUGAGCGAAUACAAAGCCCAGAGGUGAUUGAGAUUGAACUAACCAAAGAAAGACCCUCAAAACUUAUGUCAGUAGUUGCCGAGGAAGUAUUAUCUUUAACUAGUGUGACAACAGAAACUCUGGAGACAGGGUCUGAACUUGCAGUGCCAAAACCUGAACCACAACAUAUUGUAUAUAGUCACCACGUAGAAGGUAAGAUGCAACUGCCAAAAGAGGCAAUGUUUGUUAUUCAAAAGCCAGAGUUAGAAAAUGUUAGCAUGGUGAAUGAAGGUGUUAAAAUAGUGCACACAGCUGUAGCAACUGUGAAGCAGGAAUUUAAUGAGGCCCAUACCAGUGAGCUAAUAACUCUUGAUGCUGCCAUGGAAGCAAAAGUAGUAAAGGAAUUGUCAAAACCACUGCUAAGGCCUGUCACUGAAACACCAAAAUCCCUACCAAAAGAGCAGACUUUUCAAGUGCAAAGACCAAAUGAGCUGCAGAUAUCAGCAACUAAGGGUGCACUUUUAAAAUCAGCUUUAAUUGCUGAAGAGAAACAACAGCUCACAGCUGAACGUACUGAGAAGAUUGCUGGGCUAGAUAGUGCAGUGUCAGUACAAUCACAAAAAGUAGGUGAACAGCUUUUGCAUUUGCAGGUCAUAAGUGAGCAAGACACAUUGCCCAGUGAAGCCACUUUUAAUUUUGAGGUGCCCCCUGAGGAGCAAGCUGAAGUUAGAAAAAGCCCCACUUUGCUUUAUUCACUAAUUUCAGAUGAGCAAAAAUCUAUCACUUAUGAAGUUACUUCACAAUUUUCUUCCAAACAAAGUGCAGUUUCAAUUCAGUCAACAAAAGAGCUCUCCGCUGCUUUACAUCUGCAGUCUGUACAAACAGAAUGUAUGCUCCCAAAGGAAGGUAUACUUCCCUUCGAAAAGCCUGAACCCAGAGUAGCAGUACAGAAACAAGAGAAAGCCCGUAGGCAGGCAGUAAUUGCAGAAGAGAAAAGGGAACUUGCAGCAGAUUAUUCCACAGACCUUGAUGUGUCAGUGACAGGUAUUCAUUCAGAGUGUAAAAGCGAGCCUCUUCCACAGACUUGUCUUCAAGUAAUUACAGAGUCGGUUCAACUGCCAAAAGAAAGUCCAUUUACUUGUGAGGUAAAACAUCAGCGUGCUUUAGUUAAAAAAGAAGAUCAUUGGAAUAUCAUGCAGUUAACAACCGUAGCAGAAAGUCAGACUUUGGAGGAGGGCCAUACUGAUACCUUUAAAGGAACAGAGAAAGUUACUUGUCAGACCAAGUAUGAACCUAAAAUCCUCUCUGAGCCUGUUCACAUAGAAGAGAAAGCAGUUUCCACAGAAAGUACAGUUAUUUUAGAGGCAGCAGAAGAAGACUUUGCAGUCCGGAUUCAAGAAGGGCAAUCUGUGAGGCUUCCGUUAUUGAUGGAGGAAACACAGGUCAUUAUUGGAGAGCAUUCUGAAGACAUAACCAGGUCAGAUGCAACAGAUCUUAAGAUACAAAGGCAACCAAAAGAGGCAUUCCAGGCACAUGAGAUCCUAGAAAGUAAAACCCUUCCAAAAGAACUUACUUUUGUUCUUCAAACGCCCAAAGCUUUCACUUUGAGCAUUAGAACUCAAUUAAAAAAUGCACUUGAAUCUGCCAUAGCUGGUGAACAGCCUUCGCUUUUGGCAGAGGUUUUAGAACGCUUAGAGGAUAUUGAGGUAACAGAACUAAAGGUACGCAAAGAACCCAAAUAUACCAUGUUUACCUAUCUUAUUACAACUAGUAGUUCCCCACCUAUGGAAAUAACCUUAGCUUUUGAAGGACAGUAUCCCCAGACUGCCAAUUUGAAAAGUGAACUUCAAGCAGCCUUUCAUUCAAUUGUUCAUCAGGAGCAGCAUGUCCUGUCUUCAGAACAGCCAGGCACCAUACAAAUUGACAGGCCCCAAAGGUUACGUGUCAGCAGUGCACCUUCCAAAGAAAUGAUGACACCACUUGUGGAAACUGUUGGCAUUGCAGAGUGUGCCUCAGACAUUGCAAAACCAAACAACCAGUCAGCUGAUCUUAAGACCCAAGACAAACCCUCAGUCCAAACAGUAAUGACACAAGGUGUUACUCUGCUGAAGGAGUCAACUGAUUCUUUUUCAAAAAGUUCACAAGCACAGAUGAUUAAAGUAACCACAGAAUCAAAAAGGGAUAUUCAGGAGAUGGUAUCUGUGCAGCAAGUUAAAACAGCGACAAUGAAAACUCAUCAGAAAGAUGUUGGAGCUGCAGUCAUUACCACAGAAGUACCUUCAACAUCAAUUCCUGUUGAACAGACAGUAAACAUCCUUGUAAAAAAAGAGAGAAGCGAAGAAAUUUUAAAAGAAGAAAUGACAAUAUCUUCAGAACCUUCUACCAAGGGUUAUCCCGUCAUUAGUCAGGGACUAGAAGAUGUUGCUGCAGAGAAAGAUAGCAAAGUAAGUCUUAGUGUAAUUAUAACAAGUGUUAAAAAGGUAAACUGGCUUUUCAAUGGUAAACAGGUUACUUCAGGCAAAGAGUUCAAAUGUUUAAAGGACCACGAUACUUACACACUAGUAAUCAACAAAGCAGUCAAGGAGAAGCACGAAGGAGAGUAUAUCUGUGAGGCAGUGAAUGAAGCUGGAAAGACCACUACAUCAUCGAAACUCACAGUUGUAUUAAGAGCUGCUCCAGUCUUCAAGAAGAAAAUUCAGUCCUUGGAGGUCACUGUUGGCAACCCUGCAAAGUUUGAGUGUGAGACUGAAGUCGCUCCAAAUGUGUCAUUUAAGUGGUUCAAGGCUGGGAAUGAAGUUCGAGAGAGUGACAAGUACAAGAUUGUUAGCAAAAACUACACCUCUACUUUGGAAAUUCCAAAACCCCAAGUAUCAGACAGUGGUGAAUACACCUGUAAAGCUUCAAACCAGCAAGGCAGUGACAGCUGUGCAGCAUCGAUAACUGUGACUGAAGUUUUUCCUCCGGUCUUUGUAACUAGACCAGAGCCAAUGACUUUAUACGUGGGGAAACCUGCAAGAUUUCAAUGUGCAGUGACUGGCUCACCACCAAUGAAUAUUGUAUGGCAGAAAGCCGGUCUUGACAUUUCUUCAGACGGAAACUACAAAAUCUCAACUGACAAGAAAAAGAAUAUUCUUGAGAUUCCUAGUCUUCAGCUUGAUAACAAGGGCAUCUACAGUUGCAAGGCAACAAAUGCAUUUGGAACCGACAUCUGUAGUGCUGAGCUAAGAGUUAUUGAUAAACCACAGUUUGUGAAGAAACUUGAGCCCUUACCAGUGGCUGUUGGCCACAUCAUUCGGCUUGAAUGCCAGGUGGAUGAAGACACAGGAGUAUGUAUAACUUGGAGCAGAGAUGGUAAAAAACUCCAUCUCAGUAUGGAUUAUAAAAUUACAUUUGAAGAAAAGGUAGCAGUUCUUGAAAUUCCAAAUGCCAAACUCAAAGAUUCAGGAAACUAUGUCUGCACUGCAUCAAAUGACGCUGGAAGUAGCACCUGCUCUGCCUCUGUAACAGUGAGAGAACCCCCAUCAUUUCUUAAGAAACUGGAGUCCAAGAUUGUGUGGAAAAAGGGUGUGGCAGCCCGUCUACAGUGCUCUGUUAAAGGCUCACCUGAACUGCAUGUUACCUGGUUUAAGAAUGACAAGGAACUAAGUACCAGUGACAAAUACAAAAUCACAUUUGUAGAUGCUUUGGCAGUCAUAGAAUUUUUUGAAGUUAGUGUGGAGGACAGUGGAAACUACACAUGUGAAGUACUAAAUGAAUCUGGCUGUGAGAGCUGCAGUGCCAAGAUAACCGUAAAAGAACCACCAUAUUUCAGCAAAGAACUAAAACCAGUAGAAGUAAUGAAGGGCACCAAUACUGCACUUGAAUGUGAAAUUGCUGGUACAGCUCCAUUUGAAGUGAAAUGGUUCAAAGAUAGAAAGCCAAUUAAAAUUGGUAAAAAACACAACAUUAUCAAUCAAGAUUCUAUUACCUCUUUGGAAAUUACUUCAUUUGAAACAGCAGAUGCUGGCGAUUACCAAUGUUUUGUAACAAAUGAUGUGGGCAAGAGUUCAUGCAGCUCAACUGUAAAGUUGAAAGAAGCCCCCUCAUUUGUUAAGAAGAUUGAAAAUGUUACUGCAAUGUUGGGAAGUCCUGUUAAGAUGCAGUCUACUGUGAGAGGCUCAGCGCCUAUUUCCAUUAAGUGGUUGAAGGAUAAUGAGAUAGUGAAAAAUGAUGAUUAUAUCACUACGGCUUUUGAAAAUGAUGUUGCCAUCCUGGAAAUAAUGACUGUUCAGAUUAGUCAUAGUGGGAAAUACACAUGUCAAGCUGAGAAUGAAGCAGGGCUUCAAAAAUGUGAAGCAACUGUAUCAGUAAAAGAACCGGCCAGAAUAGUAGAAAAAACGGCAUCAAUUAGUGUGACAGCAGGGGACCCAGCAACUUUGGAAUGCACUGUAGCAGGUAGCCCAUCACUUAAAGUCAAAUGGUUUAAAGAUGGAAAAGAGAUGGUAUCCAGCAGAAAAUUCAAAACAAGCUUUAAGGAUAAUGUUGCCAGUUUAAAGAUUUAUGCAACAGAAAAAGUGGACAGCAGUGAAUACAUGGUUGAAGUGUCAAACAGUGUUGGAAAUGACAGAUGUGCUUCUUCUGUUACUGUGCUGGAUCGGAUUAUUCCUCCAUCUUUUAUAAAACCAGUAAGGAAAGUGGAUGGCAUUGUAGGUACCAGUGUAAACAUGGAAUGUAAAGUCUCUGGUUCUCAGCCCAUGACCAUUUCCUGGUACAAGGAUGAAAACGAGAUAUCAGCUGGUGUUAAAUAUCAAAUGACAUUCCAGGAAAACACAGCAUCACUGGGAAUAAGUCAAUUAGAAAUGACUGAUGCUGGAAUUUAUACUUGCCGAGCAGCAAAUGCAGCAGGGAACAAAGAAAGCAGUGGAACUGUCAUUGUAAAAGAGCCUCCAUGCUUCUCUGUCAAAUUGGAUUCACAAGAAGUGAUACCUGGUUCCACUGUGAUUUUAAGAAGUUCUUUCAAUGGAACAGCCCCACUGACAAUCAAGUGGUUUAAGGGGGAUAAGGAAUUAACAACAGGUGGAGCAUGUUUUAUCAAAAAAGAAACAUCAUCAAGUUUUCUGGAGCUUCAUUCUGUGAAACCUUCUGAUUCAGACAACUACACUUGCCAAGUCAGCAAUGAUGUUGGCAAGGUGGCAUGCACCGCUAUCUUGUUUGUAAAAGAGCCACCAUCAUUUGUGAAGAAACCGGACCCUUCAAAACUGUUAAUGAAUGGAUCUUCAGUUAAACUGGAAUGCAAAGUAACUGGCACUCCUGAGAUAAAAAUUAAAUGGCUCAAGAAUGAGAGUGAAAUCAGUGCCAGUGAUAAGUACAGAAUGUCCUUCACAAAUUCGGUAGCAGUCCUGGAGAUUAUCAAUACUAGCAUCGACGACAGUGGCGAUUACAUCUGCGAAGCACAUAGUGAAGCUGGUAGUGAUAGAUGUAGCAGCACGGUUAGAGUCAAAGAACCCCCAGCUUUUAUAAAGGCUGUUGAAUCCAGGGAAGUUGUAAAAGGUUCUGAUGUUAUUUUGGAAGGUGAACUGUCUGGCUCAGCUCCAUUUGAUGUGGCAUGGUACAAAGACAAUAAACCUAUCAGAAGUAGCAAAAAGUACAAUAUAACCUGCCAGAAUGGCACAGUCAACCUUCACAUUCUGAAGUGCGAUUCCACAGAGGUUGGCAAAUAUCAAUGUACAGUUACUAAUGAUGUAGGAAAUGCAUCCUGUGAUUGCCAAGUUACAUUAAAAGAACCCCCAUCAUUUGUACAGAAGGUUGAAAACGUUAGCUCCAUUGUAGGGAGUGAUAUUGCACUGCAAUGUACCCUUAAAGGUUCAAUGCCAAUAACUGUGUCUUGGAUAAAGGAUGAUCAUGAAGUCACAGAGGAGGAACAUAUAAAAAUGAGUUGUGAUAACAAAAUUGCUACCCUGUACAUGACAGGUGUGCAUACACAGCACAGUGGAAAGUAUACUUGUCAGGCAAAGAAUGAUGCAGGAGUGCAAAAGUGUUCUGCUUCUGUGGUAGUUAAAGAACCUGCAAACAUAACUGAAAAGGCAGAGUCUAUUAGUGUUACUGCUGGUGACCCAGCCACUCUGGAAUGUAGGUUUUCAGGUACCAAGGCACUAAAGACUAAAUGGUCCAAGGCUGGCAAAGAGCUGACAUCAGGCAAAAAGUAUAAGAUCCACAGUACAGAUAAAGUUUCCACGCUAAAGAUUCAUUCGACAGAAAAGGUUGAUGGUGGUGAAUAUAUGUUUGAGGUUUCCAAUGAUGUUGGCAGCAGCACAUGUACAACAUCCAUCACAGUUUUAGAUCAAAUUAUCAAACCAUCGUUUACAAGAAAAUUGAAACCAGUGGACAGCAUCAAAGGGUCUUUUGCCCAUCUGGAAUGCCUUGUAUCUGGCUCUCUUCCUCUGAGUGUGGCAUGGUACAAGGAUGACAAAGAGAUAACGGCUAGUGAAAAAUAUAAAUCCACAUUAUAUGAAAACACAGCACUUUUGGAAAUUAUUCGCCUUGAUAGUGCAGACAGUGGGAGCUACAUUUGUGUUGCAACCAAUAAAGCUGGACGUGAGCAGUGUUCUGGCCACUUAACUGUAAAAGAGCCUCCAACCAUAAUAGAAAAGCCUUUAUCGAAGGAUGUUUUACCCGGAUCUAGAGUGCAGCUGAAAGUUUUAGUCAAUGGCACUCCUCCAUUGUCAAUAAAAUGGUUUAAGGACAACAAAGAACUUGUAUCAGGAGCCACUUGUUCCAUUUGGAAUGACAACACAACAAGUUUGCUGGAGUUAUUUUCUGUCAGUGUUUCUGACUCAGGAGAUUACAGUUGUGAGAUCAGUAAUGAUGUUGGAUCAGAGGCUUGCAAAUCAACACUUUUUGUCAAAGUACCUCCAAAAUUUGUUCAGAAGCCUGAGAAUGUAGCAAUACUAAAACCAGGACAGAACAAAAUUCUUAAGUGCCAAGUAGUAGGCACUCCUGAAAUAAAAAUCUCCUGGUUCCAAGAUGGCAAUGAAAUAAGCUCCAGUGACAAGUAUAAAAUGUCCUUUGAUAACUCUCUGGUGAGCCUUGAAAUAACUGGUGCUAAGGUUGAAGAUAGUGGGGUAUACGUGUGUGAGGCACACAAUGAAGCUGGUAGCGAAAGUUGCAGUGUUGAAGUAAAAGUGAAAGAACCCCCAGUGUUUAAAAAGGAACUGACAUCUUUUGAAGUUGUGAAAGCCUCUGAUGUUAUGCUUGAUUGUGAAGUUACUGGUACAGCUCCAUUUGAAGUUACCUGGUAUAAGGAUGCUAAGGAAAUCCGAACCAGUAAAAGGCAUACAAUUACACAGGAGAAUGGCCAUAUUUGCCUUCAUAUACUCAAAUGUGGUGCAUUAGAUGUUGGUGAAUACCAAUGUACUGUAGCAAAUGAUGUGGGAAGCUGCUUAUGCAGGUCUAAACUGAGUUUGAAAGAACCUCCAUCAUUUUUAAAGAAGAUUGAAAAUAUUGCCACUGUUUUGGAAAGUUCCGCUACAUUUCAGUGCACUGUUACUGGGUCGCCUACCUUAUCUGUAAGAUGGCAGAAAGAUGAAGACUGGUUAUUAGAAGGCCCUAAUAUUGAAUUUAAAUUUGAAGACAAUGUUGCGACAUUGAACAUUUGUGUAGCAGAAGCCUCUCACAAUGGGAAGUACACAUGCCACGUUAUGAACGAUGCAGGAAUGCAGAAGUGUUUUGCAACACUAUUAGUUCAAGAACCUGCCAAAAUCAUAGAGAAGCCAAAGGCAGUAAGUGUUACUGUAGGUGAUCCUGUAAGUUUGGAGAGUAUUGUGGCUGGCACACCUGAACUUAAAGUAAAAUGGUUCAAGGAUGACAAGGAACUCAUGCCCAGCAGACAGUAUAAAAUGAGUUUUAUGAAAAAUGUGGCAAACCUUAAGAUUCAAUCUGUAAAAAAUGAGGACAGUGGGGAAUAUGCCUUUGAGGUCUCUAAUGGCAUUGGAAGCAGCAGUUGCAAAGUGAAUUUGAUUGUUCUAGAACAAGUAAUCGCUCCAUCAUUCCUCAAAAAGUUGUCAGAAAUGCAACAAGUUUUAGGAUCAUGUUUACGCAUGGAAUGCAAAGUUUCUGGUUCUCUUCCAAUGAGUGUGGAAUGGUAUAAGGAUGGCAGCAUCAUAUCUGGUAGAACAAAAUAUAAUCUUGCCUAUCAAGACAAUACUGUUUCCCUGGAGAUUGAUCAGUUAGAGAAGACUGAUGCUGGAAAAUACACUUGCAAACUAAUGAAUGAAGCAGGAAGUAGUGAAUGUGGUGGUACCUUAAUUGUUAAAGAACCACCAAGUUUUGUGGUGAAACCAGAUGCCCAGACAGUUCUUCCUGGUUCUACUGUGCAUUUUAAAAGUACUUUAAAAGGAACACCUCCAUUUGUUGUAAAAUGGCUAAAAGAUGGCAAUGAAAUCAUAACCGGCCCGAAAUAUUUUGCUGGAAUCGAAGGGUCAUCAUGCUAUUUAGAUCUUUACUCUGUUGGAGUUUCCGAAAGUGGAGUUUAUACCUGCCAAGUUAGCAAUGAUGCUGAUACAAUAAGCUGUACAACAGAGUUGCUUGUGAAAGAACCCCCCAAGUUUGUUAAGAAGUUGGAGUCUUCAAAGGUAGUAAAACCGAAAGACCAGACUCGCUUUGAAUGCAAAGUAACUGGAUCACCAGAAAUCCAAAUCUCUUGGUUCAAAAAUGACAGUAAAAUCAGUGAAAGUGAAAAAUACAGAAUGUCCUUCAUAAACUCCCUGGCCGUUCUUGAGAUUGAAAAUAUCAGUCUUGAAGACAGUGGAGACUACAUCUGUGAGGCGCUGAAUGAAGCAGGAAGUGACAGCUGCAGCACUACAGUUACAGUAAAAGACCCACCUGCUUUCAUCAAAGCCCCUGAACCAGUGGAGGGUAUAAAAGGCAAAGAUUUGAGCCUUGAAUGUGAGCUUUCAGGCUCUCCGCCCUUUGAAAUAACCUGGUAUAAAGACAAACGGCAAAUUAAAGACAGUAAAAAGUACAAGGUCACACACGAGGGCUGUCUUGCUACUCUCCACAUUUUAAAUCUGGAAGGUUCAGACGUUGGUGAAUAUCAAUGCAAGGCAGGAAACAAUGUGGGAAGUGACAGUUGUACUGGCACGGUUAAGCUCAAAGAGCCACCAGUGUUUGUGAAGAAACUAUCAAAUGUGACAGCCGUUACUGGAGAAGAAGUGACUUUGGGUGCAACGAUUAAAGGUUCACAGCCUAUUACUGUGUCAUGGGUCAAAGACAAAGAUGUGAUAAGAGACAGUGAUAAUACCAGGAUUUCCUUUGAAAACAAUCUUGUCACCCUAAAUAUCAUCAAUGCAGACACAGCUAACUCUGGCAAAUAUAUUUGCCAGAUAAAAAAUGAUGCUGGAAUGCAGGAAUGCAUGGCUUCUUUGUCUGUUCUAGAACCAGCAGCAAUUUUGGAGAAACCAGAACCAAUAAGUGUAACAGCAGGGGAUCCAGUGACUUUAGAAUGCACCAUAUCUGGUACACCUGAACUUAAGGGGAAAUGGUUUAGGAAUGGUAAUGAGAUGGUCUCUGGCAGGAAAUACAAAAUGACCCUUUCCAAAAAUGUGGCAGCCCUCAAAAUUUUGUCGACAGAAAAAGGUGACACAGGCCAAUAUACAUUUGAGGUCAAGAAUAAUGUUGGCAGCGACAGCUGUACAACAACCCUCACUGUUUCAGAUAAAGUUAUCCCUCCUUCAUUCACAAGAAAGUUAAAGGAUACAAAUGCAAUCUUGGGUGCAGCAAUCCAAAUGGAGUGUAGAGUAUCUGGUUCUCCACCAUUAUCUGUUUCUUGGUUCCUUGAUGGGGAAGAGAUUGUUGAAGGAGAAAAGCAUCACCUCACAUUUACUGACAAUACAUGUGCUUUGAAAGUUGAUACUCUUGAAUUGUCAGAUGCUGGAAAGUACAGAUGUUCAGCAAAAAAUACAGCUGGAGCUGAUGAAUGCAGUGCUUCUUUGACUGUAAAAGAACCUCCAUCUUUUGUGAAGAAGCCUGAACCAGUAGAAGCUCUGCCUGGAUCUAAUAUCAUUUUUACAGGAGUUGUAAGUGGAACCCCUCCACUAAAAUUGAAAUGGUUCAGAGGUAGCAGUGAAAUAAUUUCUGGGAGGAGCUGUGCAAUAACUUUGCAAGGAACAACAGCCUCUCUGGAAUUGUUCAAAGUAGACACAUCAAAAAGUGGUGAAUAUACAUGUCAAAUCACCAAUGAUGCUGGCAAAGAGAGUUGUACAACAAAUCUAUUUGUGAAAGAACCAGCAAAAUUCCAGAAGAAAUUGAAGGAUUCUAGUAUUGAACUAGGGAAGCCCCUGUUUCUUGAAUGCACAUAUUCUGGUACCCCAGAUAUUUCAGUGAAGUGGCAGAAGGAUGGUACAGAAAUUACAUCUUCAGAAAAAUUCAAUGUAACUACAACAGAAAACUCCUGCAUACUAGAAGUCUUCGAAAGUAACAAAGAUUGUGGUGGAAAAUACACUUGUGAAGUUGUGAAUGAAGCAGGAAGUGAUACCUGUCAUGCAGUCCUGUCAAUAUUAGAACCACCUUAUUUUGUCCACCAUUUGGAACCAGUGGAUGUGACUGCUGGAGAUGCAGUAUGUUUGAAAUGCCAAAUAGCAGGAACCCAUGAAAUUAAAGUGUCAUGGUAUAAAGGAGAUACAAAACUGCGAGCUACUUCUAUGUGCAAAAUGGAAUUCACUAACAGCUUUGCUACUCUGAAACUGAGCAAAGUUAGCAAAAAUGACAUUGGAGAAUACAUCUGCAAAGCGGAAAAUCAUAUAGGUGCUGCAUCGUCAAAAGCCUCAUUGAAUGUGCAAGAUGUCAAAACACCACCUAUCUUUACAAGAAAAAUGACGAGUCUUCAGGAGACUGAGGGUCUUCCAGUUAAAUUUGAGUGUCGUGUAACUGGGUCAUCUCCCAUUGAAGUGUCUUGGCUUAAAGAUGAUGAAUCUUUGGCCAACGAAGAUGACAUUAAAAUGUCCUUUAUUGAUAACACUGCCAUCCUAGAGAUUGCUCAAACUGAAAUGAAACACUCUGGUGAAUACACAUGCGUAGCUUCCAAUGUUGUUGGAAGUGCCUCUUGUAGCGCCAAACUUACACUUAAAGAACCCAGGUUUGCUCCUGUCUUUGACAAAAAGCUAGAGCCACUGGAAGUUACUGUGGGAGACAGUUUUGCACUUGAGUGCCAUAUGACUGGAUCUUUACCCAUCAAAGUCACUUGGUCAAAGGAUAAAAAGGACAUCAGAGCUGCAGGAAAUUAUAAGAUCACCUGCAUUGAUGACACACCUCGCUUGACCAUUCUGAAAGCAGAUAAGGGAGACUCUGGGCAGUACUCUUGUGAAGCCAGCAAUGAUAUCGGGAAGGACUCUUGUACAGCUCAAGUUGCAGUGAAAGAACGCAAAGUGCCACCUACCUUCACCAAGAAACCUUCUGAAUCAAUUGAAGACACAGAAGGAAAAAUCAUUAAGUUGGAAGGUCGUGUUUCUGGUUCCCAACCAAUGAACAUAAGCUGGUUCAAAGAUGACCAAGAAAUCCAACUCUCUGACAGUUAUGACAUGUCAUUUAAAAGCAAUGUUGUACAACUGUGCCUAAAGAAAGCUAGACUCUCAGAUACUGGUUCUUACACUUGCAAGGUGUCGAAUGAAGCAGGCACUACCUCAUGCAAUGUGUCUGUGCUUAUUAAAGAACUAAAAAGACCUCCAGUUUUUGAUCUGCCUCUUAAACCAGUCACAGUUAAUGUAGGUGAAAGCUUGCAGAUAAGCUGUCAUGUCCAUGGAUCCGACCCUAUCAAGAUUCAAUGGCAAAAGGACAAGAAAGAAGUUAAACCUUCUGAUAAGUGCCAGAUUACUUUCACCGAUGGUACAUCUGCUUUGGAAAUAAAUGCAGUUGCUAAAACUGAUGCUGGUGACUACGUAUGUAAGGCCACAAAUGAGGCCGGAAGUGAAUCUUGCAAGGCAAAAGUAACCGUAAAAGAUAAAGCAGUGGGAGCAUCACCUGCACCAGCAGCAGCAGCAAAGCCAGCAAAAUUAGACAACUUAUUCUUCAUUGAGGAACCCAAGAGUAUCAAAGUGACAGAAAAGGGGGUAGCUACUUUUAUUGCCAAAGUUGGUGGUGACCCAAUUCCAAAUGUUAAAUGGAUGAAAGGCAAAUGGAGACAAAUCAACCAUGGAGGACGCAUUGUUGUAGAGCAGAAGGGUCAGGAGGCGAAACUUGAAAUCAAAGAAGUGACCAAAACAGACUCAGGACAGUACAGGUGUCUUGCAACAAACAAGUUUGGUGAAAUCGAAUGCAGUACCAACCUGGAGGUCGAGGAAAAGAAAGAACUAACGGUUGAUGCCGACUUCCGGGCCAAACUGAAGAAGGUGCCUUCCAAGCAAAAGGAACAAGAGGAAGACAAAGACAUUGAUAUUGUAGAACUGUUGAGAAAUGUGGACCCCAAAGAGUAUGAGAAAUAUGCUCGCAUGUAUGGAAUCACAGAUUAUCGUGGUCUUCUGCAAGCACUUGAGCAGCUCAAAAAGUUGAAAGGAGAGGAAACUCAUCAACUGGAACUGGAGGGAAGAAGUGCUGGAGAAGAACAGGAGUUUGAUGAACUUGUCUCUUUCCUACAACAAAGAAUGACACAAACUGAGCCAAUCACUCUGGUCAAGGACAUUGAAGAUCAGACUGUUACAGUAAAUAAGGAUGCAGUAUUUGAAUGUGAGAUCAAGAUCAACUAUCCUGAGAUUAAGCUUUCCUGGUACAAAGGAACUGCAAAACUGGAUACCGAUGAAAAGUAUGACAUAAGCAUUGAAGGUGACCGCCAUGUGCUGAGAAUUUAUAACUGUGAGACACAGGAUCAAGGAAACUAUCGUAUUGUCUGUGGUCCACACAUUUCAAGUGCUAAAUUAACCGUAGCAGAACCUGUAGUGGAACAUCAUCUCCAGAGCUUAGCUGGUAAGGAAGGCCAGAUGGGUACCCUGGCUUGCCAGUUCUCAGUAUCUAAUGUAAAAUCAGAGUGGUUAAAAAAUGGAAAGCUGAUAGAGACACAUGACAGAUACACAGUUGAUGUCACUGAUAAAGUACAGAAACUUUAUGUUAAAGACCUAACACCAGAAGACCAAGGACGUUUUACCUGCAGAUUUGAGUGCCUUGAGACCACUGCUGAUUUUAGGGUGGAAGCUCAACAAAUCCAGUUCACCAAGAACAUCCGGGACAUUGUUGUCAAUGAGCAUCAAUCUGCAACCUUUGAGUGUGAGGUUUCGUUCGAUGAUGCGAUUGUUACAUGGUACAAAGACUCUACAGAGCUUAAAGAAAGUUCAAAAUACAACUUUAGAAAGGAAGAGCGUUGUCAUUUUAUGACCAUCCACAGUGUAACUGCUGACGACGAAGGUGUUUAUUCUGUAAUUGCGCGACUGGAGCCGAUAGGUGAGGCCAAAAGCACUGCUGAACUCUGCUUGUCCAGCAAAGAAAUUGCUUUGGGAAAACAAUAUGAUGUCCCUGAUACUGGAGUAGAAGGUCCAGACGUACCAUCUACAGUAAUCACCAAAGAUGUAACUUCUACUGUUAUUGAGUAUGCUGCUGAAGAGAUCAUUACAAGGACAGAAACUGAAAGAAGGAUAAUUGAAGAGGAAUUUGUACAAGCUACUAUAAUUAAAAGAGAUGAAGUUUCUGGACCAGCAGUUUCAAGGGUGCCUGUAGAUGAGACAGUCAGUGUAACAGUGGUAGGAGGAAGAUACACAACUCCUGAAAAAGUUCCUGAAGCUUCAAAGAAGCCAGAAGAAAUUACACCUGCUGCUGUACCAAAGAGAGACAAGCCUGCCGAGGCUAAAGUACCUGAAGUUGCCAAGAAGCCUGUAUCAGAGGUUACACCAGAAGUUAAACCAGAAAAGAAAGACCAUGUUGCACCAAAAGCACCUGGAGAAUUGAAGAAGCCUGUAUCUGAACCUGCUGUUACUCCAGCUAAAGAUCAGGUUGCACCUACUAAAGUGCCUGAAGAAGUUAAGAAACCUGAAGUGAAACCUGAAGUGAAACCAGCACCUGCAGCCAAAGUAGCACCUGAACCAAGGGUUGCACCUGUAGAAAAGGUUAGACCUGUAGAUAAGGCUACACCUGAAGUCCCAUCUGCUAUCACUCCAGGAAGGAAAGAGGUUGCACCAGUGAAAGUUCCUGAAGAGCCAAGGAAGACUGUACCUGGAAAACCUGAACCAGCUCCAACUCCAAAACCAAAACCAGUUCCUCCAGAGGAAAUGGUCACUCCUGUUAAAGUGCCAGAAGCUCCUAAGAAGACUGAACAAGUUGCACCUGCUGUGGCUGUUGCAAAAAAAGAGGAGGCUGCUCCAGUGAAAGUGCCAGAAGCUCCAAAGAAGACUGAACAAGUUGCACCUGUUGUGGCUGCUCCAAAGAAAGAGGAGGUUGCUCCAGUGAAAGUGCCAGAAGCCGCCAAAAAGACUGAAAAAGUUGCACCUGUGGUGGCGACGCCAAAGAAAGAGGAUGUUGCUCCAGUGAAAGUGCCUGAAUUUACAAAGCCGGUGCCCCCAGUCAGUGUCCCCAAAAGUGAGGAAGUGGUUCCUGCCAAAGUGCCAGAAGCUCCUAAGGAGACUGAACAAGUUGCACCUGCUGUGGCUGUUCCAAAGAAAAAGGAGGUUGCUCCAGUGAAAGUGCCAGAAGCUCCGAAGAAGACUGAACAAGUUGCACCUGUUGUGGCUGCUCCAAAGAAAGAGGAGGUUGCUCCAGUGAAAGUGCCACAAGCUCCUAAGAAGACUGAACAAGUUGCACCUGCUGUGGCUAUUGCAAAGAAAGAGGAGGUUGCUCCAGUGAAAGUGCCUAAACCAGAAAAGAAGAUCAUCCCAGAAGAACCUGCACCAGUGCCUAUUCCAGUCCAAGCAAAAGUAACUCCUGCUAAAGUGCCUGAAGCUGCUAAGAAACCUAUACCAGCGACUCCAACACCUUUAUCUGCUUCCCAAACAGAGAGGGUGCCUCCAGCCAGAGUGCCUGAAGGUGCUAGAAGAGUCAUUCCUGAAGCAACACAACCAACCAUUGAAUACCCUGCAGAGAAAAUAACUCCAGCUAAAGUUCCUGAGGAGAAAAAGAAGACAGUAUAUGAAGAAAUUAUACAAGUACAUAUUCCAGAAAAAGAAGAAAUUAUAAUUACGAAAGAUGUCAAAACAGCUGUCUUUGAAGAAGUUACUUCAGUCAGUGUUUCGAGAAAAGGAGUCACUCUAGUGAAAGUACCUGAAGUGGCUGAAGUAGAAGAAUUUGUUGCUGUCUCCCAACUGAAAGUGGAUAAUGUUACCCCAGAAAAAGUGCCCACAAUUGCCAUGAAGAAGGUACCAGAACCUGAGGUUUCAAAACCUGCAGCCAAAAAAGAGGAGGAGAAACCAGUAGUUAAACCAGUAAAAGAUUCCAAACCAGAAGAGAAAAAGGUCCCUGUGACAGCUCCAGGAGCAGAUACGAAAAAAGAAAAACCAAGUGCACCACCAAAGAUUCUUAAACAAAAAGGUAAAAUCCCUACUGAGGAAGAGGAGAAACUAGAAAUACCAACCUUAAAGAAAGUAACCAAGAUAUCAAAAGAGUGGGAAGAGGAAGAACAAACUGUAAUACUUAAGAAAAUUAGCAAAAUUUCUUCUGAGGAACUUGCAACUGAGUCAGGUAUAUCACUUAAGAAAGUCACUAAAACAACAACGCAUGAGGAAGCAGGCUAUGAACUAUCAUUAAAGAAAGCUGGUAUGAUUCCUCAAGAGUUGGAAUCAGGUAUUAAACAUGAAGUGCCAGAAGAACAUGGUAAAACUCUUCAGAGGUUUGAAAAAAUUACUGUUACACAAGAUGCAGAGAAAACUGUUCUCAGGAAGGAUGGAACGGUCCCUAGAGACGAAAAACCCAAAGAGCCUGUCAUAGCAUUGAAAAAAGUGGAGAGAAUCCCAACACAGGAAAAAGAAAAAGAAGUGGUGACACUUAAACCAUUUGGAAAGGUUCCUAAAGAUGAAGCCCCAGCAGAAGCUGAAAAACCAAGUAUAAAGAUUAAAAAGGGUGAGAGAAUUCCUAAGGAUGAAAUACCCAAAGAACCAGGUACAGCACUGAAAAAAGUGGAAAGGAUCCCAACACAGGAAAAAGAAAAAGAGGUAGUGACACUUAAACCCUUUGAAAAGAAGCCAAAAGAUGACGUUCCAGUAGAAACUGAAAAACCAAGUAUAAAGAUUAAAAAGGGUGAACUCCCAAUGGAGAGAAAAGAAAUGGAGCAACUGACCUUGAAAAAGGGUGAGAGGGUUCCUAAAGAUGAAUUACCCAAAGAGCCAGAAAUAGCAUUGAAAAAAGUGGAAAGAAUCCCAACACAGGAAAAAGAAAAAGAAGUGGUGACACUUAAACCCUUUGAAAAGAAGCCAAAAGAUGACGUGCCAGUAGAAACUGAAAAACCAAGUAUAAAGAUUAAAAAGGGUGAGAGAAUUCCUAAGGAUGAAAUACCCAAAGAACCAGGUACAGCACUGAAAAAAGUGGAAAAAAUCCCUACACAGGAAAAGGAAAAAGAGGUAGUGACACUUAAACCCUUUGAAAAGAAGCCAAAAGAUGACGUGCCAGUAGAAACUGAAAAACCAAGUAUAAAGAUUAAAAAGGGUGAGAGAAUUCCUAAGGAUGAAAUACCCAAAGAACCAGGUACAACACUGAAAAAAGUGGAAAGGAUCCCAACACAGGAAAAAGAAAAAGAAGUAGUGACACUUAAACCCUUUGAAAAGAAGCCAAAAGAUGACGUGCCAGUAGAAACUGAAAAACCAAGUAUAAAGAUUAAAAAGGGUGAACUCCCAAUGGAGAGAAAAGAAAUGGAGCAACUGACCUUGAAAAAGGGUGAGAGGGUUCCUAAAGAUGAAUUACCCAAAGAGCCAGAAAUAGCAUUGAAAAAAGUGGAAAGAAUCCCAACACAGGAAAAAGAAAAAGAACCGGAUACCGUGAAGAAACCAGACAAGGUUCCAAAAGCAGAAGCACCUCGUGAACCUGUUUUGCCAUUAAAGAAACCAGAAAAAAUCCAUAAAAAUGAAAAAGAGCAACCAGCAACCAUUCCAAUAGAUGAACAGCCAACAGUCAAGGGUGUGCCUCUAAUCAAAGGUAAAAGUCCAAAGGAAGAGGAAAAACAUGUGCAGCUGAAAAAGGUUGGAAAACUUCCACAAGAACCAGAAGAAAAAGAUACAGAUGUAUCACUUAAACAUGUCGAGCUUAGCAAACCACUUGUGCAACUUAAGAAGACUCCUUCCCCCAAAGUUGAUGGAAAGCUGAAGGUUAGUGAAUCAAUUCCUAUAGAACGAAAACCAAGCAAAGAAGCUGCUAAAGAACCUCAAGAAAAGCCUUCUGUAAAAGAACCUGUGGAAAAGGCCCCUCUUCUCAAGAAAACACCUAUGAAAACCAAGUCCCCGGAAGAAAAAACCCCUACAGCCCAAGUUAAAGUUGGGAAAGGGAAGGUGCCAGCAAUGGAAGAACUGUCACCUGAAACAAUACAACUGAAGAAAAUUCCAACACAUUUGGAAGAAGAAGUAUUUGAAGAAGAACCUGAAGAAGAGGAAGGUGAGGAUGAAACCUGGGGGUCAGAACUUUCUGAACGUGAGGAAUAUGUUUCAUCUGAAGACUGGGAAGAACCUUCUGAAACUGAAGAGGGAGCCGUUGAGACUCCAGGAAAGACUGGUGAAAGACGAGAUGGCAAAGCACCCAAAGCGGAAGCUGGCAGGGGUAGAGGGUUACCAAAAGCGAGACAAACUCCCUCGCCUGGUGAUGGAGAUAAGAGGAGGGGACUAAGACCUGGUGCUGGAGGUGACAAGCCUCCAGAUGAGUCACCUUUUGGAUUCCAGCUUAAGGCAGUCCCACUGAAGUUUGUCAAAGAACUGAAAGAUAUUGUUUUAGAAGAAGCAGAGUCCAUAGGCGCUGCCGCUGUCUUUGAGUGUCAGAUUUCGCCUUCAACUGCAGUCACUUCUUGGAUGAAAGAUGGAAGCAACUUGAGAGAAAGCCCUAAACACAAAUUUACUUCAGAUGGUAAAGACAGGAAGUUAUCGAUUAUCGAUGUGCAGCUUUCAGAUACCGGCGAGUACACAUGCAUAGCCCGUAUCGGCAACAAAGAAAAGACCUCCACAGCAAAACUCAUUGUCGAAGAACUGCCGGUGCGUUUCACAAAGACACUUGAAGAAGAGAUGUCAGUCAUCAAAGGACAGCCUCUGUACUUGCAUGCUGAGCUGAGUAAAGACAGAGAUGUGAUCUGGAAGAAGGAUGGUAUACCUCUUGAAGAAAAGGCUGGCAAGUAUGCAGUGAAUGUCAUUGGACUGCAGCGUGCUGUCACCCUCUCAGAUGCUGAGGAUUCAGAUGCUGGUGUAUAUUCUGUGGAGACUGGAGACAUUAAAUGUCAAACAACUGUCAAAGUAAUAGAAGUAAUUCGAGAUUGGUUGGUGAAACCCCUGAGAGACCAGCAUGUCAAACCGAAAACUACGGCUAAGUUUCAAUGUGAACUUUAUAAGGAUACGCCAAACAUGAAGUGGUUCAAGGGAGACACUGAGAUCCCUAUGACUCCAACUGAAAAGACUGAAGUCUUAAAGGAUGGAAAACAGCUUACUCUCCUUGUGAAGAACGCUGCUCCAGAAGAUGUUGCAGAAUAUGCCGUAGAGGUUGAAGGUCGUAGAUAUGCAGCUAAACUAACUCUUGGAGAACGUGAAGCAGAAAUCUUGAAGCCUCUAGAAAGCAUUGAAAUUUAUGAAAAAGAAACUGCCAACUUUGAAACUGAAAUUUCUGAGGAAGAUGUACCCGGAGAAUGGAAACUAAAAGAGGAGGUCUUGCACCGAUCACCUACCUGUGAGAUCAAGUCAGUGGGUAAGAAACGUCAGCUCACGCUACACAAUGUCAAAAUUGAACAAGCUGGGGAAGUUGUUUACCAGGCAUUAAAUGCAAUUACUACGGCCAUGUUGAAAGUGAAGGAAGUGGAACUGGACUUCUCUGUGCCACUAAAGGAUGUCACUGUGCCAGAGAAAAGACAGGCGAAGUUUGAAUGCCUGCUUAACAGAGAUAUUGAAAAGGUCAUGUGGACCAAAGGCACAGAUAUCAUAAAGUCCAGUGAUAAAUUUGACAUUAUUGAUGAUGGAAAGAAGCAUAUAUUGGUCAUCAACAAUGCUGCUUUUGACGAUGAAGGAGAAUACACCAUUGAAGUAAAUGGCAAGAAGUCCACAGCAAAACUCAUUGUAACAGGUAUGCGAUUGAAGUUCAUCACACCAUUAAAGGACCAAACAGUGAAGGAAGGUGAAACCGCUCGGUUUGAAUUUGAGCUCUCCCAUGAGAAUGUCGAAGUUUCUUGGUUCAAAAAUGAGACUAAACUUCAUCCAAGCAGAACGAUCGUUACCUCUGUUGAUGGCAAGAAACAUGUUUUAGAGAUCAAAGAAGUCACUCUAGAUGAUACCUGCCAGAUUAAGGCAGAUGCCAGUAGAUGUUCUUCGACGGCUAACUUGACUGUUCUAGAUCGAGAUCCAUACUUCAUUGUGAAGUUACAGGAUUACACUGCAGUUGAGAAAGAUGAGGUCAUUCUUGACUGUGAACUCAGCAAAGAUGUCCCUGUGAAAUGGUUUAAAGAUGAAAAGGAGAUCAAAGCUUCGAAGAUGGUUACUAUAAAGACAGAAGGAAAACGGAGACUCUUAUCCAUCAAGAAAGUGGAAAGUAAAGAUAAGGGAGAUUAUGUCUGUGACUGCGGAACCGAUAAGACGAUGUCAAAUGUAAACAUUGAGGCUCGGGAUAUAAAGGUGGUGCGCCCCUUGUAUGGCGUGGAGCUCUUUGCAGGAGAAACAGCACGUUUUGAAGUGGUCAUCUCUGAGAGUGAUGUUCAUUCUCAAUGGAAAUUGAAGGGAGAAGUCUUGUCUUCUUCCUCGGAUAUUGAAAUGGUUGAGGAUGGUGCCAAGCAUGUCUUGACAAUUUACAACUGCAAGAUUGCCCAGUCUGGUGAAGUUUCCUUCCAGGCAGCUAAUGCAAAGUGUGCAGCUAAUCUUAAAGUUAAAGAGCUUCCACUUUCCUUCAUCACUCCACUUGCCGAUGUUAAAGUGUUUGAAAAAGAUGAAGCUAGGUUUGAAUGUGAAAUUUCAAGAGAAGCCAAGACCAGCCGCUGGCUAAAAGGAACUCAGGCCAUAACAGCUGAUGAUAAAUUUGAAAUAGUUGCAGAAGGAAAUAGACAUGCACUUAUAGUUAAAUCAGUUGCCUAUGAAGAUGAAGCCAAGUUCAUGUUUGAAGCUGAAGACAAACGAACCUCAGGCAAAUUAAUCAUCCAAGGAAUCCGACUUGAGUUUGUCAAACCUAUCAAGGAUGUCACAGUUAAAGAGCGUGAGACUGCAGAAUUUAGUGUUGAACUUUCUCAUGACAAUAUCCAGGUUACCUGGUUCAAGAAUGACACUCGCCUGCUUCCAAGCAAGGUGGUGCAUAUGACAGAUGAAGGCAAAGUCCAUACCCUUGCAUUUAAGGAGGUAUCAAUUGAUGACACAUCACUCAUUAAGGUGGAGGCUAUGGGAAAAAGCUUGGACGCCAUGCUUAAUGUCCUGGAGGGCGAGCCAUACUUUGUUAAAAAGCUGCAAGACUACACAGCAGUAGAGAAAGAUGAAGUCACUUUGCAGUGUGAGAUCAGCAAGGCAACUGCUGAAGUAAAAUGGUUUAAAGGUGGAAAAGAAAUUACUCCAUCCAAGAAUGUUAACAUCACAGCUGAUGGCAAGAAACGCAUUUUGGUUGUCAAGAGAGCACUGAAGAGUGACAUUGGAGAAUAUACUUGUGAUUGUGGCUCUGACAAGACCACUUCUAAACUCAGCAUUGAAGAACGUGACAUUAAGAUCGUGCGACCACUCUACAGUGUUGAGGUUACAGAAACUGAAUCUGCCCGCUUUGAGACUGAAAUUUCUGAAGAAGAUGUACAUGGGAACUGGAAGCUUAACGGAGAAGCUUUGCACCAGUCACCUGAUUGUGAAACUAAGGAGGAGGGCACGAAGCACGUUCUUAUCUUAUAUAAUGUGAAAAUGGAUCAAGCUGGUGCUGUUGACUUCCAGGCAGCCAAUGCUAAAUCAAGUGCUCAACUGAGAGUGAAAGCCCGCGUAAUUGGCCUACUCAGGCCCCUAAAGGAUGUUACAGUUACCGCUGGGGAAACUGCUACCUUCGACUGUGAACUUUCCUAUGAAGGAAUUGAAGUGGAAUGGUUCCUUGGAGAAAAUAAAUUGGAAUCAAGUGACAGGGUUGUCACACGUGCGGAAGGAAGAGUUCACACAUUUACCCUCAGAGAUGUUCAGUUGAAGGAGGCUGGUGAAGUUAAACUGACGGCUAAGGACUUUAAAACACAAGCUAAACUCAUUGUAAAAGAACCACCAGUUGAAUUUACUAAACCUCUGGAGGAUCAAACAGUUGAAGAAGAAGCCACUGCUACCCUGGAGUGUGAAGUUUCCAGAGAAAAAGCUGAGGUCAGAUGGUUCAGAGAUGGACAAGAAAUUCACAAAACUAAAAAAUAUGAACUCAUUGCUAAGGGAAGAGUCAGAAAACUUAUCAUCCAAGGCUGUACACUUGAUGAUUCAAAAACAUAUACCUGUGAUGCAAAGGACUUCAAGACAUCUGCUUUCCUGAAUGUUGAACCUCCACAUGUGGAGUUUACAAAGCCUCUUACUGAUGUUGAAGUGAAAGAAAAAGAAUCUGCUAAAUUCGAAUGUGAGGUUUCUCGUGAAAGCGCAAAGGUUCGCUGGUUCAAGGAUGGCAGUGAGAUCAGAAAAGGCAAAAAGUAUGAAAUAAUUUCCAAGGGAGUCCAGCGCAUUCUUAUUAUCAGUAAAUCUGUCUUUGAUGAUGAAGCUGAAUAUGAAUGUGAUGCCAGGACAUCUAAGACCUCUGGCAUGCUUACUGUCAUAGAAGAAGAAACUGUCUUCACAAAGAAUCUUUCAAAUGUUGAAGGCACUGAAACAGAUAGCAUUAAACUGAUCUGUGAAGUCUCUAAACCCAGUGCAGAAGUUGCGUGGUAUAAGGGUGACAGAGAACUGCCUGAAGGUGGCAAAUAUGAGCACAUUGCUGACGGCAAGAAGAGGAUUUUGGUUAUUCAGGAUAUUCAUGUUGAUGAUGCAGGCGAAUAUAAUUGCAGGCUGCCAAGCUCAAAAACAUCUGCAACACUCACAGUAAAUGAACUAGCAGCAGAAUUUAUUUCUCGACCACAGAACAUGGAAGUACUCGAAGGGGACAAAGCUGAAUUUGUCUGCUCAGUAUCCAAGGACACCUAUGAAGUUAAAUGGUUUAAGGGUGACAAGGAGCUUGAAAGUAGUGACAAAUAUGAUGUUAUCUCAGAUGGCAAAAGGAGAGUUCUUGUUGUCAAAAGUAGCAUCCCUGGUGAUGAAGGAUCAUACGCUGCUUCAAUUGGUUCUUCGAGAGCCUCAGCAGAUCUUGUCGUCAUUGAAAAACUCAGGAUUAUAACACCUAUCAAAGACCAGCAAGCUAAAGAAGGACAAGACAUUGUCUUUAACUGUGAAGUCAAUACCGAAGGAGCCAAAGCCAAAUGGCUGAAAAAUGAUGAAACUAUUUUUGAAAGUGCAAAAUACAUCAUGGUUCAGAAAGACUUGGUCUUCUCACUUAGAAUUCGAGAUGCCCAAAUGGAAGAUCAAUCCAACUACACAAUUACAUUGGCAAAUCACAGAGGCGAACAAGCAAACUGUUCUGCCAACUUAACAGUUCAAGAGGAAGACAUCAAGAUUAUUGAACCCCUUGAAGACUGUGAAACUCAAGAAAAAAAGACUAUCAGCUUCACCUGUAAAGUUAAUCGUCCAAAUAUUACUGUGAAAUGGAUGAAGAAUGACAAGGAAAUUACCUUUGACAAACGUGUCAUGUACAGAGUAGACAAGAACAAACACACACUCAUUGUGAAAGAUUGUGAAUUAUCUGAUGAAGGUGAAUACACUGUCAUUGCCGGAAUGGACAAAUCUGCUGCUGAAAUGAUUAUUACAGAGGCACCAACUGAUUUCACUGGACAGUUGCAAGAUCAGACAGUCACUGAGUUUGAAGAUGCUGUCUUAACAUGUCAGCUCUCUAAAGAAAAGCCAUCUGUGAAAUGGUACAGAAAUGGAAGAGAAAUCAGAGAAGGCCCUAGAUACCAGUUUGAGAAAGAUGGCACAUUUUGCAGACUCAUCAUCAAAGAAUGUAGACCAGAUGAUGAAUGUGAAUAUGCAUGUGGUGUGGAGGAUAGAAGGACCAGAGGAAGGCUUUUUGUUGAAGAAACCCCAGUUGAGAUUGUAAGACCACCUCAAGAUGCAUUUGAGGCCCCUGGAUCAGAUGUGAUCUUUGAGGCUGAACUAAACAAAGACAGAGUUGAAGUGAAAUGGCUUAGAAACAACAUGAUUGUUGUUCAAGGUGACAAAUACCAAAUGAUGAGCGAAGGCAAGCUACACAGACUCCAGGUCUGUGAGAUCAAGCCUCGUGAUCAAGGCCAAUACAGAGUAAUUGCCAAAGAUAAGGAUGCCAGCGCUAAGCUUGAACUGGCAGCUGUACCAACAAUCAAGACCACUGACCAGAACCUUGUAACUGAUGCUGGAAAGCCAUUCACAAUGACUGUUCCCUAUGAUGCUUACCCAAGGGCAGAAGCUGAAUGGUUCAUUGGAGACAUCAGCUUGCCCAAACAGAACAUUGACACAUCAGCAGAUAUGUCUAUCUAUAGAUUGUCACAUCCUAAAAAAUCUGAUAAGGGACGAUACAAAAUUGUUAUUCAGAACAAACAUGGAAAAGCAGAAGCAUUCAUUAAUUUGGAUGUUAUCGAUGUUCCUGGGCCUGUUAAGAACUUGCAUGUUGUUGAAACUACUGAUGGUGAAGUAAGUCUUGCUUGGGAAGAGCCUGAAAGCGAUGGUGGCAGCAAGAUUAUUGCCUAUAUUGUUGAAAGGCGUGACGUGAAACGCAAGACUUGGACCCUGGCUACUGAUCAUGCUGAUUGUCCUGAAUUCACAGUGACUGGACUCCAUAAUGAUGUUGAGUAUUACUUCCGUGUCAGUGCAAGAAACAGAGUAGGCACUGGAGAAUCUGUGGUAACUGAUGAACCUGUCCAAGCCAAGAACAAGUUUGAUGUUCCUGAUGCCCCACUAAAUGUCAUGGUUGGAAAUGUCAGCAAAUUUGGUGCUACUGUUACAUGGGAACCUCCAGAAUUUGAUGGUGGAUCUGAAAUUACAGCCUAUAUUAUUGAACUGCGUGACAGAACUUCUGUUAGGUGGGAUGUGGCUAUGGUGACGAAGCCAGAGGACUUGAUUGCAACAAUUAAUGAUGUUGUAGAGAACAAAGAAUACAUCUUCCGUGUAAAAGCUGAGAACAAAGCUGGAAUCGGCAAACCAAGUCUAGCUUCUAAUCCUGUCAAGAUAAUGGAUCCAAUUGACAAACCAAGCCCACCACUUAACUUUAACUAUGCUGACCAGACCAAGUCAUCAGUUCAGCUUACAUGGGAGACUCCUUUGAGUGAUGGAGGAAGUCAAAUUACAGGUUACAUUAUUGAACGCUGUGAAGAAGGAACAGAAAAAUGGCUGAGAUGCAAUGCAAGACUUUGCCCUGAUCUUUCAUAUAAGGUUACUGGCCUGAAAAAUGGAGUUAACUACCUUUAUAGAGUUUCUGCAGAGAAUGCUGCUGGUCUGUCUGAUCCAGCUGAUGUACUUGGACCACUGACAGCAGAUGAUCCACAUGUUGCACCUACCUUGGACUUAAGUGCAUUUAAAGAUGGCCUAGAGGUGAUUGUUCCAAUGCCACUCAAGAUCCGCAUUCCCAUAACUGGCUAUCCCCUGCCAACUGCAAAGUGGUCAGUCGAAAGCAAAGACUUGGAAAGUGGGGACCGUGUGAAGAUGGAUACUACUAAAACUUUUACAGAACUGGUCAUCACCCCUAGUGUACGUCCAGACAAGGGCAUCUAUACUGUGCAUUUGGAAAACGCCGUCACAUCUGUUUCAGGAGAAAUCAAUGUGAACGUUAUUGCAUGUCCAAGUGCACCAAGAGAAUUCAAAGCGUCUGAAGUAACUAGGAGAACAGUGCAUUUGAUGUGGGAGGCACCAGAACAUGAUGGUGGCAGUCCGUUGACUGGAUACCUCAUUGAAAAACGUGAAGUAAAUCGCAAGACUUGGGUCAAGAUUAUUAGUGGUAUACAUGACCAGGAGUUUACUGUCACAGAUGUUGUUGAAGGCAAAGACUAUCUAUUUAGAGUAUCAGCCUGCAACAAAUGUGGCCCAGGGGAACCUGCACACCUUGAUGAACCUAUUAAUGUAUCAUCCCCGGCCUCUGUGCCUGAUCCCCCUGAAAAUCUUAAAUGGAGAGACAAAUCAGCUAGUGGAAUCUUUCUUUCAUGGGAGCCACCAAAAUAUGAUGGCGGAUCUAAAAUCAAGGGCUAUCUUGUUGAAAAAUGCCAGCGUGGCUCUGAUAAGUGGGAAAUCUGUAGCGAUCCGAUUGUAGAAAUGAAGUUUCAAGUCACUGGUCUGAAAGAGGGAGAAUGGUAUGCAUACCGUGUAAAAGCUAUGAAUAGACAAGGAGCUGGCAAUCCUUGCAAACCUACAGAUGAAAUCCAAGCUGUGGAUCCCAAAGAGGCUCCAGAAAUUUUUCUGGAUGUUAAACUGCUUGCUGGUCUAACUGCUAAAGCAGGGAGCAAGAUUGAACUGCCAGCUUCUGUGACUGGCAAACCAGACCCCAAAAUCACUUGGACAAAGGCUGAUCUUGUUCUGAAAUCUGACGACCGAAUUCAAAUUGUGACCAAACCUGGUCAUUCAACUUUGGAAAUCUCCAACACAAAGAGGGAUGACAGUGCUACCUUCAUCAUUGAAGCUGUGAACACCAGUGGUCGUGCAACAGCAACCGUUGAAGUGAACAUUCUAGAUAAACCUGGUCCUCCAGCUGCAUUUGAUAUCACUGAUAUCACCAAUGAGUCCUGUUUCCUGACAUGGAACCCUCCCAGAGAUGAUGGUGGUUCUAGAGUCACAAACUACAUAAUUGAAAGGAAGGCUGUUGAGAGUGAAGUGUGGCAUAAACUCUCCUCAACUAUCAAGGAAACCUCAUAUAAGGCCCUUAAGUUGGUUCCCCUUAAGGAGUAUGUCUUCAGAGUCAGUGCUGAAAAUAUGUAUGGCAUUGGGGUGCCUGAGCAGCAUACUCCAAUAAUUGCUAAAUAUUCCUUUGACACACCUGGUGCACCAACACGCCUUGAGCCUUCUGAUAUUGCUAAAGACUCUUUGACGUUGACAUGGUAUGAACCAGAUGAAGAUGGUGGCAGCCCCAUCACUGGAUACUGGGUUGAGAGACUUGACCCAGAAAGUGACAAAUGGAUUAGGUGUAACAAGCUCCCUAUCAAGGACACAACAUUCAGAGUAAAAGGAUUGCCAACAAAGCAGAAGUAUAAAUUCCGUGUCUUGGCUGAGAACCUUGCUGGACUAGGAAAACCAAGCUUGGAAACAGACAAAAUCUUAGUUAAAAAUCCUAUUGAUCCUCCAUGGGCUCCUGGAAAGCCAUCUGUAAAAGAUGUUGCAAAGACAUCUGCAUUCUUACAGUGGACCAAACCAGAACAUGAUGGAGGAGCCAAGAUUGAGUCUUAUGUUGUUGAGCUGCUAAAGAGUGGAACAGAAGACUGGGUCCGUGUAGCUGAAGGAGUUCCUAUGACUGAGUACUUCCUUAAAGGACUAAUGGAGAAACAGGAAUACUCAUUCCGAGUCAAAGCUGUGAACAUUGCUGGUGAAAGUGAGCCUAGCGAACCCAGUGAUCCUGUACUUUGCAAAGAGAGAUUGUAUCCUCCCUCUCCUCCACGCUGGCUUCAGGUUGUGAGUAUCACAAAGAACUCUGCUGACCUGAAGUGGGCACCCCCAGAGAGGGAUGGUGGCUCUCCUAUCACAAAUUACAUUGUUGAGAAGAGAGAUGUCAGACGCAAGGGCUGGCAGGCAGUUGACACCACAAUCAAGGACACCAAGUACACAGUUACUCCGCUCUCUGAAGGCUCGUUAUAUGUAUUCUGUGUUGCCGCAGAGAAUGCUGUUGGCCAGAGUGAAUACUGUGUACUGGAAGACUCAGUCCUUGCCAAAGAUACAUUUACUACCCCUGGACCUCCCUAUGCGCUUGCAGUGGUGGAAGUGACAAAGAGACAUGUUGAUCUGAAAUGGGAAGCUCCCAAGAAUGAUGGUGGCAGACCUAUUCUAAGAUAUGUCAUAGAAAAGAAAGAGAAACUUGGAACUCGUUGGGUCAAAGCAGGGAAGACAUCAGGACCUGACUGUGAGUACAGAGUAACCGAUGUCAUUGAAGGCACAGAGGUGCAAUUCCAAGUCCGUGCUGAAAACGAAGCUGGCGUUGGGCACCCCUCUGAACCCACAGAUAUUCUUACAAUUGAAGAUCCAACAAGUCCUCCAUCUCCUCCUCAGGAGUUGCAUGUCACUGAUGCCAACAGAAGCAACAUUUCAAUUGCCUGGAAAGCACCAGAGAAGAAUGGUGGCAGUCCUAUCAUUGGGUACCACAUUGAACUCUGUGAAGCAGGAACUGAAAAAUGGAUGAGAGUAAACUCCCGGCCAGUAAAAGAUCUAAAGUACAAAGCAGAAGAAGGCAUCAUUCCUGACAAAGAGUAUGUCUUCAGAGUUAGAGCUGUCAAUGCUGUUGGUGUCAGUGAUCCCUCCGAGAUCUCAGAAAAUGUAUUUGCCAAAGACCCAGACUGCAAUCCAACUAUUGAGGUACAAACUCAGGACAUUGUUGUUGUGGAGGGUGAAAAAAUGAGUCUCCCAAUCCCUUACAGGGCAGUGCCCACUCCAACUGUGUUUUGGCACAAGGAUGGCAAGGAACUGAAAAAUGAUGAUAGAGUAAUCGUUAGGUCUGAUCACAGGGCAGCAUUCCUUGAAAUAACCAGUUGUCUUCAUGCUGAUGCUGGUUUGUAUACCAUUACCCUGGAGAACAAGCUUGGAUCAGUAACCGGAACUAUCAACAUUAAAGUCAUAGGACUGCCUGGUCAGUGCAAGGAUAUCAGUGCAAGUGAAGUUACCAAAAACUCAUGCAAGAUUUCAUGGGAUCCUCCAGAGAAUGAUGGUGGCAGCCCCAUUUUACAUUAUGUGCUUGAACGCAGAGAAUCUGGCAGGAGAACUUAUGUGGCAGUUAUGUCUGGUGAAAACAAGCUAAGCUGGCCUGUGAAAGAUCUGAUACCAAAUGGAGAGUACUACUUCCGUGUCAAAGCUGUAAACAAGAUUGGUGGUGGAGAGUAUAAUGAGUUGCGCAAUCCAGUUAUUGCAGAAGAUCAAAAGCAACGCCCAGAUCCACCAAUUGAUGUUGAAACCCAUGACCCAACUUCACAGUCAGUGACCCUAACAUGGAAGCCACCUAUGUAUGAUGGAGGCUGCAAGAUCAUGGGAUAUGUUCUAGAGAAGAUGGUGAAGGGUGGUGAAAAGUUUGAAAGGUGCAAUGACUUCCUUGUGCCUGUUCUGUCCUACACGGUAAAAGGUCUGGAAGAAGGCAAGGAAUACCAGUUCCGUGUGCGUGCAGAAAAUGCUGCUGGUGUUAGUGAUCCUUCUCGUAGCUCACCACCAGUUAAAGCUUCAGAUCCUGUUGAUGCACCAAAAGUAUUUCUCAGUGGAAGUCUGCAGUCCGGCCUGAACGUUAGAAAAGGAUUAGAAAUUAGACUUGAUGCUAACAUUUCUGGAUCGCCUUAUCCAACCAUUACAUGGCUCAGAAAUGAUGAAGUUAUUAGACCUGAAUCAAUAAAGAAGAGACCAGAUAAGCCAGUGAUUAGGAAGAAGAAAGGUGAACCCGAAGUUGAAGAGCCAUUCUACCUUUCGCUGCCAGAACGUCUCACAGUUGACAACAGUAAAAAAGGAGAGUCCUGUAUUAUGGUUCGUGAUUCUAUCAGGGUUGACCAUGGAGUAUUUAUGAUCAAAGUGGAAAAUGAUCAUGGUGUUGCCUCAGCUACCUGUGAAGUUAAUGUGCUUGAUACUCCUGGACCUCCUGUCAACUUUGUAUUCGAAGAUGUCAGGAAGAACUCUGUUAUCUGCAAGUGGGAGCCUCCUUUAGAUGAUGGUGGCAGUGAGAUCCUAAACUAUAUCUUGGAAAAGAAGGAUAACUCAAAGGCUGAAAUUGGCUGGGUCACUGUGACUUCAACCCUCCGACAAUGCAAAUAUACUGUCACCAAACUUAUUGAAGGAAAAGAAUAUAUCUUCCGUGUAACAGCUGAAAAUAAAUUUGGCCCAGGACCUCCAUGCCUUACACAGGCACUUGUUGCCAAGAAUCCAUUUAAUCCACCUGAGGCCCCCAACAAGCCUGAAAUUGAAGAUAUUACCAGUAAUACCAUGCUUGUUACAUGGAAUGAACCCAAGGACAAUGGCAGUCCCAUCUUAGGCUACUGGGUUGAGAAACGUGAAAUUAAUAGUAGCCACUGGGCUAGAUGUAACAGGAACCCCCUUAAUGCAUUAGAGGUAAGGGUAGAGGGUCUAAUGGAAGGACUGACCUAUAUCUUCAGAGUGUGUGCAGAAAAUGCAGCUGGACCUGGAAAAUUCAGUAUCCCAUCAGAUCCCAAGACAGCCCAGGACCCAAUCUUGCCACCUGGUCCACCAUCACCAAGGGUGGUUGAUACGACAGAAUCUUCCAUUGAAGUGGAAUGGGAAGCUCCAAUUUACAAUGGAGGUGGAGAUAUCCUUGGAUAUCAUGUUGAUAAGGUGCUGGCAGGCACUAAUGAUUGGUCUCGCUGCACAGAAAGACUUGCGAAAGAGCGUAAAUUCACAGUGCAGGGAGUCAGAGAAGGUGGUGACUACAGAGUCCGUGUCACAGCUGUUAAUGCAGCUGGAGAGGGUGCCCCAGGUCAAACAGAAACUGUAACAGUCAGAGAUCCUCAAGAGCCUCCUAUGGUUGAACUUGACAUCUCUGUCAGAAAUGGUAUCCAGAUUAGAGCUGGUGAAACUCUGAAGCUUCCUGCUUUGGUGACUGGACGACCGCCACCAGAGGUCAAGUGGACCAAAGAUGAAGGAGAAAUUGAAGCAGAACGCACUGUCAUUGAAACUGUCGGAACCUCAAGUGUGUUUUCUAUUAAGACUAGUCUUCGGAAAGACCAUGGGAAAUACAUUAUUACUGCCACAAACAAAAGUGGAACAAAAGCUGCAUGGACAAGAGUUGACAUAAUGGAUGUCCCUGGACCAGUACUUGACUUGAAACCUGUUAUUGUUACAAGAAAAAUGAUUUUGUUGAACUGGUCAGAUCCUGAGGAUGAUGGUGGAAGUGAUGUCACUGGAUUUAUUGUUGAAAGAAAGGAUGCUAAAAUGCAUACAUGGAGACAACCUAUAGAAACAUCCUCAUCUAAGUGUGAUAUUGUGGGUCUACUUGAAGGACAAGAGUAUAUGUUCCGCAUUGUUGCCAAGAACAAAUAUGGCUGUGGUCCUCCAGUUGACCUUGGACCUAUAGCUGCAGUUGAUCCACAAGGUCCACCAACUUCACCUGAGAAAUUCCACUACACCGAGAGGACAAAGAAAUCUAUCACUCUUGCCUGGAAACCUCCACGUAGUGAUGGUGGAAGUCCAAUUAGGGGUUACGUUAUUGAGAAAAAACGACAUGACAUGACUGAAUUUGAUGUUGUCAAUCCUCAGAUUUGCAGAGAUUUAACCUAUUUCAUUGAUAACCUUGUGGAGUUGAACAUGUAUGAAUUCCGCGUGAAAGCAGUUAACGAGAUAGGAGAAAGUGAACCUUCAAUUCCACUGAAUGUAGUAAUUCAAGAUGAUGAAGUUUCUCCAACCGUGCAUUUGCUUAAGCACUUCAAGGCUGACUUAAUUACUGUGAAGAAAGGAGAGCCUAUUGAAAUCCCUGCUGAAGUCACAGGUCUCCCAAUGCCUAAGAUUGAGUGGUCCAAGGAUGAAGUUGUUAUAGCUAAAUCAACAGAAACACUCAAGAUCGAUACAGAGGAGUUAUCAAGAACAAAAGCGAAUACCAAACUCAGCAUUCCUGAAACUGUCAGACAAGACAAAGGCCUUUACAACAUUACUGUGUCAAACCGCCUUGGAUCAGCAAGUCGGGCAGUUAAAGUAGAAGUUCUAGACAUCCCUUCACCACCACGAAACCUCAUUGUUUCUGACAUCAAGGCUGAAUCAUGUUAUCUUACCUGGGAUGCCCCAGAGGACAAUGGUGGCAGUGAGAUUACUAACUAUAUUGUGGAUAAGAGAGAUGCAAGUAAGAAGAAGUCUGAAUGGGAGGAAAUAACAAACUGCAUCAUUGACAGGAGAUAUGGGGUGUGGAACUUAACAACAAAUGGUGACUACCAGUUCAGGGUUAGAGCGCAAAACAAGUUUGGAAUCAGUGAUGACUGCAAUUCAGACAAAGUGGUCAUCAAGGAUCCUUAUGGCCUUCCUGGACCUCCAGGCAAACCAAAGGUUAUUGAUCACACAAGAACUUCAAUGCUUGUGACUUGGGAGCCUCCUUUGGACAAUGGUGGAGCCACAAUUACAGGAUACUGGCUUGAGAAGAGAGAAAUAGGUGGAGUUUACUGGGCCCGUGUAAAUAGGGCUCCUGUCACCAAACCUGCAGUUAAAGGACUUGAAUUCAAUGUUCUCCGCCUCAUUGAAGGAGUUGAGUACCAGUUCAAGGUUAUGGCUAGUAAUGCUGCCGGUACUGGCCCUCCAAGCGAGCCAUCUGAUCCUGUCUUAGCUGCUGAUCCUAUCUAUGCCCCUGGAGCUCCAUCGUGCCCUGAAGUUGCUGACAAAACCAAGUCUAGUGUCUCUCUUAAAUGGAAGGCACCAGAAAAGGACGGUGGUAGUCCAAUUAAAGGCUACAUUGUUGAAUAUCAAGAGGAAGGUACUCCUGACUGGACAAGGGCGAAUGAACCUGACAAGUUGCAUCCUACCUGUGACAUCACUGUACCAAAUCUGCAAGAGCUUAGGAAGUACAGGUUCAGAAUUGUUGCGGUCAAUGCUGCAGGCGAAUCUGAUCCAAGUCCUAUGACUUCUGAAAUAGUUGUAAAAGAGAUACAAGAGGAGCCAGACAUCACUCUUGAUAUUAUUGCACAAGAUCUGUCGUCCUGCCGUGCAGGUUCAACUAUUAAAAUCCCUGCUAUUAUCAAAGGACGUCCUGUGCCUAAAGUGACUUGGGAGUUUGAAGGAGAGGCGAUAAAGGACAUGAAGGAUGGUGUUCACAAUGUCCCUGCAGAUGCUCAGAUUGAAGGUACUACUAAUACAUCAACAGUGACCAUUCCCGAGGCGAAACGAAGCCACUCUGGCAGAUACACUAUCACUGCCAAAAAUAAGGCUGGACAAAAGACAGUGAACGUCAGAGUCUGUGUCCUUGAUGCACCAGGACCACCUAAAGAUCUUAAAGUGGGCGAUAUCACCAGGAGCACGUGCAGACUUACAUGGAAACUUCCCGAUAAUGAUGGUGGAGACAGAAUUAAGAGCUAUUUCAUUGAAAAGAAAACUGUUGAAGGAAAGGCCUGGACUAAAGUAAAUGCAUCGUGUGGAAGCAAUUCCUUCACUGUGCCUGAUCUCAUUGAAGGUCAAGAGUACUUCUUUCGUGUACGAGCAGAAAAUCGAUUUGGCAUAGGUCCACCUGUAACAACCGUUCAGAGGACCAGGGCUAGGGAUCCAAUUCAUCCUCCCGAGCCUCCAACAAGACUCAAGAUUAAUCUUAUCACUAAAAACACUGUCACUCUGACAUGGAAAGCACCAAAGAAUGAUGGAGGUGCCCCUGUUACACACUACAUUGUGGAACGUCUCAGUUGGGAUUCAACUGGACAAGAGAAGGAGACCUGGAAACAGUGUAACAGGCGUGAUGUUGAAGAAACCACUUUCAAAGUUGAAGACCUUAAAGAAGGCGGAGAAUAUGAAUUCCGUGUUAAGGCUGUAAACGAGGCUGGUACAAGCAGACCAUCUUCUACAGUUGGGCCUAUCAUAGUUAAAGAUCAGACAUGUGCACCAGAAAUUGAUCUUAAAGAAUUUAUGGAAGCUGAGCAAGGAACAGAUAUUAAAAUCGUUGCCAAAAUUAAGGGAUGUCCAUUCCCAACAAUAACCUGGCACAAAGCGCCACCCCACAAGGCUGACGACAAGACUGAAGUGCAGUAUGAUGAGCAUGUCAACAAAAUAUUGAGCGAAGAAAGCUGCACAUUGCUAAUCCAUCAGUCCAACAGGAAGGAUACUGCUCUGUAUACAAUAACAGCUACCAAUAACCUUGGGUCUGCCUUAAAAGAAAUGAGACUUAAUGUGCUUGGGCGCCCUGGUCCACCAGUUGGACCCAUUAAGUUUGAAGAAAUUACUGCUGAGAAGAUGACUCUGGCCUGGCUCCCUCCAAAAGAUGAUGGUGGUUCAAAGAUUAAAAACUAUGUGAUUGAGAAACGUGAGGCAAAUAGAAAAACCUGGAUGCAUGUUACAAAUGAAGCUACAGAGUGCUUAUACACUGUACCAAAGCUGUUGGAAGAUCAUGAUUAUGUGUUCCGCAUCAUGGCCCAAAACAAAUAUGGCAUUGGGGAUCCUCUUGACAGUGAACCUGAAAAAGCCAGAAAUCUCUUCACUGUUCCUGGUCAAUGUGAGAAACCAACUGUUAGCAGUGUGACCCUAGACUCCAUGACUGUAAGCUGGGAAGAACCAGAAUAUGAUGGUGGCUCCCCAGUUACUGGCUAUUGGCUGGAACGCAAGGAGACCACGGGAAAGAGAUGGAACAGAGUCAACCGUGACCCUAUUAGGAUUAUGCCUCUUGGUGUAUCUCAUGUUGUAACUGGUCUAAUUGAAGGAUCAGAAUAUCAAUUCCGAGUCACACCAAUUAAUGCUGCUGGUACUGGUCCUGCAAGUUUGCCCUCAGAUCCAGUCUUUGCCAGAGAUCCUAUUUCUCCACCUGGACCUCCAGUUCCCAAAGUGAUUGAUUAUACAAGGUCAACGGUAGAAUUGCAGUGGGUCCCACCACAAAAGGAUGGUGGAUCUAAGAUUAUUGGAUACUUUGUUGAAUAUAAAGAGGAAGGAAAGGAAGAAUGGGAAAAAGCCAAAGAUAAAGAAGUUAGAGGAACCAAGUUUGUAGUACCAGGGCUCAAAGAAAAAUCUCUGUACAGGUUUAGAGUACGAGCAGUAAAUGCAGCGGGAGUUGGAGAGCCAGGAGAUGUUUCGGAUGUAAUUGAAGUUAAAGACAGAACAAUUAUUCCUGAGGUGGACUUGGAUGCCAGUGUAAAGGAGAGGAUUGUUGUUCAUGCUGGUGGUGUAAUCCGCAUACUUGCCUAUGUAUCAGGGAAGCCAGCUCCCCAGAUCACAUGGAGCAGAGAGGAUGGUGCUUUGCCAGAAGAAGCUGCUGUUGAAACCACAUCAAUCAGCUCUGCUCUUGUAAUUAAGAGAUGCAAGAGAAAAGACCAAGGCAUAUACAUUCUAUCUGCCAAGAAUGAAGGAGGUGAAAGAAAGAAGACCAUUUUUGUUGAUGUAUUAGAUGUUCCUGGCCCAGUUGGCAAACCCUUCCGAAGUGAGAACCUUACCAGUGACUCAUGCAAUUUAACUUGGUAUUCUCCUGAGGAUGACGGUGGAUCUGCAGUUUCCAACUAUAUUAUUGAGAAGCGGGAAGCAGAUCGCAAAGGCUGGACAGCAGUGUCAUACACAGUUACCAGGCAAAAUGCAGUUGUCCAGGGCCUGAUUGAAGGAAAAACAUAUUUCUUCAGAAUUGCAGCUGAGAAUAUGAUUGGUAUGGGACCAUUUGUUGAGACACAAGAGGAACUUCUGAUCAAGCAACCUAUUUCUGUACCUGAGCGACCUGAAGAUCUUGACGUUACAGCUGUCACCAAGGACUCAGUUAGCCUCACCUGGAGGCCACCAAAGUAUAAUGGUGGGUCUGACAUUACCAUGUAUGUUCUUGAGAGCCGUCUUAUUGGCAAAGACAAAUUCAACAGAGUCACAAAGGAAAAGCUGAUGGACAGGAAAUACACCGUUGAAGGACUGAAAGAAGGUGACACAUUUGAAUAUCGUGUAAGUGCUGUAAACAUCAUUGGUCAAGGCAAGCCUUCGUUCUGCACCAAACCAAUCACAUGCAAGGAUCAACUUGCACCACCAACUAUAGAGCUUGACUUCCGUGACAAGUUCAUAAUACGUGUUGGUGAAUCCUUCAGCCUUCCCGGGCGCUACACUGGAAAGCCAGCACCAAAGGUUAUUUGGUCAAAGGAUGACACUGAGGUUAAAGAAGAUGACCACAUAAAGAUAAAGACCACUCCUACUACACUGUGUCUUGGUAUAAUGAAGUGUAAACGGGAACACAGUGGCCGAUACUGUGUACUUGUAGAAAACAGUACUGGGUCACGUAAAGGCAUUUGCAAUGUAAUUGUUGUUGAUCGUCCUCAGCCUCCAGAGGGUCCUGUCACCUUUGAAGAAGUUCAUAGAGAUCAUAUGGUUAUUUCAUGGAAUCCUCCACUUGAUAAUGGUGGCGGUGAAAUUACUAACUAUAUUAUUGAGAAGAGAGAUACAAACAGGGAUCUUUGGAUGCCUGUCACUUCUUCAUCUACAAAGACAACAUGUAAAGUGCCUAAACUAAUAGAAGGAAGAGAAUAUAUCAUGAGGAUCUGUGCUGAAAAUGCAUAUGGCAUCAGUGACCCACUGCACUCUGAGGAAAUGAAGGCUAAGGAUCUCUUCAGAGUUCCUGAGGCACCUGAACAGCCAGUUGUUAAAGAAGUAAACAAAGAUUCUGCACUGGUGUCAUGGAACAGACCACGUGAUGGUGGAAAGCCCAUUAUCAACUAUCAUCUUGAAAAGAAAGAGACUAUGUCUACUCGUUGGGCUCGUGCUUCAAGGGAACUUAUUUAUCCAGAUACACAGUAUAGAGUGCCUGACCUCCUGGAGGGCUGUGAAUAUGAAUUCCGAGUUAUGGCAGAGAAUGAAGUUGGUAUUGGUGAUCCAAGUCCUCCAUCCAAACCCGUCUUUGCUAAAGAUCCAAUUGUGAAACCAGGCCCACCUGUCAACCCAGAAGCUGUAGACAAAACUAAGAAUUCAGUAGAUCUUUCCUGGCACCCCCCCCGCCAUGAUGGCAAGGGCAAGAUCUUUGGCUAUCUGAUUGAGUAUCAAAAGCCCGGAGAAGAGGAGUGGAAGAAGGCAAAUCACACUCCUGAUUCAUGUACUGACACGAAAUUUAAAGUGACAGACCUCACCGAUGGCGAGAUUUACAGAUUCAGGAUUAUGACUGUAAAUGCAGCUGGUGAAUCUGACCCGGCUUAUGUCCGUGAACCAGUUCAAGCAAAGGAUAGACUUGAAAGUCCUGAGCUGUUGCUUGAUGCUAACAUGGCCCGUGAACACCUUGCCAGGGUAGGAACCACCAUUACACUUAGUGCUGGAAUCAAGGGAGUGCCUUUCCCCAAGGUUACAUGGAAGAAAAAUGACAAAGAAGUUCCCAACAAAGCUGAUAUUGAGGUGACACCUGUGGGAAGCAAACUUGAAAUCCGCAACUGUGUUCGUCCUGAUGGAGGAUCAUUUUCUCUGACAGUGGAAAAUGAAGCUGGAUCAAAGACUGUUGCAGUCAAUGUGAUAGUAUUAGAUAAACCUGGUCCGCCAAGGAACCUAACCGUCUCUGAAAUUAGAUUUGAUUCAUGCUAUCUUACCUGGAAGGAGCCAGAGGACAAUGGUGGAGCUGUUAUUUCUAACUAUGUAGUGGAGAAACGAGACGUAGCAGCUGCCAAAUGGAUACCAAUGUGUUCCUCAUCUAAGAAGCACAGUAUAAUGGCUAAAUACUUGAUGGAAGGCAAUCAGUAUCUCUUCCGUGUUGCAGCUGAAAACCAGUUUGGAAGAAGUGAAUUUGUUGAAACUUCCAAGCCCAUUAAGGCUAUUAAUCCAUUAUUCCCUCCUGGUCCGCCAAAGAACUUGCAUCAUGUAGAUGCUGAUAAAACUGAAGUCUCUCUUCUGUGGAAUUGGCCUGAUCGCACUGGAGGCAGUGAUAUCACUGGAUUUUUAGUUGAGUACCAAGAAGAAGGCGCAACAGACUGGAUUACAUUUAAGACUGUCAGCAUUCCUGAAUGUCUCGUUACUGGACUCGAAGAAGGAAAAACAUAUAGAUUCCGUGUGAAAGCAGAGAAUGCUGUUGGUCUUAGCCGUCCUGACACAACAGUGCCAGUCCUGUGCCAAGAAAAACUUGUGCCUCCAACUAUUGAAGUUGAUGUGAAACUCAUUGAAGGGCUUAUUGUAAAGGCUGGAAGCAAAAUCAAACUUCCUGCAAUAAUAAGAGGCAUCCCUGUUCCUACUGCUAAGUGGGUUGUGGAUGGCAGUGAAAUCAAAACUGAAGGCAAUUACUCAAUUGAUACUGAUAACUUUUCAACAGUUCUUAACAUUAAAGAUUGCACAAGAAAAGACACUGGUGAAUAUUUGCUCACAGUGGCUAACCCUGCUGGCAGUAAGACAGUUGCCUUGCAUCUAACUGUCCUUGAUGUUCCCAGUCCUCCAGUUGGCCCCAUUAACAUCCUUGAGAUAACACCUGAGCACAUGGUUAUAAACUGGCGCCCCCCAAAGGAUGAUGGUGGAAGUCCAGUAAUGAAUUACAUUGUUGAAAAGAGAGAAUCCAAGAAGGAAACAUGGGGAGUAGUGAGUUCUGGAAGUACAAGUACAAAAGUUAAGAUCCCGCGUCUUCAGAAGGGCUGUGAAUAUAUUAUGCGUGUCCGUGCUGAGAACAAGAUUGGUAUUGGUGAACCACUUGAGUCUCAACCAACUGUUGCCAAACAUAUGUUUGAUCCUCCAGCACCGCCUGGUAAGCCAGUGGCUUCUGACAUUACAGAAAAUGCUGUAACAGUAAGUUGGACCAUGCCAAAAUCAGAUGGCGGUAGCCCAAUCAGUGGCUAUAUUGUGGAACGCAGAGAAAUAUCUGGAAAAUGGAUACGUGUAAACAAGACACCAGUUCUGGAUCUCAGAUACAGAGCUCAGGGACUUUUUGAGGGCAAUACAUAUGAAUUUAGAAUCUUUGCUGAAAACAUGGCUGGUAUUGGUAGACCUUCUCCAGUCUCUGACCCAGUUAGAGCAUCUCGUCCUAUUACACCACCUGGGCCUCCAAUCAAUCCUAAACUUAAAGACUGGAGCAAACAAUCAGCAGAUUUGGUUUGGACAAAGCCUAAUAGAGAUGGAGGAAGUCCUGUCUUGGGAUAUAUUAUUGAGUGCCAGAAAUCAACCAGUGUUCAGUGGGAUAGAAUUAACAAAGAUGACCUGAUAAAGCAGUGUGCAUUUAGGGUACCAGGACUCAUUGAAGGCACAGAAUAUAGAUUCCGUGUUAGAGCUGCUAAUGUUUAUGGAGAAGGAGAACCAAGAGAACUUCCAGAAUCUGUUAUUGCAAAGGACAUCCUCCAACCUCCAGAGAUCAACCUUGAUGUCACUUGCCGUGACUCAAUGACUUUCAGGGUGGGACAGACGAUUGCAGUUACAGCUCGUGUAAAGGGCAGACCAGAUCCAGAUAUUACUUGGUCUAAGGAUGCCAAAGUUUUGACAAGUGACAAGCGCACUGAAAUGAAUAAUGAAUAUCCUUUGGUUGAGUUAAUAUUAAAGGAAGCUACCAGAGCAGACCAUGGUAAAUAUUCAAUUGUCGCUAAAAACAGCAGUGGUCAGGCCCAAGCAGCUGUUGUAGUAAAUGUUCUUGACAGGCCUGGACCAUGUCAGAAUUUGAAGACAUCGUAUGUAACCAGAGAGUCUUGUGUAGUGUCAUGGGAAAAUCCAGAAGAUCAUGGAGGCACAGAGAUUACAAACUAUAUUGUGGAAUGCCGUGAACCUAGCCAAAGAGGAUGGUCAAUGAUCUCUUCAGAUGUUACCAGACGCCUGAUCAAAGCCCCACUUUUGGAACACCAUCAAUAUUUCUUCCGGGUGUGCGCUGAAAACAAGGUUGGUACUGGCCCAACCACUGAGACCAAGACACCGAUUCUGGCUAUUGAUCCUGUUGAGAAACCAGGUGAACCAGAAAAUCUACAUAUUGCUGAUACUGGAAAAACAUUUGUUCUUCUUAAAUGGAGAAAACCUGAUUAUGAUGGUGGUAGUCCCAACCUGUCCUACCAUGUAGAAAGGAAGCCCAAAGAUGCUGAAGAAUGGGAAAGAGUUCACAAAGGAAGCAUCAAGGAGACACAUUUCAUGGUUGAUAGAUGUAUUGAAAAUCAAACUUACCAGUUUAGAGUGCAGACAAAGAAUGAGGGAGGAGAAAGCAACUGGGUUAGGACAGGUGAAAUCGUAGUUAAACAAGAGUUACAGAAACCGGUUCUAGACCUGAAGCUGACUGGUCUAUUGGUUGUGAAGGCAGGUGAUUCCAUACGAAUUGAAGCUGCUCUCAGAGGAAAACCUCAACCUGAAGUCACAUGGGUAAAGGACAAGGAUGUUGCUGACAUAAGCAAAAAUCCUAGACUUCAAAUUGAAACUGCUUCUGAAUAUUCUAAAUUUCUUAUGACCAAAUCCAGACGAAGUGACAGUGGGAAAUAUGUAAUAACUGCAACGAACCCUGCUGGCAGCUUCACAGCUUAUGCCACUGUAAAUGUCCUUGAUAAACCAGGACCCAUCAGAGAUUUGAAGAUCACUGGAAUUUCAAGUGACAGAUGUAAUGUUAUGUGGGAUCCUCCUGAGGAUGAUGGUGGCUGUGAAAUUCAGAACUACAUUUUGGAAAAAUGUGAGAGCAAGAGAAUGGUAUGGUCUACUUAUUCAGCUUCUGUUAUGACAAACUACGCUCAUGUCACUCAUCUUGUGGAAGGUAAUGAAUAUAUCUUCAGGGUGCGGGCUGAAAACAAAAUGGGCACUGGUCCACCAAUGGAGAGCAAGCCAAUUGUUGCCAAGACACAAUUUAAUAAGCCUGGCCAGCCAGAUCCUCCAGAGGUCACAAAGAUUAGCAAGGACGAAAUGACAGUCAUAUGGACUCCACCUGAAAAUGAUGGUGGCAAAUCCAUUACAGGAUACAUUCUAGAAAGAAAGGAGAAACGAGCAAUUAGAUGGGUGCCAGUUACCAAAAGUCCAAUUCCAGAGAGACGUAUGAAAGUUACUAAUUUGAUCCCAGGUCAUGAAUAUCAGUUCCGUGUGAAAGCUGAAAAUGAAGUUGGCUUAGGAGAACCAAGCAUACCUUCAAGAUCUGUGGCUGCAAAAGACCCAAUAGAACCUCCUGGUCCUCCCACUGGGUUGAAGGUGGUUGACAGCACAAAGACUUCCGUCACACUUGGAUGGGUUAAACCAAUAUAUGAUGGUGGUGCUCCUAUUAUUGGAUAUGUGGUUGAAAUGAGACCGAAGGGACCAAGUGAUAAACCAGAUGAGGGUUGGAAGAGGUGCAACGUAGCUGCACAACUUGUCCUGACUGAAUUUACUGUCACCAGCCUUGAUGAGAAACAGGAGUAUGAAUUCCGAGUUUCUGCAAUGAAUCAGGUUGGCUUAGGCCGUCCUGCAGACUUGAAAGAAGCAGUGUCACCAAGAGAGAUACUUGAGGCACCUGAAAUUGACUUGGAUGCAAGUCUCAGAAAGGUUCUUACUGUUAGAGCUGGAUGUCCUAUCAGACUGUUUGCCACAAUUAGAGGAAGGCCUGCACCAAAAGUGUCCUGGAGGAGGAUGGGUAUUGACAAUGUUGUCAGAAAGGGUCACGUGGAUCUGAUUGACACAAUGACUUUCCUCGUUAUCCCUGAAAGUACACGUGAGGAUUCAGGAAAAUAUUCCCUGACGCUGACUAGCCCAGCUGGAGAGAAAGCGGUCUUUGUUAAUGUUAAAGUUCUUGACACUCCUGGACCUGUAGCAGAUUUGGGUGUUGCUGAUAUUACAAAGAUGUCUUGCAAACUGUCUUGGUCACCUCCUGAAAACGAUGGUGGAAGUUCAGUGACACACUAUAUCCUUGAAAAGCGUGAGGCUGACAGGAAGACUUGGGCCACUGUUAUUGCCGACCUGAAGAAGACCAGCUUUAGUGUGGCAAAUCUAGUGCCAGGCAAUGAAUACUAUUUCAGAGUCACAGCUGUCAAUGAGUAUGGCUCAGGUGUUCCUAAAGACACAGGAAGUGCUAUCCUUGCAACAAAUCCUAUCAGUGAACCUGACCCACCAAAGAAAGUUGAUGUCAUGGAUAUUACAAAGAACAGUGCAACUGUGGCCUGGGAGCGCCCACUGCGGGAUGGAGGUGCUAAAAUUGACGGGUAUAUAAUUGACUACAUAGAAGAUGGUCAACCAGAUGAACGCUGGACACCAUACUCUGUUGUGAAAGAUCUGAGCAUUGUUGUUGUUGGACUGAAAGAAGGCAAAAAAUAUAAAUUCAGAGUGGCAGCAAGAAACCCUGUUGGUAGCAGUCUGCCACGAGAAGUAGAAGGAAUGUUUGAAAUCAAGGAACAACUCAUGGCACCUAAGAUUAUUAUGCCUGAGCAUGUUUCCACCAAAGCUGGACAGAAACUCAGAGUUGAAGCUCAUGUAGCUGGAAAGCCUGCCCCACUCUGCAAGUGGAAGAAGGGAGAUGAUGAUGUGGUCCCAUCUAGUCGUCUGGCAGUGCAUAAGGCUCAGAAUACUUGCGUACUCAUUAUCAAGGAUGUCACAAGGCAGGAUAGCGGUUACUACAGUCUUUCAGCCGAAAACAGCUCUGGCACUGUUUCUCAAAUCCUCAGAGUAGUGAUUAUGGAUAUCCCUGGCCCUCCAGAGCCACCAUUUACAAUCAGUGACAUUGAUGCCGAUGCAUGCUCUCUGUCUUGGCACAUACCACGUGAAAAUGGUGGAAGCAACAUUACUAACUAUGUGAUUGAGAAGUGUGAUGUAAGCAGAGGUGACUGGGUCACUGUAGUUUCAUCUGUUACAAAGACAAGCUGCAGAAUUGGAAAACUCACCCCUAAUAAGGAGUACAUCUUCCGUGUUCGUUCUGAAAACCGAUUUGGCAUUUCAGAUCCCAUUCAAUCUGAUAGAAUGAUCGCAAAAUUCCCAUUUGAGGUACCCAGUGAACCAAAAAAUGCCCGCAUCAACAAGGUCAAUAAAGACUGCAUCUUCGUGGCCUGGGACAGACCAGAAAGUGAUGGUGGCAGCCCAAUUACUGGUUACUACAUUGAGCGUAAAGAAAGAAACAGCCUUCUCUGGGUUAAGGCCAAUGACACAGUUGUUCGUAAUGUUGAAUAUCCAUGUGCUGGUCUUAUUGAAGGCCUUGAGUAUACCUUCAGAAUAUCUGCCCUUAACCGAGCUGGUUCCAGUAAACCAAGCAAACCAACCGAGUUUGUCACUGCAAGAACACCAGUUGAUCCACCAGGCAAACCUGAAAUCCUUGAUGUAACUAAGAGUACAGUAGCCCUUGUCUGGACCCGACCAAAGCAUGAUGGUGGUAGUAGAAUCAUUGGAUAUUAUGUUGAAGCAUGCAAACUCCCUGGUGAUAAAUGGAUACGUUGCAAUACAAGCAGUCAAAAUGUACCUCGUGAAGAAUAUACUGCUUCUGGACUGGAAGAAGGAGCUCAAUAUCAGUUCAGAAUUAUAGCCAAGACCACUAUAAAUAUCAGCCGACCAUCCGAACUGUCUGACCCAAUUACUAUCCAGGCAGAAAAUGUUCCACCAAGGGUUGAAUUGGGUGUUUCUAUGAAGACUAUGAUUACUGUAAAGGCUGGAACCAAUGUUUGCCUUGAGGCUAAUGUCUUCGGAAAGCCCAUGCCAAAGAUCACUUGGAAAAAGGAUGGGGAAGUUGUGACAGCUGCUGAAGGCAUUAAAAUCACCACAAAUAGAAACCUUUGCCACUUGGAACUGUUUAGCGUACUGAGGAAAGAGUCUGGAGAAUAUACCAUUUUGGCUGAAAAUGCAAGUGGUUCUAAAUCAGCCAACAUGAAACUGAAAGUACUUGACAAACCUGGUCCUCCAGCUUCUGUCAGAAUAAGCAAUGUCUACUCAGAUCGUGUCAACCUUUCUUGGGAACCACCACUUGCGGAUGGCGGCUCUGAAAUUACUAACUACAUUGUUGAUAAACGUGAGACAAGUAGACCUAACUGGGCUCAAGUCACAGCCAAUGUUCAGAUUACGAGCAGUUCUGUUGAGAAACUUAUUGAGGGACAUGAAUACCAGUUCCGUAUCAGUGCUGAAAACAAGUAUGGUGUUGGUGACCCAAUCUUGACCAAUGCUGUGUUUGCUAAGAACCCAUAUGAUGUUCCUGGCCCUUGUGAGCCUCCAGUUAUUACUAAUAUCACAAAAGAUCAUAUGACUGUCAGCUGGAAAACACCUGCAAAUGAUGGUGGAUCAACUAUCCUUGGAUAUAUUCUGGAGAAGCGUGAAACAAAGGCUGUUAACUGGGGUAAAGUUAACAGAAAGCCAGUGAUUGAAAGAACAGUCAAAGCAACAGGACUUCAGGAAGGUGCCGAAUAUGAGUACAGAGUCAUUGCAAUGAACAAGGCUGGACUAGGGAAACCUAGUGAUGUAUCUAGGGGAGCCACUGCUUUUGAUCCUCAAUAUCCUCCAGGCCCACCAGCUUUCCCAAAGGUGCUUGAUACAACUAACAGCACAGUUAGCCUUACAUGGAGUAAACCAGCAUACGAUGGCGGCAGCCCUAUUUUAGGCUACCUGGUUGAGAUUAAAAGAGCAGAUUCUCAAGACUGGAUACGCUGCAAUGUACCAAAGAACCUUCACGAAACACGUUACACUGUUACUGGACUUGCUGACAAUACAGAAUACCAGUUCCGUGUGACUGCAGUAAACAAGAUUGGUUACAGUGAGCCAAGUGAAGUUCCUGAUAAGCAUUUCGCAAAGGACAUCCUAAUUGCUCCUGAAGCUGAUCUGGAUGCUGAUCUUAGGAAAGUCCUUGUGUUGCGUGCUGGAGUAACAAUGAGGUUAUAUGUGCCAGUAAGGGGUCGACCUGCUCCAAAGGUUACUUGGGCUAAGAUGAACAUGAACAUAAGAGACAGACAAGGACUAGAAAUCAAGACAACUGAAUAUGACACCUUAGUGUACUGUGAAAAUGUAAACAGAUAUGAUGCUGGCAAAUACAUAUUGACACUGGAGAAUAGUAGCGGCAUGAAGACAUACACAGUUGUUGUGAAAGUUCUUGAUACACCUGGACCUCCACUUAACAUUAUUGUCAAAGAAACAUCAAAAGACUAUGCAGCUAUCUCUUGGGAUCCUCCUCUUAUUGAUGGUGGCAGCCCAGUAAAGAGCUAUAUUGUAGAAAAGCGUGAUGCUGAGAGAAAGGCAUGGUCCACAGUUUCAACAGACUGUCCAAAAACAUCCUUCAGAAUCAACAACUUGGAAGAAAGUAAAUACUAUUUCUUCAGAGUCUUGGCUGAAAAUGAAUACGGCAUUGGCGAGCCAUGUGAAACCCAUGAUGCUGUCAAAGCUUCAGAACAACCUGGACCAGUAAUAGACUUCAAAACUUUACUUGUUACCAAGAAUUCAUGCACAUUGGCCUGGAAGAAACCUAUGAGUGAUGGUGGAAGCCGCAUUAUUGCAUAUGUUCUAGAAGUUUCAAUUGGUGAUGACAAGUGGAAAGAGAUUAUGAAGUCCAAGAAUAUGCAGCACAACUUGAAAGAUUUGGAAGAAGGAAAUGAAUACUCAUUCAGAGUGAGAGCUCUGAAUGAUGCUGGAUACAGCUCACCACAAGAGCUUAAUGUUGUCGCCAAAGAUCAUAUUAUUCCUCCAAGUGCUGACUUACGAGACCUCCCAGAUUUGUGCUACAUUGCAAAAGAAGGAAGCAGCUUCCGUCUUAAGAUCCCGAUCAGUGGCAAGCCUGUCCCAUCUGUUACAUGGAAGAAAGGUGAAGAUCUGGUGUUGACUGACACUGGCCGAGUCUCUGUGGAAUAUUCUGCCGUUAAUACCACCCUUCUGGUCCGUGACUGUCAAAAAAAUGAUGCAGCAAAAUACACAAUUACCUUGAAGAACACUGCAGGCACAAAGGAAUCUACUAUCUUUAUGAAGGUUGUUGGGAAACCCGGAAUACCAACAGGCCCUAUCAAGUUUGAUGAAGUCACAGCUGAUGCAAUGACCUUAAAAUGGGGCCCUCCAAAGGAUGAUGGUGGUUCAGAAAUUUCCAAUUAUAUCCUUGAGAAGAGGGAUUCAACAACCAACAAGUGGGUCACAUGUGCAUCUGCUGUACAGAAAACUACCUACAGAGUUACAAGACUCCAUGAAGGAAAUGAAUAUCUCUUCAGAGUCAGUGCGGAAAACAAAUAUGGAGUUAGUGAAGGCCUCAAAUCUGAUACUAUUGUGGCCCAGCAUCCAUUUAAUGUUCCUGAUGCCCCACCUCCCCCAGAAAUUGUUGCUGUAAGACAUGAAUCUGCAUCUUUGGCUUGGUCAGACCCAAGAAAAACGGGAGGCUCCCCAAUAACAGGCUAUCAUGUUGAAUACAAAGAAAGAAAUAGUCUUUUGUGGAAACGAGCGAGCAAGACACCAUUGAGGAUGAAGGACUACAGAGUGUGUGGUUUAACUGAAGGUCUCGAGUAUGAAUUCCGAGUUAUGGCCAUUAAUAUGGCAGGUGUGGGCAAGCCAAGCUUACCAUCUCAGCCAGUAAUAGCCCUUGAUCCAAUCGAUCCUCCUGGUAAACCUGAUGUGAUCAGUGUUACAAGAAGCACUGUAACUCUUAUAUGGACAGAACCCAAAUAUGAUGGCGGACACAAACUGACAGGUUAUAUUAUUGAGAAGCGGGAUCUGCCUUCCAAAGCCUGGAUGAAAGCUAACCACGUUAAUGUACAAGAAUGUGCAUAUACUGUUACAGAUUUGACUGAGGGCUGCAAAUAUGAAUUCAGAAUCAGAGCUAAGAAUGCAGCUGGUGCCAUAAGUCCUCCUUCUGAGCAAACAGACACAAUCGUAUGCAAAGAUGAAUACGAGGCACCAACUAUUGUUAUUGAUGCAACCGUAAAGGAAGGACUCACAGUCAGAGCAGGAGACACAAUUGUUAUAACUGCUACUAGCAUCCUUGGAAAGCCUCCUCCAACAUCAGUUUGGUCUAAAGGUGGAAAGGACUUUAAGCCUUCUGACAUUGUUGCAAUUGAAACAACUCCAACUUCAUCAACUUUGUCUGUCAAGUACGCUACAAGAAAGGAUUCUGGAGAAUAUACCAUCAGUGCGAGUAAUCCAUUUGGCACAAAAGACGAGCAUGUGAAAGUGAAAGUUUUAGAUGUUCCUGGGCCCCCUGGACCCAUUGAAGCUAGCAAUGUCUCUUCUGAAAAGGUUACUCUAACAUGGACACCACCUCGUGAAGAUGGAGGAUCUGCAAUCAAGUCCUAUGUUCUAGAAAAGAGGGAAACUAGCCGUCUUCUCUGGACACUGCUUGCUGAAAACAUCAUGGAUUGUCGAUUUGUUGCUAGAAAGCUUAUCCAGGGCAAUGAAUACAUCUUCCGUGUCUCGGCUGUGAACCAGUAUGGUGUUGGUGACGCAGUGCAGUCUGAUGCAGUUAAAAUGGUGGAUAGAUUUGGACCCCCAGGACCUCCUGGGAAACCAGAAAUUGAUAACGUUUCUAAGAAUACAGUUACCAUUUCCUGGAAGAGACCAGCUGACGAUGGUGGAAGUGACAUCACAGGAUAUUAUGUUGAAAGAAAGGAAAGGAAAGGAUUGAGAUGGGUUAGAGCAACAAAGAAAACCAUCUCAGAUCUUCGCUACAAAGUGUCAGGCCUUUCUGAGGGAGUGGAGUAUGAAUUCAGAGUGACAGCAGAAAAUAAAGCAGGCCUUGGAGAACCCAGUGAUGCAUCACAGCACGUAAUGACUAAGGAUGUGGCAUAUGUACCUGGACCACCUUCUAACCCAAGAGUUACUGAUACUACCAAAACCACUGCAACACUGCAUUGGGGCAAACCUCACUAUGAUGGUGGUCUGGAUAUCAUCGGAUACAUAGUUGAGCAUAAAAAAGAAGGCGAUGAAGACUGGGUUAAAGACACAACAGGCACUGCUCUCAGGAUUACUGAAUUUGUUGUUGCAAACCUGCAGCCAGGAGGAAAGUAUCACUUUAGAGUUAGUGCUGUGAAUGCUGAAGGGGUUGGAGAACCUGCUCAAAUCGAAGAAGUUAUUGAAAUAAGGGAACGAGAGGAGGUACCUGAUUUUGAACUUGAUGCUGAACUUAGAAGAACACUUGUUGUCAGGGCUGGAUGUUCAAUUCGCAUUUUUGUGCCAAUUAAAGGCCGUCCAACACCUGAAAUCACUUGGAUGAAAGGAGAUGUUAUGCUUAAAGGCCGUGCAAGCAUUGAUAACACAGAAUCUUACACUAUGUUGGUUAUUCCUGACUGCACUAGGCAUGAUGCUGGGAAAUACACAAUGGUCCUUGAAAAUGCAGCAGGCAAAAAGAGUGGUUUUGUAAACGUUAAAGUUUUGGACUCACCUGGACCUCCAAUCAAUCUUAAGGCCAGAGAGGUUACUAAAGACUGUAUCACAAUGCAGUGGGAUAUACCCCUAAUUGAUGGAGGAUCACGAGUUACCAACUAUAUUGUUGAAAAACGUGAAUCAACACGAAAGGCAUAUUCAACCAUUACAACAAAGUGCCAGAAGUGUUCCCUUAGAAUUCCUAACUUAGGAGAGGGAUGUGAAUACUAUUUUAGAGUGUUGGCUGAAAAUGAAUUUGGCAUUGGUGAACCAGCUGAAACACCAGAACCAAUUAGGGCAUCUGAGGCUCCAUCUUCUCCAGAAAGUCUUAAUAUCAUGGAUGUGACCAAGACUUCUGCUAGUCUUGCAUGGCCCAAACCAGUACAUGAUGGUGGUAGCAAGGUGACUGGAUAUGUAAUUGAAGCUCAAAAGAAAGGUGCAGAACAGUGGCUGCAUGUCGCUACUGUAAAGGCUCUGGACUAUGUAGUGAAAAACCUAAAUGAAAAUGAUGAAUAUACCUUCCGUAUUAUGGCAGUCAACAGUGCUGGAAGAAGUGACCCCAGAGAAAGCAGGCCAGUCCUUAUUAAGGAACAAACAACACUUCCUGAAUUUGACCUGCGUGGCAUCUACCAGAAAUUAGUUAUUGCCAAAGCGGGAGAUAAUGUCAAAGUUGAGAUACCUGUUUUGGGCCGUCCAAAACCAACAGUUACCUGGAAGAAAGGCAACCAAGACUUCAAACAAACACAGAGAAUGAAUGUUGAAAAUACCGCAACCUCAACCAUCCUGAAUAUUAAUGAAUGCACAAGAAAUGAUAGUGCACAAUUCACGCUGAUAGGAAAGAACAUACUUGGGGAAGUCAGUGAUACUAUUACUGUCCAGAUACAUGAUAUUCCUGGACCUCCUAAAGGGCCCAUUAAACUUGAUGAAAUUUCAUCAGAUUUCAUUAUAAUAUCGUGGGAUUCUCCAGAUAAUGACGGAGGGGUACCAAUUAGCAAUUACAUUGUAGAAAUGCGUGAAACCUCUGGCACAUCAUGGGUAGAGUUAGCUGCAACAGUUAUACGUACAACCUUUAAAGUUUCUCAUCUUACAACUGGAGUUGAGUAUCAGUUCCGUGUCAAGGCCCAAAACAGAUAUGGUAUUGGCCCAGCAAUUACCUCAGAGACUGUAGUUGCUGCAUACCCAUUUAAGAGGCCUGGACCUCCAGGUACUCCACAAGUCAUCACAGUCACUAAAGAUUCAAUGACAAUUAGCUGGAAUGAACCAAUUAGUGAUGGAGGAAGUACACUUUUCGGAUACCACGUUGAAAGAAAAGAGAGGAACAGCAUCUUGUGGCAGACAGUCAGCAAAGCUUUAGUUGUAGGAAAUAUUUUCAAAUCAGCUGGACUUACUGAUGGAAUUGCAUAUGAAUUCCGUGUUGCAGCUGAAAACAUGGCUGGCAAAGGUAAACCUAGCAAGCCAUCUGAACCAGUAUUUGCUCUUGAUCCUGUAGAUCCACCUGGCAAGCCACUACCAAUCAAUAUAACUAGACAUGCUGUCACACUCCAGUGGACCAAACCUGAGUAUGAUGGAGGAUUUAAGAUAACUGGAUAUACAGUUGAAAAGAAAGAUCUUCCAAAUGGUCGUUGGCUCAAGGCCAACUUCAGCAACAUUCUGGAGAGAACUUUCACUGUCAGUGGGCUAACUGAAGAUGCUUCAUAUGAAUUCCGUGUAUUUGCUAGAAAUGCUGCUGGUUCUGUCAGUAAACCCUCUGAACCAUCUGAUAGCAUAACAUGCAGAGACGACAUUGAAGAACCAAGAAUCAUGGUUGAUGCCAAGUAUAAAGAUAUUAUACUGUUAAAGGCAGGAGAAAUGUUCAAACUUGAAGCUGAUGUUGCAGGUCAGCCAUUACCAACAAUGGUUUGGACUAAAGAAGGAAAGGAACUUGAAGAUACUGCUAAACUUGAAAUUAGAACAUCAGACUUUUCUACUGUUUUAAUUCACAAAGACUCUACAAGAAGAGAUGGAGGUGCAUUCACUCUAACAGCCAGUAACCCUGGUGGUUUUGCAAAACAUGUGUUUAACGUUAAAGUUCUUGAUAGACCAGGUCCACCUGAUGGACCAUUAGCAGUUUCGGAUGUCACAUCAGAGAAAUGUGUGAUAUGUUGGUUGCCACCAACUGAUGAUGGAGGCGCAAAGAUUGACCAUUACGUGAUUGAAAAACGUGAAACAAGUAGACUUGCAUGGACAAAUGUAGCAACUGAUCUGCAGGUGAACAGAUUUAAGGUGACAAAGCUGCUUAAAGGAAAUGAAUAUAUUUUCAGAGUGAUGGCUGUUAACAAAUAUGGAGUUGGGGAGCCACUAGAGUCUGAGCCUACUAUUGCAACUAACCCAUAUGUAGCUCCAGAUCCACCUCAAACACCCGAAGUUACUGCCAUCACCAAAGAUUCAAUGGUUGUUUGCUGGGGACAUCCAGAAUCAAACGGAGGAAGUGAAAUUACUAAUUAUGUCAUAGAAAGAAGAGAUAAGGCCGGUCUGCGUUGGGUUAAAUGCAACAAAAGAAUUGUCACAGACUUGAGAUACAAGGUUUCUGGCCUAACUGAAGGACAUGAAUAUGAAUUUAGAAUUUCAGCUGAAAAUGCUGCUGGUUUAAGUGCACCAAGCCAAGCUAGUACUUUCUACAAAGCAUCUGACACAAUAUUUAAACCUGGUCCUCCGGGUAAUCCUCGAGUGUUAGACACCAGCAAAUCAUCAAUCACAAUUGCCUGGAACAAACCAGUAUAUGAUGGUGGCUCUGAGAUAACAGGAUAUAUGGUUGAAACAUGUCUACCUGAAGAGGAUGAAUGGACAAUUGUAACUCCACAAGAUGGACUUAAAGCGACAUCCUUCACAAUCACAAACCUGAUGGAAAAUCAAGAAUAUAAAAUCCAUAUUUCUGCUAUGAAUUCUGAAGGCAUUGGAGAGUCUGCUCUUGUUCCUGGAUCACCAAAAGCUGAGGAUAGAAUGCUUGUUCCUGAAAUUGACCUAGAUGCUGAGCUUCGCAAAGUUGUCAGUAUCAGAGCCUGUUGUACAUUAAGACUUUUUGUGCCAAUUAAAGGAAGACCGGCCCCAGAGGUUAAAUGGGCAAGAGAGAGUGGGGAACCUCUUGACAGAGCAUUGAUUGAGAAUACAUCAUCAUACAGUUUACUGGUAAUUGAAAAUGUCAAUAGGUUUGAUAGUGGUAAAUAUAUGCUAACUGUUGAAAACAGCUCAGGCAGCAAGACAGCCUUUGUGAAUGUUAGAGUUCUGGAUUCUCCUGGAGCGCCACAAAACCUCAAGAUAAAGGAAAUUACAAAAGUGUCUGUUUCACUCACUUGGGACCCCCCUCUCAUUGAUGGCGGUUCUAAGAUUAAGAACUAUAUUGUGGAAAAGCGUGAAUCAACAAGAAAAGCAUACUCCACAGUUAUGGCCAACUGCCACAAGACAAGCUGGAAAAUAGACCAGUUGCAAGAAGGAUGCAAUUACUAUUUCAGAAUUCUUGCUGAAAAUGAAUAUGGAAUUGGUCUUCCUGUUGAGACUUCAGACUCAGUUAAAGUAUCUGAAAGACCACUUCCUCCAGGAAAAGUCACUCUCCAAGAUGUCACCAAGAACAGUGUUAGUCUCUCAUGGGAGAAGCCAGAACAUGAUGGGGGUAGCAGAAUCAUUGGAUACAUUGUAGAAAUGCAGAGCAAAGGCAGUGAAAAAUGGACGACAUGUUCAACAGUAAAAGUCACUGAAGUUGUUGUACCAGGACUGACACAAGGUGAAGAGUAUGUGUUCCGUGUAUCAGCAAAGAAUGAUAAAGGUGUAAGUGAUCCUCGCCAGCUUGGUGUUCCUGUAGUUGCAAAGGACCUGGUCAUAGUUCCAGCAUUCAAGCUCUUGUUCACCACAUUCAGUGUUCUGGCAGGUGAUGACCUCAAGGUAGAUGUACCAUUUGUUGCUCGACCUAAAGCAAAUGUUACCUGGCAUAAGGAUAAUCUUGCUCUGAAACAAACCACAAGAGUGAAUGCAGAAAUCACAGAAAAUCGUACACAACUAGUUAUUAAAGAAGCCUGCAGAGAUGAUGUUGGCCAGUAUAAAGUCACACUUGCAAAUACUGCUGGUGAAGCAACAGAAAACAUAAGCAUUGUUGUACUAGAUAAACCUGGCCCACCAACUGGCCCUGUUAAAAUAGAUGAAGUCACUGCUGACAGUAUUACUCUUACAUGGCAACCCCCAGAAUAUAGUGGUGGCUGCACUAUCAACAACUACAUUGUGGAAAAGAGAGAUACUUCUACAACUGUUUGGCAGAUUGUAUCCGCUACUGUUGCCAGGACAACUAUUAAAGCAAGCCGAUUGAAGACUGGCUGUGAGUACCAGUUCAGAAUUGCAGCCGAGAACAGAUAUGGCAAGAGCGCUUUCCUCAUUUCAGAAUCCUUGGUAGCUCAAUAUCCAUUCAAACUCCCUGGUCCUCCUGGUACACCUUUUGUAACUGCAAUUACAAAGGAUAGCAUGGUGGUGCAGUGGAAUGAACCUGUUAUUGAUGGUGGCAGCAGGAUUAUUGGUUACCACUUGGAACGCAAGGAAAGAAACAGUAUUCUUUGGGUUAAGCUUAACAAGACACUGAUACUGGACACCAGGUUUAAGACCAGUAACCUUGAAGAGGGAAUCGAAUAUGAAUACAGAGUAUAUGCUGAAAAUAUUGUGGGCACUGGGAAAUCAAGCAAACUAUCUGAAUGUUAUGUUGCAAGAGAUCCUUGUGAUCCACCAGGUCGCCCAGAAGCAGUAAUAGUCACCAGAAACUCUGUUACACUACAUUGGACAAAGCCUGAAUAUGAUGGUGGCAGCAAAAUCACUGGGUACAUUGUUGAAAAGAAAGAGUUACCUGAUGGUCGCUGGAUGAAGGCCAGCUUUACCAAUGUUGUUGAAACACAGUUUGUAGUGACUGGCUUAGUUGAAGAACAAAGGUAUGAGUUCCAAGUAAUAGCAAGAAAUGCAGCAAGUGUUUUUAGUGAGCCAUCUGAAAGCACUGGACCCAUCACUGCUAGAGAUGAAGUGGAUCCACCUCGUAUAAGCAUGGAUCCUAAAUACAGAGAAACUAUAGUUGUGAAUGCUGGGGACAAUUUCAAGAUUGAUGCAGAUGUUCAUGGAAAACCAAUCCCCACCAUCCAAUGGCUAAAAGGAGACCAAGAACAAAAAAAUACAGCUCGUCUGGAAAUCAAAAGCACAGAUUUUGCCACAACCCUUAGUGUCAAGGAAGCUAUACGUGUUGAUGGAGGCCAGUACACACUCUUAUUAAAGAAUGUUGCAGGUGAAAGAUCAGUUGCAGUCAAUGUCAAAGUGUUGGAUAGGCCUGGCCCACCAGAAGGACCUGUUGGAAUUUCUGGAGUAACAUGUGAGAAAUGUUCAAUUUCAUGGAAACCACCAACGCAGGAUGGAGGCAGUGAUAUAUCCCACUACAUUGUUGAAAGAAGGGAAACAAGCAGAUUAGUGUGGACAGUGGUUGAGUCUAAAGUACAGACUCUUGGUCUAAAAGUUACAAAACUUCUGGAAGGAAAUGAAUAUAUUUUCCGUGUCAUGGCUGUAAACAAAUAUGGAGUUGGAGAACCACUUGAAUCUGAUGCAGUGAUAGCUAAAAACCCAUUUGUGGUUCCAGAUGCACCUAAAUCUGUUGAAGUUACAACAAUUACAAAGGACUCAAUGGUAGUUGUAUGGGAAAGACCUGCAAAUAAUGGAGGCAGCGAGAUUUCAGGUUAUGUUGUAGAAAAACGAGACAAAGAAGGCAUCAGAUGGACAAGAUGCAAUAAACGUGUAUGUAAUGAACUGCGCUUUAGAGUAACUGGACUUCUUGAAAAUCACAAUUAUGAAUUCAGGGUCUCAGCUGAAAAUGCUGCUGGAGUUGGUGUGCCAAGUUCUUCCUCAGUUUUCUAUAAGGCAUGUGAUCCUAUUUUCAAACCAGGACCACCUAAUAAUCCUAAAGUGACUGAUAUCACCAGGUCAUCCGUAUUCCUUUCAUGGAGCAAACCAAUUUAUGAUGGUGGCUGUGAAAUUCAGGGAUACAUUAUAGAGAAAUGUGAAGCAACCUCUGAUGAAUGGACAAUGUGCACUCCACCCACAGGUGUUAAUAAAACAUGGAUUGAAGCUGACAAGCUACAGGAGAAGAAGGAGUACAAGUUCAGAGUCUGUGCUGUAAACAAGGCAGGUGUUGGAGAACAUGCAGAUAUUUCUGGAGCUGUCCUUGUGGAAGAAAAACUGGAAGCACCAGACCUUGAUCUUGACCCUGAACUCAGAAAGAUUGUCAGUGUUAGAGCUGGAGGUUCCUUGAGAUUGUUUAUUCCUAUCAAAGGACGACCUGCUCCAGAAGUAAAAUGGGGAAAAGCUGAUGGUGAAAUCAGGGAAACAGCUCAGAUUGAUAGCACAAGUAGCUACACCUCCCUUGUAAUUGACAAUGUGAACAGAUUUGACAGUGGUAAAUAUACUUUGUCAGUAGAAAAUAUAAGUGGAACAAAGUCUGCUUUCAUCAGUGUUAGAGUACUUGAUACACCAAGUGCACCAGUCAACAUGAAAGUUAAAGAGAUUACCAAAGAAUCAGUAACUUUAACAUGGGAGCCACCUCUGUUGGAUGGUGGGGCUAAGAUAAAGAACUAUAUCAUAGAAAAACGUGAAAGCACAAGAAAAGCGUAUUCUGCAGUUGUGACCAACUGCCACAAAACCUCAUGGAAGAUUGACCAACUCCAGGAAGGAUGUAAUUAUUAUUUUAGAGUAUCUGCUGAAAAUGAACAUGGUAUUGGUUUACCUGCAGAAACUGUUGACCCACUGAAAAUAUCUGAGGUGCCACAGCCUCCAGGCAAAAUAACUGUUGUUGAUGUCUCACGAAACACUGUCUCUCUUGCCUGGGAGAAACCUGAACAUGACGGUGGCAGCAGAAUCAUUCAAUAUGUUGUGGAAAUGCAGGCCAAGGGCAAAGAGACAUGGUCUCCUUGUGCACAUGUUAAAACACUCGAAACUGUUAUUUCCAGCUUAGCUCAAGGAGAGGAAUAUAUGUUCAGGGUUAUAGCUGUGAAUGAGAAAGGCAAGAGUGACCCAAGAUCUCUUGCAGUUCCAGUGGUUGCUAAAGAUUUAGUUAUCGAGCCAGAUGUAAAACCUUUAUUCAGCAAUUAUAGUGUACAAGUUGGUCAGGACCUGAAAGUAGAAAUUCCUAUUGCUGGGCGACCAAAACCAACAAUUUCUUGGACAAAGGAUGGUCAAACCCUUAAGCAGACCACAAGAGUUAAUGUUACUGAUACAGCACACCAUACAGUACUUAAUAUUAAAGAAACCACCAGGGAUGACGGUGGUAUAUAUGGCAUCACUGUGUCUAAUGUUGUUGGACAAAAAGUUGCAUCAAUUGAAGUGAUAACACUUGACAAACCUGGGCCACCAACUGGCCCUGUUAAAUUUGAUGAAGUUAGUGCUGAAAGUAUCACACUUUCAUGGGAACCACCAAAAUACACUGGUGGCUGCCAGAUUUCAAACUAUAUUGUUCAAAAGAGAGAUACAACUACCACAAAUUGGGAAAUCGUUUCAGCAACAGUUGCAAGGACAACACUCAAAGUUUUGAGACUCAAGACUGGAGCAGAGUAUCAGUUUAGAAUCUUUGCUGAAAACAGAUAUGGACAAAGCUUUGCUUUAGAUUCUGAAUCUGUGGUUGCCCAGUAUCCAUACAAGGAGCCUGGUCCACCUGGUACACCAUUCGUUACAGCAGCCACAAAAGACAGCAUGAUUGUGCAAUGGCAUGAACCAAUUAAUGAUGGAGGCAGCAGUAUUGUUGGUUACCAUUUAGAACGAAAAGAAAGAAACAGUAUCCUCUGGACAAAGAUAAAUAAAACUAUUAUUCAAGAUACACGGGUUAAGACCAGUCCUCUGGAAGAAGGCAUUGAAUAUGAAUUCAGAGUCUAUGCAGAAAAUAUUGUUGGCAUUGGCAAAUCUAGCAAGGUAUCUGAAUGUUAUGUGGCACGUGACCCAUGUGAUCCACCUGGUUGCCCAGAAGCCAUAAUUGUUACAAGGAAUUCAGUCACUCUUCAAUGGACAAAGCCAGAGUAUGAUGGUGGCAGUGUCAUAACUGGCUAUUUUGUUGAGAAACGUGACCUUCCAGAAGGUCGAUGGAUGAAAGCCAGCUUUACCAAUGUUAUGGAGACCCAAUUCACUGUUACAGGUCUUACUGAAGAUUCUAAGUAUGACUUCAGAGUUUUUGCUAAAAAUGCUGCAGGAACUAUGAGCAAGUCAUCAGAGAACACCGGUCCAAUAACUGCCAAGGAUGAGGUUGAGCCUCCACGAUACUCAAUGGAUCCAAAAUACAGUGCAGCAAUUGUUGUCAAUGCUGGAGAUACAUUCAAGCUUGAAGCUGAUGUACAUGGAAAACCAUUACCUGAAAUCCAGUGGUUCAAGGGAGAUAAGGAACUUGAAGAUACAGCAAGAUGUGAAAUUAAAAACUCAGACUUCAAAGCAUUGAUUAUCAUUAAAGAUGCUAUUAGAAUUGAUGGUGGACAAUACAAUUUGCAGCUAACCAAUGUAGCUGGCACAAAAUCUGUUCCUAUUCAUGUGAAAGUGUUGGACAGGCCAGGACCACCUGACGGAGUUAUUAACAUUACUGGUGUGACUGCUGAAAAAUGCUCUCUGUCAUGGGCACCUCCACAGCAUGAUGGUGGCAGUGACAUCUCACACUACAUUAUUGAGAAGAGAGAAACUAGUCGUCUUGCUUGGACUGUUGUGGCUUCAGAUGCAGUGGCUACUAUGUUGAAGGUAACAAAACUCCUGGAAGGUAAUGAAUAUAUCUUCCGUAUUAUGGCAGUUAACAAAUUUGGUGUAGGUGAACCUUUAGAAUCUGCACCAGUUAUGAUGAAGAACCCAUUCGUACCUCCUGGAGCACCAAAGGGUUUAGAAAUAGCCAAUAUUGCAAGGGACUCUAUGACCGUGUGUUGGACUAGACCAGAUAGUGAUGGUGGCAGUGAAAUUAUAGGAUAUAUUGUAGAGAAGAGAGACAGGGCUGGAAUCAGAUGGACAAAAUGCAACAAGCGCAGGCUUACGGACUUGCGCUUUAGAGUGACAGGACUCACAGAAGACCAUGAGUAUGAAUUCAGACUAUCAGCAGAAAAUGCUGCUGGAGUUGGUGUACCAAGUCAGCCUUCCACUUACUUUAAAGCUUGUGAUCCAAUAUACAAACCAGGCGCACCAACAAAUGCACACAUUGUGGAUAUCACCAAGAACUCUAUUACACUUGCAUGGGGCAAACCAAUUUAUGAUGGUGGCAGUGACAUCCAGGGAUAUAUUGUUGAAAUCUGCAAAGCUGAUGAAGAAGAAUGGACCAUGUGCACACCACCAGCUGGCCUGCUUGUCAAUCGUUUUGAAAUCACAAAACUUGUUGAACAUCAGGAGUAUAAGAUUCAAGUAUGUGCUGUCAAUAAGUUAGGUGUUGGUGAGCCUGCAGAAAUACCUGAAACAAUUAAACCCGAAGAUAAACUUGAAGAACCUGAAAUCCAUCUGGAUGCAGAGUUAAGAAAGGGUAUAGUUGUACGUUCUGGAAGUACUGUGAAGAUCCUUAUACCUUUCAAAGGAAGACCAGCUCCUGAGAUCAAUUGGUCCAAGGAUGAAGGUGAUCUGUCAGAGAAAACACAAAUAGAAAAGGGUAUUAACUAUACCCAGCUUUCAAUAGACAGUUGUGAUAGAAAUGAUGCUGGCAAAUACACACUUAAAUUGGAAAAUAGCAGUGGUGCUAAGUCUGCAUUUGUUUCUGUCAAAGUACUAGAUACCCCUGGAGCACCUCAGAACCUUGUAGUGAAAGAUGUAAAGAAAGAUGCAGUUACUCUAGUAUGGGAGCCACCUUUGAUUGAUGGAGGAGCAAAGAUCAAGAACUAUGUGAUUGAUAAGCGUGAAUCAACAAGAAAGGCUUAUUCCAAUGUUACUUCAAAAUGUACCAAAACUAGCUUUAAAAUUGAAAAUAUAAUUGAAGGAUCUAUUUAUUACUUUAGAGUUAUGGCAGAGAAUGAAUUUGGUGUUGGACUACCUGCUGAAACUGCUGAUUCAGUAAAGGCAUCUGAGCCACCAUUGUCACCAGGAAAAGUUACACUUACUGAUAUCACUCAGACAAGUGCCUCUCUUGCAUGGGAAAAACCAGACCACGAUGGAGGUAGCAGGAUUUUGGGAUACUUGAUAGAAAUGCAGCCUAAAGGGUCUGACAAGUGGGGAGUAGCGACCCAAACCAAAACAUGUGAUGGUGUUGUUUCUGGCCUAAGUUCUGGUCAAGAGUAUCUCUUCCGUGUGAUUGCUUACAAUGAGAAAGGAAAGAGUGACCCAAGACCACUGGCUGUUCCAGUCAUAGCUAAGGACCUGACAAUUGAACCCAGUUUCAAACUUAUGUUCAAUACAUACAGUGUUCAGUCCGGAGAAGAUCUUAAGGUAGAAAUACCCGUAAUUGGGCGUCCAAGACCCAAGAUUGCUUGGACAAAGGAUGGACAAGCACUUAAACAAACAACAAGAGUAAAUGUUGAAACUACACCAACAUCAACUGUCCUUAAAAUUAAAGAGAGCCACAGAGAUGACCUUGGCAAGUAUACUGUCACAGCUACCAACAGUGCAGGCACAGCCACAGAAGAAGUUACAAUUAUUAUUCUUGAUAAGCCUGGUCCUGCUGUAGGCCCAGUACGAAUUGAUGAAGUAAGUUCAAACUAUGUUAUUUUAUCAUGGGAUCCCCCCCAAUAUACUGGAGGCUGUCAGAUAAACAAUUACAUUGUUGAAAAACGAGACACAACCACAACUGCAUGGCAGAUUGUAUCAGCAACAAUAGCAAGGACAACUAUCAAAGUAACUAAACUUAAGACAGGUUCAGAAUACCAAUUUAGGAUAUAUGCUGAAAACAGAUAUGGAAAGAGUUCCUCUUUGGAUUCUCCAUCAGUUGUUGUGCAGUAUCCUUACAAGCAACCCGGACCACCUGGCACUCCGUUUGUUACAUCACUUACAAAAGAUUACAUGGUUAUUGAGUGGCAUGAGCCAGUCAAUGAUGGUGGCAGUGCAGUUAUAGGUUACCAUCUGGAGCGCAAAGAAAGAAACAGUAUUCUGUGGACUAAGCUGAACAAGACUCUUCUUCAAGACACUCGCUUCAAGACAAACAACCUCGAAGAAGGCAUCGAAUAUGAAUAUAGAGUAUAUGCUGAAAACAUUGUAGGCAUUGGUAAAUGCAGCAAAGUUUCAGAAUGCUUUGUAGCCCGUGAUCCAUGUGAUCCACCUGGCUGCCCUGAAGCUAUUGUUAUCACCAGAAACUAUGUGACUCUUCAAUGGACAAAGCCUCAGUAUGACGGUGGCAGUAAAGUCACUGGAUAUUUUGUAGAAAAGAAAGAGUUGCCAGAAGGUCGGUGGAUGAAAGCAAGUUUCACAAAUGUAAUUGAGACUGAAUUUACCAUCACAGGCUUAGUUGAAGACCAAAGAUAUGAAUUUAGAGUUAUUGCAAGGAAUGCAGCUGGUAUUUUCAGUGAACCCUCUGAAAGCACUGGACCAAUUACAGCUAGAGAUGAAAUUGAAUCCCCAAGAGUUUCAAUGGAUCCAAAAUAUAAAGAUGUAAUUGUUGUUAAUGCAGGUGACACAUUCACCCUUGACGCUGACAUCCAUGGCAAACCAGUGCCUGACAUCACAUGGUUAAAAGAUGGAAAAGAAAUUGACAAAGUUACUGCAAGAAUGGAAACUAAAACAACUAUCCAAAGAACAUCUCUUACAGUAAAGGACUGCAUUAGAAUAGACGGAGGACACUAUGUACUCAACCUCAGCAAUGUUGGUGGUACAAAAGUAAUACCAAUAACAGUCAAAGUUCUUGACAGACCUGGUCCUCCUGAUGGUCCAUUGAGAGUUACAGGUGUCACUGCUGAGAAAUGCUACUUGUCUUGGAGCCCGCCCUCACAAGAUGGUGGUGCUAACAUAUCUCACUAUAAUAUUGAGAAGAGAGAAACCAGUAGACUAUCCUGGACACAGGUUGUCUCUAAUAUUCAAGCAAUCAGCCACAAAGUGACCAAACUUCUGACUGGCAAUGAAUAUAUUUUCAGAGUCAUGGCAGUUAACAAAUAUGGCAUUGGUGAGCCAUUAGAAUCUGAACCUGUUCUAGCACGUAAUCCAUUCAAGCCACCAGGAAAACCAUCAGUUCCUGAAGUUACUGCCAUCACAAAAGAUUCCAUGGUUGUAACAUGGGCCCGUCCUGAUGACAAUGGGGGAGCUGAAAUUGAUGGUUAUGUUCUUGAGAAACGUGACAAAGAUGGCAUUAGAUGGACAAAAUGCAAUAGAAAGAGGUUGAGUGAUCUGCGAUUUAGAGCAACUGGUCUCACUGAAGGACACUUUUAUGAAUUCCGUGUUGCUGCUGAAAAUGCUGCUGGUAUAGGAGAACCAAGUGAUCCAUCAGUAUUCUACAGAGCGUGUGAUGCCACAUAUCCUCCAGGCCCACCAAGCAAUCCAAAAGUAACAGAUACCUCUAGCACAACUGUGUCCCUUUCUUGGAGCAAACCUAUCUAUGAUGGUGGUGCGGAAACAAGGGGAUACCUUGUAGAGAUGAAAGAAGCCAGCACUGAUGAAUGGAUCACAUGCACCCCUCCAACUGGUGUACAAGCAACACACUUUUCUGUCACAAAACUUAAAGAAAACACUGAAUACAAUUUCCGCAUCUGUGCUAUUAACAUAGAAGGAGUUGGUGAACCUGCUGACAUUGCUGGAUCUGUAGUUGCAGCUGAAAAGGUUGAGCCACCCGAGAUUGAACUGGAUGCAGAUCUUAGAAAGAUGGUAUCUGUACGUGCUAGCGGCACUUUGCGCUUGUUUGUUGCCAUUAGAGGUAGACCCGAACCUGAAGUUAAAUGGCAAAAGGCAGAAGGGACUCUAACUGAACGUGCACAAAUUGAAGUCACAGGUUCCUACACCAUGCUUGUCAUUGACAAUGUCAACAGAUUUGACAGUGGCAAAUAUAUUUUGACACUGGAGAACAACAGUGGCACUAAAUCAGCCUUUGUCAACGUCAGGGUGCUUGAUUCUCCAAGUACUCCUGUAAAUUUCAACAUUAAGGAAAUAAAGAAAGAUUCAGUUACACUGACAUGGGAGCCCCCUCUAAUUGAUGGUGGGGCAAAGAUUACUAACUACAUUGUUGAAAAGCGUGAAUCUACAAGAAAGGCAUAUACUACUGUUACUAACAACUGCAUCAAGAAUACAUUCAAAGUCGAUCAACUCCAAGAAGGAGGUAUUUACUAUUUCCGUGUAUUGGCUGUAAAUGAACAUGGUGUUGGCCUACCAGCACAAACAACAGAUCCUAUUAAAGUGUCAGAAGCUCCUUUACCUCCUGGCAAAGUAACUCUUGUAGAUGUAACACGCAACAGUGUAACCAUCUCCUGGGAGAAGCCAGAUCAUGAUGGUGGCAGCAAAAUUUCAAGUUAUGUUGUUGAAAUGCAAACUAAAGGUAGUGAAAAGUGGACCAUGUGUUCUCAAGUGAAGGCACUGGAGGCAACCGUAUCAGGCCUUACCAUGGGUGAAGAAUACUCCUUUAGAAUUAUUGCUGUGAAUGAGAAAGGAAAGAGUGACCCAAAACAACUGGGGGUACCUGUGGUUGCAAAGGACAUUCAGAUCGAACCUAGUUUGGAACUUCUUUUCAGCACUUUCAGUGUGAAAGCAGGAGAUGACCUUAAGAUUGAUGUACCAUUCAGAGGUAGACCCCUGCCUACUGUGUCAUGGAAGAAAGAUGGUCUACCCCUGAAACAGACAACAAGAGUAAAUAUUCAGACAUCCAAAACAUCAACUGUCAUUGUAAUCAAGGAAGCAACAAAAGAAGAUGUUGGAAAGUAUGAGGUUAGUGUGGCUAACACUGCUGGUACGAAUUCAGCUGAAAUUGGAAUUAUUGUACUUGACAAACCUGGUCCACCUGGUCCAAUCCGUCUGGAUGAUGUUAGUUCUGACAGUAUAUCAAUUUCAUGGGACCCACCAGAGUAUGAUGGUGGUUGCCAAAUUAACAACUACAUUGUUGAAAAGAGGGAUACUACAACAACACAAUGGCAAAUUGUGUCUGCCACAGUUGCCAGAACAUCAAUUAAAGUUUCACGACUGACAACAGGUUCUGAAUAUCAGUUCCGUGUUUAUGCUGAAAACCGCUAUGGAAAGAGCCAUUACAGAGACUCCUCUGCAAUUGUUGCACAAUAUCCGUUUAAACCACCUGGUCCUCCUGGAACACCCCGUGUUUCACAUGCUACUAAAUCUUUCAUGGUUGUUGAAUGGAAUGAACCAGUUAACGAUGGAGGCAGUCAAAUACUUGGAUAUCACAUUGAAAGCAAAGAAAGAAGUAGUAUUCUUUGGACCAAGAUAAAUAGAGGUCUUAUUACUGACACUCAAAUGAAAGUAACAGGUAUUGAAGAAGGCCUGCUGUAUGAAUACCGUAUAUAUGCAGAAAAUAUUUCUGGAAUUGGUAAAUGUGGCAAAGCAUGUGAACCUGUUGCUGCAAGAGAUCCAUGUGAUCCUCCUGGUCAACCUGAAAUUACUAACAUUACUAGAACUUCUGUAUCACUGUCUUGGGCUAAUCCAGAAUAUGAUGGUGGAGCCAAAGUCACAGGUUAUAUUAUUGAACGCAGGGAACUGCCAGAUGGUCGCUGGCUGAAGUGCAAUUUCACCAACAUCCAAGAAAACUACUUUGAUAUAACAGGUCUUACAGAAGAUCAACGGUAUGAUUUCCAUGUUAUUGCAAAGAAUGCAGCAGGAUUGUUCAGUGAGCCAUCUGAAUGCACUGGCCCAGUCACUGUUAAGGAUGAUGUUGAUCCCCCUCGAAUUAUGAUGGAUGUCAAAUUCAGAGAUGUGGUGGUAGUGAAGGCUGGAGAAAUUUUAAAGAUUAAUGCUGAUGUUGCUGGUCGUCCUCUGCCAGUAAUUUCAUGGUCAAAGGAUGGCAAGGAGAUAGAAAUAAAGGCUAGAGUUGAAAUUGCCUCAACAGACAAAAGUACUGCAAUCACUAUCAAAGACUGUAUCAGACGAGACUCUGGGCAGUAUGUCCUGACUUUGCAGAAUGUGGCAGGAACAAGAUCAAUGGCUGUAAACUGCAAGGUGCUCGACAGACCUGGCCCAUCAGCUGGACCAGUACAGGUAUCAGGACUUACAGCUGAGAAAUGCCAUCUGUCUUGGGGGCCACCACAAGAAAAUGGAGGUGCUGAAAUUGAUCAUUAUGUGGUAGAGAAACGUGAAACAAGCCGUCUUGCCUGGACCGUGGUGGAAGGAGAUGUGAAAACAACAUCUUGCAAAGUUACUAAACUACUUAAAGGCAAUGAAUACGUUUUCAGAAUUAUGGGUGUGAACAAAUAUGGAGUUGGCGAACCACUAGAGAGUGAUGCUGUUAAAGCUUUAGAUCCAUUUACAGUUGCAAGUGCACCCACAAAUGUGGAGAUCACCAGUGUUACCAGUGAAGCUAUGACAAUCUGCUGGGCUCGACCAGUUAGUGAUGGUGGUAGUGAAAUCUCUGGCUAUAUAAUUGAAAGACGUGAAAAGUCUGGUCUGCGAUGGGUACGUGUGAACAAAAAACCUGUGUAUGAUCUUAGAGUUAAAGCAUCUAACCUCCGUGAAGGAUGUGAAUAUGAAUACCGUGUACAUGCAGAGAAUGCUGCCGGUUUAAGUGCCCCAAGUGAAGCAUCUCCACUGACUAAAGCAGAAGACCCAGUUUUCCUGCCAUCACCACCAUCCAAACCUAAGAUAGUAGAUUCCACAAAGACCACUAUUUCUAUUGGCUGGACAAAACCAUUGUUUGAUGGUGGAGCCCCUGUCACUGGAUAUAAUGUUGAGUACAAGAAAACUGAAGAUGAGGAAUGGACAACAGCUGUUCAAAACCUUAGAGGCACAGAGUUUACUAUUGUUGGACUCACUUCUGGAGCUGAAUAUGUCUUUGCAGUAAGAUCAGUCAACAAAGUUGGACUUAGUGAUCCAAGUACAGCCUCUGAACCCCAGGUUGCAAAAGAGAGAGAAGAAGAACCUGCCUUUGAUGUUGACAAUGAAAUGCGCAAGACUUUAAUUGUCAAAGCUGGCAGCUCAUUUACACUCACUGUACCUUAUAAAGGAAAACCAGUGCCUAAUGUAAUAUGGAACAAGGAAGAUGUAGAUUUAAGAGUAAGAGCAUGUAUUGACACAACUGACAGUUGCACAUCAUUAACUCUAGAGAAAGCAAACAGAAAUGAUUCUGGAAAGUACUGCAUAACUCUACAAAAUAUUACUGGAACUUGUACUUUGACACUAGUUGUCAAGGUCCUGGAUUCUCCUGGUCCACCUGCUCACAUAGCAGUUAAAGACAUCACUAAGGAAUCUGCAGUCAUAUCAUGGGAUGUUCCAGAAAAUGAAGGUGGUGCUCCUGUCAAGAACUAUCAUGUGGAAAAACGUGAAGCCAGCAAGAAGGCAUGGGUAUCUGUCACAAACAACUGCCACCGAUUGACCUACAAAGUACCGGAUCUCCAGGAGGGAGCUAUUUACUACUUCAGAGUUUCUGGAGAGAAUGAGUUUGGAAUUGGAUUAUCUUCUGAGAGCAAGGAAGGUGUUAAGAUCACAGAAAAACCAAGUCCACCUGAGAGGCUUGGAGUUACUGAUGUUACUAAGGAGAGUGUUUCACUUUCUUGGAGUAAGCCAGAACAUGAUGGGGGCAGCAGAAUCACUAGUUACCUGAUAGAUGCCCUUGAGAAAGGCCAACAGAAAUGGGUUAAGUGUGCAGUUGUAAAAAUGACCCACCAUGUUGUUCGUGGCCUUAAGGAGAAUGUUGAAUAUUUCUUCAGAGUCUGUGCUGAAAACCAGGCUGGUCUCAGUGAGCCCAAAGAAAUGCUUUUCCCUGUUACAGUAAAAGAUCAACUUGAAUCUCCUGAAUUUGAUCUGAAGAACUUCCCUCACAAUACAGUCUAUGUCAGAGUAGGAUCAAACCUUAAAUUUGAAAUUCCACUUUCUGGCAAACCUCUACCAAAGAUAUCACUCUCCAGGGACAAUGUUUCAGUGAAGUCAACAAUGAGAUUUAACACAGAGACAACUGCAGAUAGCCUCAUCAUUAACCUCAAAGAGAGCGUUGCUGCUGAUGCUGGAAGAUAUGACAUUACUGCCGCCAACUCAAGUGGAACAACUAAGACCUUUGUUAAUAUUGUAGUCCUAGAUAGACCCGGACCUCCAGUUGGUCCUGUUGCUAUAAGUGACGUCACAGAGGACAGUGUAACGUUAAGUUGGCAACCACCUGUUUAUGAUGGUGGAAGUCAAGUUACUAACUAUAUUGUACUUAAACGUGAAACAAGCACUGCUGCUUGGUCAGAAGUAUCUGCCGCAGUUGCUAGAAACAUGAUCAAGAUUAUGAAGCUGACAACAGGAGAAGAGUACCAGUUCCGUAUCAAGGCUGAGAACCGAUUUGGCAUCAGUGAUCAUAUUGAUUCUCAAUGCGUUACUGUCAAACUUCCAUACACAAUUCCGGGACCACCAUCUACACCAUGGGUAACAAUGGUCACAAGAGAGAACAUCACUGUUUGCUGGCAUGAACCCGUCUCUGAUGGAGGAAACGCUGUAUUUGGAUACCAUUUACAGAUGAAAGACAGAAACAGCAUUCUGUGGCAGAAAGCUAACAAGACAGUUAUCCGUACAACCCACUUCAAAGUCAGCAAUGUUAGUGGUGGACUUAUCUAUGAGUUCAGAGUAAUGGCAGAGAAUGCUGCUGGUAUUGGCAAGGUUAGCCAUACUUCUGACCCAGUACUUGCAAUUGAUGCUUGUGAACCACCAGGAAAUGUGCGUGUGACUGAUAUCACAAAGAACUCAAUCAGCCUUGCAUGGCAGAAACCUGCUUAUGACGGUGGAAGCAAGAUCACUGGGUACAUAGUUGAGAAGCGAGACAUGCCCAAUGGAAGGUGGACAAAGGGUAGCUUCACCAAUGUCAUGGAAACGCAAUUCACUGUCUCAGGCUUGACACAGGAUGAAAAAUAUGAAUUCAGAGUUUUUGCAAAGAAUGCCAUAGGCUCUGUAAGCAAUCCAUCAUUAAUUGCUGGUCCAGCCACAUGUGUAGACACUUAUGGUGCUCCUGAAAUUGACUUGCCUCCAGAAUAUGUAGAUACUGUGAAAUUCAAGGCUGGUUCAGCUGUCAGGAUUAAAGUUGGAAUUUCUGGCAAACCUUUGCCAACAGUUGAAUGGUACAAAAAUGGCAAAGAGGUGGAGACAAGCGCUCAAGUAUCAAUUGAAAAUACAACAGAUUACGCUUGUGUUAUUAUUAAGGACGCUGCACGUACCAAUAGUGGAAGCUAUGAACUCAGACUUAAGAAUGCAAUGGGUUCUACAUCAGCAACCAUCAGAGUACAAAUUCUAGAUAAACCCGGACCUCCAGGUGGACCUGUUCAGUUCAAGAGAGUCACUGCAGAGAAAAUAACUUUCAUUUGGGAUCCUCCAGCUGAUGAAGCUGGUGCUUCGGUAACACAUUAUAUAGUGGAAAAACGUGAGACGAGCAGAGUGGUCUGGACACUCAUAUCAGACAAACAGGAACAGUGUCUUGUCUCUGUGCAGAAGCUUAUCAGAGGCAAUGAAUACAUCUUCAGAGUUAGAGGUGUAAACAAAUAUGGCGUUGGAGAUGCAUUGGAAUCUGAGCCUGUUGUUGCUAAGAAUGCAUUUGUAACUCCCGGACAACCUAGCAUGCCUGAAGUUACGAUGAUUACCAAGUCAACAAUGACUGUGACCUGGAACAGGCCUACUGUAGAUGGUGGCAGUGACAUAUCUGGAUAUAUCCUGGAAAAACGUGAGAAGAAGAGCUUGCGAUGGUUCAAGGUCCUGAAAGAACCUAUCCGUGACACUAGACAGAAAGUAUCAGCCUUGACAGAAGGAAACGAAUACCAGUACCGUGUCAGUGCUCUCAAUGCAGCUGGAGAAGGCCCAUUCUCUGAUGUAUCUGAUUUCUACAAAGCUGCUAAUCCAAUUGACCCACCAGGUGAACCAACCAAGCUUAAAGUUGUUGACACAACUAAAUCAUCUAUAACUCUUGCAUGGGUUAAGCCUGUGUAUGAUGGAGGCAGUGAGGUUUCCAGCUAUGUAGUUAAAAAGAGAGAGGGUGAAGAAGAAGAUUGGACUGUGGUCAGUUCAAAGGGUGAAGUGAGAACUACAGAGUAUGUUGUAUCUCACCUGAAACCUGGGGUGAACUACUACUUCUCUGUGUCUGCUGUCAACUGUGCUGGAAGUGGAGAUCCAAUUGAAAUGACAGAACCUGUUCAAGCUAAGGAUAUCCUUGAGGAACCAGAGAUUGAUCUUGAUAUUGCAGUCAGAACUCAGUUCACAGCUAAAGCAGGUGAAGAUGUGGAGAUCAUGAUUCCAUUUAAGGGACGACCUGCACCAAAUGUCACUUGGAGAAAGGGAGAGAAGAACAUUGGCAUUGAUCCAAGAUACAAUAUCCACAAUACUGAGUCAUCCACAAUGCUUACAAUCCCACAGGUUACUCGUAAUGAUAGUGGAAAAUAUGUUCUUAUCAUUGAAAAUGGUGUUGGUGAACCUAAAUCAUCAUUUGUCAAUGUUAAAGUGCUUGACACACCAGGUGCCUGCCAAAAAUUGCAGGUCAAACAUGUUACUCGUGGCAAUGUUACUCUUGUAUGGGAACCUCCUCUUGUCAAUGGCGGUGCUCAAAUUAGCAACUAUGUUAUUGAAAAGAGAGAUGCUACCAAGAGAGCAUAUUCUGGUGUGACAACUAAAUGCUCUCAAACCACAUUCAAAAUUACUGGCCUCUCUGAGAAGACCUCUUUCUUCUUCCGUGUAUUGGCUGAAAAUGAAAAUGGAUUAGGCGAGCCAUGUGAGACAGCAGAACCAGUUAAAGCUACUGAGAUACCUGGUCCCAUAAAGGAUCUUUCAAUGAAGGACUCUACUAAGACUUCAGUCAUAUUACAGUGGAACAAGCCUGAUUAUGAUGGUGGAAGUAUCAUCACAGAGUAUGUAAUUGAAAAGAAACUUAAAGAUGAACAGGAAUGGUCACCUGCUGGUGUCAGCAAGACCUGUGAGUUUGAAGCAACUAAACUUAAAGAACUUUCAGUAAUGGAAUUCCGAGUGUCUUCCAAGAAUGAAAAGGGACAGAGUGAUUAUGCCCAGAUUGGACCAAUUACAGUAAAGGACCACAUCAUUCAACCUGAAGCUGACCUAUCAGAUAUCCCAGGAGGACAAAUCAGUGUACGCAUUGGUCAUAAUGUCCAUAUUGAACUGCCUUACAAGGGUAAACCAAGACCAACUGUGCAGUGGCUAAAAGACAACCUGCCUCUCAAAGAAAGUGAACAAGUGCGCUUUAAGAGAACUGAAAACAAGGUUUCUUUGAACAUUAAGAAUGUUAGAAAAGAUAACGGUGGAAAAUACACCUUAGUCCUUGAUAAUGCUGUCAGCAGAAAAUCAUUUAGUGUCACUGUUAUAACCCUUGGUCCACCAUCUAAGCCAAAGGGACCCAUCCGAUUUGAUGAAAUUAGAGCAGAAAGUAUUAUUAUUUCAUGGGAUACUCCUGAUGAGGAUGGAGGUGGAGAAAUCACCUGCUAUAGUGUAGAAAAGCGAGAAACGUCACAGACAGCAUGGAAGAUGGUUUGCUCUAGUGUGUCCAGAACAACAUUUAAGAUUCCCAACUUAAUCAAAGGAACAGAGUAUCAAUUCAGAGUACGUGCAGAAAACAGAUAUGGAGUAAGUGAGGCCCUACUUUCACCAGAUGUAUUUGCCAAACACCAGUACCGACCACCAGGUCCACCAGGAAAGCCUUUUGUAUACAAUGUCACUUGUGAUGGCAUGUCAAUUCAAUGGGAUGCCCCAGUGUAUGAUGGAGGUUCUGAAGUUACAGGAUUCCAUGUUGAGAAGAAGGAAAGAAAUAGUAUUCUGUGGCAGAAAGUAAAUAAAACACCAAUAUCUGGAAGAGAAUAUAGAAUUACAGGUCUUAUUGAAGGACUGGAAUACCAGUACCGGGUCUUUGCUGAGAACAAUGCUGGUCUAAGUCCUUCUAGUGAGACAAGCAAAUACCAAGUGGCUGUUUCUCCAGUUGAUCCACCUGGUACUCCUGACUACAUUGAUGUCACCAGAGAGACUGUCACACUCAAGUGGGAACCACCACUACGUGAUGGAGGAAGCAGGAUUGUUGCUUACAGUGUAGAAAGACGUCAAGGAAAAGCACGCUGGCUGAGAUGCAACUUUAUUGAUAUUUCUGAAUGCCAGUACACAGUCACAGGUCUUGCCUCCGGUGACCGAUUUGAAUUCCGAGUAAUUGCCAGAAAUGCUGUUGGAACUGUUAGUCCACCCUCUCAGUCAUCUGGUUACAUCAUGACCAGAGAUGAAAAUGUUCCGCCAACAAUUGAAUUUGGAGCACAACACUUUGAAGGUCUUACAGUGAAGGCUGGAGAAAAGAUUAGACUUAAAGCUCUCAUUUACGGCCGUCCAGUACCUCAGGUGACCUGGUACAAGGAUGGAAACGAAAUUGACAAGAAGAUGAUGAUUGAUAUUACCACUGUGCUUGGUUCAAGCAGUAUCUUUAUCAGAGAUGCUGGUCGAGAACACCGUGGCGUGUAUAGUGUUGAAGCUAAGAAUGCUUCUGGAGUCAAGAAAGAAGACAUUACUGUUAGAGUACAAGAUACUCCUGGACCACCUGGUGGACCAAUGCGGUUCACCAACAUCACUGGAGAAAAGGCCACACUGUGGUGGGAUCCUCCUGAAAAUGAUGGUUGUGCUUCUGUUACCCAAUAUGUGAUUGAAAAACGCGAAACCACCAGAAUCUCAUGGGCACUUGUUGAUGACAAAUGUGAAGCUUGCACAUUUACUGCUACCAAGCUGAUUAAAGGCAAUGAGUACCAGUUCCGAGUGUCACCAAUUAACAAGUUUGGUGUUGGCAGACCACUGGAAUCAGAGCCUAUAAUUGCACAGAUUCAAUACACUGUCCCAGAUGCUCCUGGCACCCCAGAUUCCACCCAUGUCACAGGAGACAGUAUUACACUCACUUGGACAAGACCAAGAACUGAUGGUGGAAAUGAAAUUAAACACUACAUCCUUGAAAGACGUGAAAAGAAGAGCUUGCGAUGGGUGAAAGUUUCAAGCAAGAGGCCCAUCACUGAGACUAGAUUAAGAGUAACUGGUCUGACAGAAGGAAAUGAGUAUGAAUUCCGUGUCAUGGCUGAAAAUGAAGCUGGAGUUGGACCAUCAAGCAGUACAUCUAGAUUAAUAAAAUGUAGAGAGCCAACCAGUCCACCAAGUGCCCCUACUGUUGUUAAAGUCAGUGAUACCACAAAGACAUCAGUAUCCUUGGAAUGGACCACGCCUGUCUUUGAUGGAGGAAUGGCGAUUAUUGGAUAUGUGAUUGAGAUGUGUAAGGCUAGCCUUGAAGAAUGGCACAAAGUCAACGUUGAAACUUGCAUCAAUACUAAGUUCACUGUAAGCGAAUUAGAACCUGGCGAAGAAUAUAAAUUCCGUGUAGCUGCUAUUAAUGGUGCAGGCAAAGGUGAAUCCUGUGUAAUUCCUAAUGCAGUAAAAGCUGUGGACAGACUCACAUCUCCUGAAAUUGACAUUGAUGCCAAUUUUAAACAGACACAUAUUGUUAGAUCAGGUGGCACUAUUUGUCUGCAUAUUGCAUUCCAAGGCAGACCUGUUCCUUUGGCUACUUGGACCAAGGCAGAUUCAGAUCUUAGUCUGCGGGUUGAUGUUCACACAACAGAAACAUAUAGUACCCUUACAAUAGAGAAUUGCAACAGAUAUGAUGCUGGGAAAUACACCCUUACUUUAGAAAACAACAGUGGUAGCAAAUCCAUUACAUUCACUGUAAAGGUACAGGAUACUCCUGGACCACCAGGACCAAUCACCUUUAAGGAUGUGACAAGGGGAUCUGUGACUCUGAUGUGGGAUGCCCCAGCUAAUGAUGGAGGAGCACGCAUUCACCAUUACAUUGUGGAAAAACGAGAGGCUAGUCGUCGUAGUUGGCAAGAGGUCAGUGGUAAAUGUUCUCGCCAAAUCCUCAGAGUUGGAGACCUUUCAGAAGGUGUACCGUAUUUCUUCCGAGUAAUAGCAGAAAAUGAGUAUGGCCCAGGUGAGGCAUGCGAAAUGCCAGACCCACUUAUUGCUACUGAGGAACCUGCUCCACCUAAGAGACUGGAUGUCAUUGACACCUCCAAGUCCACUGCUACUUUGGCCUGGCUGAAACCUGAACAUGAUGGUGGCAGUCGCAUCACAGGAUAUAUUGUUGAAAUUAAACAAAAGGGCUCAGAUAAAUGGGUUGUUGGUGGUCAGACUAAGUCUCUGACUCUGAUAGUUGAAGGCUUGGUAGAAAAUACUGAAUAUGAAUUCCGAGUCAAGGCUAGAAAUGAUGCUGGCUUCAGUGAGCCAAGAGAUUCCUUCUCAUCUGUCAUCAUUAAGGAACCACAGAUUGAGCCUACAGCAGAUCUCAGUGGAGUCACCAACCAACUUAUUACCUGCAAAGCUGGAAGCUCAUUCACAAUUGAUAUUCCUAUUAGUGGACGUCCAGUUCCCAAGGUAACAUGGAAACUAGAGGAGAUGAAACUGAAAGAAACUGACAGAGUCAGCAUCAAGACAACCAAAGAAAGAACAACAAUGGUUGUCAAAGAAAGCAUGAGAGGAGACUCUGGAAAAUAUUAUCUUAUACUUGAAAAUGUUGCAGGUGUCAGAACAUUCACUGUUACUGUCAAUGUUAUUGGAAGACCAGGCCCAGCCACUGGUCCUGUUGAAAUAUCAUCAAUCACAUCAGAAUCCUGUGUAUUAACAUGGCAAGAACCUGAAGAUGAUGGUGGGACAGAAAUCACCAACUAUAUUGUAGAAAAACGUGAAUCUGGUACAACAGCUUGGCAGCUUGUUAAUUCCAGCGUUAAACGUACACAAAUCAAAGUCACCCAUCUCACCAAGUAUAUGGAGUACACAUUCCGAGUGUGUUCUGAAAACAGAUUUGGUGUAAGCAAGCCUAUUGAAUCAUCACCAAUUGUGGCUGAGCACCCAUUCAUUCCGCCAAGUCCACCAACAAGACCUGAAGUGUACUCUGUCAGUGCUAAUGCUAUGGCCAUGCGUUGGGAGGAGCCAUACCAUGAUGGUGGUAGCAAGGUCACAGGCUACUGGAUUGAGAGGAAGGAACGGAAUACCAUUCUCUGGGUGAAGGACAAUAACAUACCAUGCUUUGAGUGCCAUUAUAGAGCAAGCACACUUGUAGAAGGCUUGGAGUACCAAUUCAGAAUAUAUGCAAUGAAUGCUGCUGGCUUGAGUAAAGCCAGUGAGGCUUCCAGACCUAUAAUGGCUCAGAAUCCAGUUGAUCCACCAGGGAAAGUAGAGGUCACGGAUCUCUCAAGAUCCACAGUAUCGCUUAAAUGGACUGUGCCAUUCUCUGAUGGUGGAAGCAAGAUUGUGGGGUACAUUGUGGAACGCAAGCCAUACAGUGAAACUGGAGAGGGACGCUGGCUAAAAUGUAACUAUACCACAGUUACAGAUACUUGCUUCACUGUGACAGCUCUUGGUGAAGGAGAAGUUUAUGAAUUCCGUGUAAUAGCAAAGAAUGGAGCUGGAGUUCUAAGUAUUCCAUCAGAAUCCACAGGACCGGUCACCUGCAAAGCUGAAUACACACCUCCUAAGGCUGAGCUUGACAGCAAACUUCUUGGAGAAGUUGUCACCAUCCGAGCUGGAUCAGAUCUUGUGCUUGAUGCUGCUGUUGGAGGCAAACCUGAUCCCAAAGUCUUCUGGUCUAAGGGAGAAAAGGAACUGGAACUCUGUGAGAAGAUUUCUGUGCAGUACACCAAUAAGCGUGCCAUUGCUAUUAUCAAGUUCUGUGACAGAUAUGACAGUGGAAAGUACACACUUACAGUGAAGAACGCCAGUGGAAUAAAAACGGUCUCUGUUUGUGUCAAAGUUCUUGAUACACCUGGACCUUGUGAUGAUAAGAUCACCAUAAGCAGAGUAACAGAAGAGAAAUGCACUGUAUCCUGGAAAAUACCAUCUGAGGAUGGAGGAUCAACAAUUACCCACUACAUUAUUGAAAGGCGUGAGACUAGCAGGCUGAAUUGGGCUAUAGUAGAGGCUGAGUGCAAGACCCUGUCUUGUGUUGUUACAAGACUCAUAAAGAACAACGAAUAUAUCUUCCGUGUUAGAGGUGUCAACAAGUAUGGAUCUGGUGUGCCACUUGAGUCUGAACCCAUCAUUGCUAGAAAUUCAUUCACUAAACCAUCAGCCCCUGGAGCACCCGAAAUAGUGAGCACUGGAAAGGAUCACGUUAUCAUUGAGUGGUUAAAGCCAGAAACAGAUGGCGGAAGUGAAAUAAGCAACUACCUUGUAGACAAGCGUGAAAAGAAGAGUGUGCGCUGGACAAGAGUUAACAAAGAUUAUACAGUCUAUGACACAAGACUUAAAAUCACUGGCCUUUUGGAAGGUUGUGACUACCAGUUCCGUGCAACUGCUGUUAAUGCUGCUGGUGAUAGUGAACCAAGUGAAUCAUCUCUAUAUGCCUCCUGUAGGGAUCCAACAUACACUCCAGGUGCUCCCUCAAUUCCAAGAGUUGCUGAUACAACCAAACACAGCAUAAGCCUUUCAUGGACAAGACCUAUGUAUGAUGGUGGUGUUGAUGUUCUUGGGUAUGUUCUUGAAAUAAAAGAAGAAGGAACAGACGAAUGGUACAGACCUCAUGAUAAAAUCACAGUGAGGAAUACAGAGUACACUGUCACUAAUCUCACAACUGCCAAGAAGUAUUGGUUUAGAGUGGCAGCAGUCAAUGUUAAUGGAAUUGGUGAAUUCAGUGAAUCAUCCGCUGAAAUUGAACCAGUAGAAAGAAUUGAAAUACCAGAUCUUGAGCUUGCUGAUGACCUGAAGAAGACUGUCACUUUGAGAGCUGGUAGUUCUCUACGGCUGAUGAUCUCUGUGACCGGAAGACCUGCCCCAAUAAUCAACUGGAGCAAACCAGGCGUGGACCUUGCCAGUCGUGGAUUUAUUGACACAACUGACAGUUACACUCGUCUCAUAAUUGAAAAAGUAAACCGUUAUGAUGCCGGUAAAUACACAAUUGAGGCUGAGAAUGCAUCUGGCAAGAAAGCAGCCACAAUUAUUGUCAAAGUAUAUGAUACACCUGGCCCACCUGAAGCAGUGAAGAUUAAAGACAUUACUAAAGAUUCAGUGAUUAUUACAUGGGAUGUUCCAUCUGUUGAUGGUGGAGCACCUGUCAACAACUAUAUCAUUGAGAAACGUGAGGCUUCCAUGAGAGCAUUCAAGACAAUUACAACUAAGUGUGGCAAGACGCUGUACAGAAUAACUGGACUGACAGAAGGAACCAUGUACUACUUCAGAGUAUUGCCUGAAAACAUCUAUGGUGUUGGUGAGGCAUGUGAGACAGCUGAUGCAGUUCUGGUAUCAGAAGUUCCUAUGAUUCCACAAAAACUUGAGGUGAUGGAUGUGACCAAAUCUACUGUCACAUUGGCCUGGGAGAAACCUCUUCAUGAUGGCGGCAGCAGACUGACCGGCUAUGUGAUUGAAGCUUGUAAGGCUGGUACAGACAGGUGGAUGAAGGUUGCCAAUGUUAAACCAUCAGUCAUGGACCAUACCAUCAUUUCACUUAAUGAGUUUGAACAGUACCUGUUCAGAGUCAGAGCCACAAACAGCAAGGGUGUCAGUGAACCAAGAGAGAUUGUGACAGCUGUUACUGUGCAAGAACAAAGAGUGAUGCCCAAAAUUGAUCUGGCUGGUAUUCCUCAGAAGACUGUUAAUGUUCCAGCUGGCAGACCUAUUGAACUUAGCAUCCCAAUUUCUGGUCGCCCACCUCCGGCUGUUAUUUGGUACUUUGCUGGUUCUAGGAUGAAAGAAAUUGACCGUGUCAAGAUUGAGACUACUGGUAAAUUAACUAAGUUGACUGUGCGUGAGACCACUAUUGAUGACACUGGUGACUACAUGCUUGAAGUGAAAAAUGUCACAGGAUGUACCAUGGAGACCAUCAAAGUUAUCAUUCUUGACAAACCAGGAGAACCUACUGGACCUAUCAGGAUUGAUGAAUUAGAUGCAACAUCUGUGACAAUCAGUUGGGACCCACCCGAGAAGGAUGGUGGCGCAACAAUCAGUGGAUAUGUUGUUGAACAGCGUGAUGCCCAUCGUCCAGGAUGGCUGCCAGUGUCCGAAUCUGUGACCAGAACCACAUUCAAGUACACCAGGUUGACCGAGGGCACUGAAUACUGCUUCCGUGUUGCUGCUGCUAAUCGCUUUGGAAUCGGAUCGUUCUUGCAGUCUGAGAUUGUGGAAUGCAAGAGCAUUAUUAGUAUACCUGGCCCACCUGGAAAACCAGAGGUAUUUGAUAUUUCUCGUGAUGGCAUGACAGUUAGCUGGUACCCACCUGAGGAAGAUGGUGGUUCCCAGGUAACUGGAUACAUCAUUGAACGUAAAGAAGUCAGGGCCGAAAGAUGGGUGCGUGCUAACAAAGUUGCUGUGACAAUGACAAGGUACAGAUCUACUGGUCUGAUUGAAGGCCUGGAAUAUGAACACAGAGUGACAGCCAUCAAUGCACGAGGCACUGGUAAACCCAGCCGAUCAUCUAAUCCUGCAGUUGCAAUGGAUCCAAUUGAGCCACCUGGCAAACCACAGAACCCAAGAGUGACUGAUACAACAAGAACAUCAGUCUCUUUGGCCUGGAACCCACCAGAUGAGGAAGGAGGCUCAAAGGUCUCUGGAUACCUGAUUGAAAUGCAAAAGGUUGAUCAGUAUGACUGGAAGAAAUGCAACACAACUCCAACCAAGAUCUGUGAAUACACUCUGACUCAUUUGCCACAGGGAGCUGAAUACCGGUUCCGUCUAAUUGCAUGCAAUGCUGGUGGACCAGGUGAACCUGCUGAUGUGCCAGGAACAGUGAAAGUUACAGAAAUGCUUGAAUAUCCUGAUUUUGACCUGGAUCCCAUAUAUCAAGAAGGCCUUGUUGUCAGGCAAGGUGGAGUCAUCAGGCUGUCUGUGCCUAUUAAGGGCAAGCCUUAUCCAGUUUGUAAGUGGACCAAGGAAGGCCGUGAUGCCACCAAUAGAGCUAUGAUUGCAACUUCCGAAACAUGUACUGAGCUUGUUAUCAAGGAUGCUGUCAGAGAAGAUUCUGGUACCUAUGACCUUGUUCUGGAGAACAAGUGUGGCAAGAAAGUAGUAUACAUCAAGGUUAAAGUAAUUGGACGCCCUGAUCCACCUGAAGGUCCACUUGAAUUUGAUGACAUCCAGGCUCGUUCUGUAAGAGUAAGCUGGAGAGCUCCUGCUGAUGAUGGUGGUUCUGAUAUUCUUGGAUACAUCAUAGAGAGACGUGAAGUUCCCAAGGCAGCAUGGUACACUGUUGACUCAAGAGUGAAGGAGACUUCUCUUGUUGUCAAGGGCCUGAAGGAGAACGUAGAAUACCACUUCAAGGCCACUGCUGAAAACCAAUUUGGCAUAAGCACAUCCUUGAAGUCAGAGGAAUCAGUCAUACCAAAAACACCUCUCUGUCCACCAGAGCCUCCAAGCAACCCACCAGAAAUCUUGGAUGUUACUAAGAGCUCCGUCAGUCUGUCAUGGUCCAGGCCUAAGGAUGAUGGUGGUUCCCGUGUCACUGGCUAUUACAUUGACCGUAAAGAGAUUUCUAUGGAUAAAUGGGUUAGGCACAACAAGACUCACAUCACUACCACCAUGUAUACUGUGACAGGACUUGUACCUGAUGCAGAAUAUAAGUUCCGCGUCAUUGCCCAAAAUGAUAUUGGUCUGAGUGAGCCAGGUCCAUCAUCUGAUCCAACUGUAUGCAAGGAUCCAUUUGAUAAACCAAGUCAACCAGGAGAAAUUGACAUCAUUUCCGUUACGAAGGACAGCAUCACAAUACAUUGGGUGCGUCCAGAGUGUGAUGGUGGCAAGGAGAUAAUUGGAUACUGGAUAGAAUAUCGCCAGUCAGGAGACAGUGCUUGGAAGAAAUGCAACAAGGAGAGGCAGAAGGACAGACAGUUUACCAUGGGUGGUCUCCAAGAGGCUACAGAAUAUGAAUUCAGAAUUCUUGCUGAGAACGAGACUGGUAUCAGCAGGCCACGCAGAACCGCAGUGGCUAUUAAGACUAAAUUAUCCAUUGGAGAAGCUCCCAGUAUCAGACAAGAAAUGCAAGAGGUCACAACUAAACUGGGCGACCCAGCCCAACUUACAUGCCAGAUUAUUGGCAGACCUCUUCCUGAAAUUAAGUGGUUUAGAUAUGGCAAAGAACUGGUACAGAGUCGCAAAUACAAGAUGAGUUCUGAUGGACGCAAUCAUUCACUGACUGUGUCAACAGAAGAACAGGAAGAUGAAGGCUUGUACACUUGCAGAGCUAUCAAUGAUGCUGGUGAAACUGAAACCAGUGGAAAACUGUUCCUACAGGCCCCCCCACAGUUCCAUUCUGGAUUCCCGCUGAAGGACACAUAUUGUGUUGGUACUGGAACAAGCCUUCGCCUCCAUGUUGUGUAUAUCGGACGCCCAGUACCAUCUAUCUUAUGGUUCCAUGGCAAGAAACCUCUAAAAGAGUCUGAAAAUGUUACUAUUGAAAAUACUGAGAACUAUACUCACCUUGUCAUCAGAAAUGUACAGCGUAAGACUCAUGCUGGAAGAUACAAAGUGCAGCUCAGCAACAUCUUAGGAUCAGUUGACACUGUGCUUCGUGUUGAAAUACAAGAUAAACCAGCUAUUCCAGAAGGACCAAUUGUUGUUGAUGCACUGCUGAAGAACUCUGUAGUAAUCAGCUGGAAACCACCAGCAGAUGAUGGUGGAGCAACAAUUACCAACUACAUUGUGGAGAAGCGUGAAGCAAAGGAAGGUGAAGAGUGGCAUCUGGUUUCAUCGUCUAUCUCUGGCACAUCUUGUAGAAUUGUGAACCUUUCAGAAAAUGCUGGAUAUUACUUCCGUGUUUCUGCUCAGAACCAGUAUGGUACCAGUGAAAUAUUGGAAAUUCCUUCUAUUGUCAUCAUUAAGAGUCCAUUUGAAAAACCUGGAGUCCCAGCCCAACCUAUAUCAACCGGUGUAACAAAAGACUCAUGUGUUGUGUCUUGGAAGCCCCCUGUCAGUGAUGGUGGUGCCAAAAUCAGAAGCUACUAUCUUGAGAAACGUGAAAAGAAACAGAACAAAUGGAUUGCUGUGACAACUGAUGAAAUCCAUGAAACCGUAUAUACCGUCAAAGGCCUUAUUGAAGGAUUAGAAUAUGAAUUCCGUGUAAAAUGUGAAAACCUUGGUGGUGAGAGUGAUUGGAGUGAAGUAUCUGAACCUGUAAUUCCCAAAUCAGAUGUAGUAAUCCGUGCACCACAGUUCAAAGACGAGCUGAGAAACCUUAAUGUGAAAUACAAGAGCAAUGCCACUUUCGUUUGCAAGAUCACUGGAUUUCCUAAACCUGUUGUCAAAUGGUUCAAGCAGGGCAAAGAGAUUUUGCCUGAUGGUACAAAGAUCAAAAUCCAAGAGUUCAAGGGAGGUUAUUACCAACUUGUUAUUACUGCAGUUACUGCAGAUGACUCUACUGUGUACCAGGUCAGAGCCACUAACCAAGGAGGAUCCAUUUCAGCCACUGUAUCCUUGGAUGUUGAAGUUCCUGCAAAGAUUCACUUGCCUAAACAUCUGGAAGGCAUGGGAGCAGUCCACGCUCUCCGUGGUGAAGUGGUUAGCAUUAAGAUUCCUUUCAGUGGAAGACCUGACCCAGUAAUUACAUGGCAGAAGGGACAAGAUCUUAUUGACAAUAAUGGGUACUACCAAGUUAUUGUGACAAGAUCAUUUACAUCCCUGGUAUUCCCUAAUGGAGUAGCUAGGAAAGAUGCUGGUUUCUACAUCGUAUGUGCCAAGAACAGGUUUGGCAUUGAUCAGCAGACAGUUGAAUUGGAUGUUGCUGAUGUACCUGAUCCACCAAAAGGCAUUACGGCUAGUGAUAUAUCAAGGGAUUCAGUCUGCCUGACUUGGUGUGCCCCAGCUAAUGAUGGUGGAAGCAAAGUCACCAACUACAUUAUUGAGAAGUGUGCCACCACUGCAGAGAGAUGGCUCCGUGUUGCCCAGGCACGCGAAACUCGCUACACUGUCAUCAAUCUUUUUGGCAAGACAAGCUACCAGUUCCGUGUAAUUGCUGAAAACAAGUUUGGUCAGAGCCAGCCAUCUGAUCCAACUGAACCUGUUGUCACAAAGGAAGAUAAGACAAGAAUGCUUAACUAUGAUGAAGAAGUUGAUGAAACCAGAGAAAUCUCUUCAGGCAAAGCACAUCACUCCGCCACAAAAGAACUGCAUAAGAACUACAUGAUUGCUGAGGAACUGGGACGUGGACAGUUUGGCAUUGUUCAUCGUUGUGUUGAAAUCAGUUCAAAGAAGACCCACAUGGCCAAAUUUGUCAAAGUAAAGGGUGCUGAUCAGGCUUUGAUUAAGAAGGAAAUUGCAACACUUAAUAUUGUUCGCCACAAGAAUUUCCUGUAUCUGCACGAGUCUUUUGACAGCCUUGAAGAAUUAGUUAUGAUCUUUGAGUUCAUUUCAGGAGUAGACAUAUUUGAGCGCCUUAGUACUCUAAACUUUGAGCUCAGUGAAAAAGAAAUUAUAAAUUAUACCCGGCAAGUCUGUGAAGCACUUGAGUUCUUGCAUAGCAAAAGUUAUGGUCACUUUGACAUUAGGCCCGAAAAUAUUGUUUACACCACAAGAAAGAGCCGGUCAGUAAAGAUAAUUGAUGUUGGCCAGGCUAAAUAUUUGAAACCUGGAGAAAACCUGAGAAUUCAGUUCACUGCACCUGAAUAUUGCGCACCUGAGAUCCAUCUACAUGAUAUGGUCAGCACAGUCACUGAUAUGUGGUCAGUAGGUUCUCUGGUUUAUGUGCUUCUGAGUGGCCUUAAUCCAUUUGCCGCUGAAACUAACCAACAGAUGAUUGAAAGUAUCAAUAAUGCUGAGUACAGUUUCGAUGAUGAAGCCUUUAACGAUGUGAAUCUUGAAGCACUCGACUUUAUUGACCGCUUAUUUGUUAAAGAGCGGAAAAAUCGUAUGACAGCUGCUGAGGCCCUUGAACAUCCCUGGUUGAAACAGAAGACAGAGAAGAUUAGUACCAAAUCCAUCAAGACUCUGAGACAUAGAAGGUACUAUCAGAGCUUAGUUAAAAAGGAAUGGAAUGUUGUUGUCUCUGCAGCCCGCAUCGCUUCUGGUGGUGCAAUCAGAAGUCAGAGAGGUGUAACAGUAGCUAAAGUAAAGGUUGCACCCAUUGAAAUUGGCCCAGUUUCAAGCCAGAUUAUGCAUGCAACUUCUGAAGAGGGAGGACAUGCCAAAUAUGUGUGCAGGAUUGAGAACUAUGAUGAGUCAACUGAAGUAACAUGGUACUGUGGUGUAAGACAGCUGGAAAGCAGUGACAAGUACGAGAUAAGCUACCAGGAUGGAGUAGCCAUCAUAUAUGUUAAAGACAUACACAGAUCAGAUGAUGGCACCUACAGAUGCAAAGUUUUUAAUGACUAUGGAGAAGCUAGCUCAUAUGCAGAGCUGUUUGUUGAGGGUGUGAGAGAAUACCAUGAAUACUUCAAGGGACGCACUGUGAAGAAAGUGAAACGCAGGGUGGAUACUUCUAGACUGCUAGAGAGACCACCAGAGUUUACUCUGCCAUUAUACAACAGCUCUGCAUAUGUUGGUGAUGAUGUACGAUUUGGAGUAACCAUAACAGUACACCCAGAGCCUCAUGUAACUUGGCUGAAGUCUGGUCAGAAGAUCAAGCCUGGUGAAGAUGAUAAGAAAUAUACCUUUACAACUGAUAAGGGUCUUUAUCAGCUUAUCAUUCACAAUGUACAACCAGAGGAUGAUACAGAUUACACUGUUGUGGCUCGUAACAAAUUUGGGGAAGACAGCUGUAAGGCUAGACUGACUGUAACACCUCACCCUGUCCCAGCUGAUAACACAAUGAGACCAAUGUUUAAACGUUUGCUAGCAAAUUUAGAAUGCAAAGAAGGCCAGAGUGUUCGCUUUGAAUUAAGAGUGUCUGGAACACCUGCUCCUUCUUUAAAAUGGGAGAAGGAUGGCGUUCCCUUGGCAUUUGGUCCUCAAAUUGAGGUUAUUCAUGAAGGUCUAGAUUACUAUGUCUUACACAUUCGAGAUUCUCUUCCUGAAGAUUCUGGUACUUACAGAGUCAUUGCUACCAAUUCAGCAGGAUCUGCAAGCUGCCAGUCAACGCUGAAGGUUGAACGUGUGACCUAUACCAAACGAGAAUACAAAAGCAAAGAAGAAAGAGAAGUACAUGUUCAGAAGCAAAUUGACAAGACAUUAAGAUUGGCUGAACUCCUUUCUGGUGUUGAGGCUGUGCCACUAACACCUGUAGCACAACAGGCUUUGAGAGAAGCAGCAAUUCUAUAUAAGCCAGCUGUGAGCACCAAGAAUGUACAGGGUGAGUUUGAAGUCUCAAAAGAAGAAAAGAAAAAGAGAACAGAAGAAAAGAGGAUGCGUAUGCCAUAUGAUAUUCCGGAGCCUCGUGUGCAUGCACCAACAGCUCUUGAAGAAGAUAAACAGAUUAAACACUUUGUACCCUUAUCAGACAUGAGAUGGUACAAGAAACUACGUGACCAAUAUGAAAUGCCAGAACCAUUAGAGAAGAUUGUUCAGAAACGACCAAAACGUAUCAGGCUUUCUAGAUGGGAGCAAUUCUAUGUUAUGCCUCUGCCACGAUUCACUGACCAAUACAAGCCUAAGUGGCGCAUCCCUACGGAAUCAAAAGAUGACCUAGAAACUGUAAGACCAUCUCGUCACCGCACACCAUCUCCUGAGUAUGAAGCUUAUUAUAGACCAAGAAGAAGGUCUCUUGGAGAUCUUUCAGAUGAAGAGCUCCUGCUUCCAGUUGAUGAUUACUUGUCAAUGAAAAGAACUGAAGAAGAAAGAUUGCGCCUGGAAGAGGAACUGGAAUUAGGCUUUUCUGCAUCACCACCAAGCCGCAGUCCUGUACGCUUUGAGUUGUCUGCUCUCCGCCAUCCAUCAGCAAGGGCCCCUGUGACCUUGGAUACCGAUGAGGAAGAAGAAGGGGUCCACAAAUACACAACAUAUCGCAUACCAUCCAAGCAUGAAGCUGGCCCAAGCUAUUCUGAUCUCCGUCAGCGAUAUGAUACGGCUACAUACAGACCUCCAAGACAAAAGCAGAGAGUAUUUGAAGACAAGGAAGAUGAAGAACUACUCCGUCCUGUUGCUACAACUCAAAGACUUGCCAUGUACAAAAGUGAAAUGAAACACAUGGAACAUGAAGAAAAAACAAGGGUCUCUAGAAGGGAGAGGGACGUUCUGGAAGUUAAAGCAGAAGGCUUGAAAGUGACUGAAAAGGUAAGCACAGAGUCCACAUCUGUUUCACGUUUACUAAGGAGAAGGCGGUCACUUUCACCCACAUACAUUGAAUUGAUGCGCCCUGUAUCUGAAUUGAUAAGGCCCCGUCCACGUCCAGCUCCUGUAUCUCAAGUAGAAACACCAGAAAGAAGAUCACCCACUCCUGAAAGAACACGUCCACGUUCUCCCAGUCCUGUAUCUAGUGAAAGAUCUGUCUCCAGGUUUGAGAGAACUGCAAGAUUCGACAUCUUCUCCAGAUAUGAGUCAAGAAAAGCAGCUUUGAAAAGUGAAAGGAAAUACGAAGUUGUGAGUCAACAGCCUUUCAGCCUUGACCAUGCCCCUCGCAUUACUCUCAGAAUGCGUUCUCACCGUGUGCCAUGUGGCCAGAACACCAGAUUUACAUUAAAUGCUCAGGCCAAACCAACAGCUGAAGUUAAAUGGUACCAUAAUGGCCAAGAGAUUGAAGAAAGCAACAAGAUACGCUUCACCAACACUAGCGGGGUUUUGACUCUAGAGGUUCUGAACUGCCAGAAAGAAGACAGUGGAACAUAUCGUGUUGUGUGUUCAAAUUACAAGGGAGAAGCUUCUGAUUAUGCAACAUUAGAUGUAUCAGAGGGGGAAUAUUCCACCUAUUUAUCUCGUCGCAAGGAUGAGGAACCUCCUGAACCACGUGUUCCAGAAAUGACAAAGACAGAUCUUUACCAUGUAUCCUCAAUGAAGAGAACUUCAUCUUCUGAGACAACCACAGAGGUGAAAGAGACCAAAACAAAAGUGACUGAAGCAAAAGAAUCUGUUAUGUAUGAAAAGUAUGCUUCUGAUGAAAAGAAAGCUAAAACUUCAGAAGUCAAAAUGGUAGAAGAAAAAGCUGUUCAGGAAAAAGUAAAGACAACCCUUCCACCCAGAAUCCUUACUCUACCCCAGUCUGUUACAGUCUCAGAAGGAGAAUCUGCCAGAUUUGCUUGUGACAUUGAUGGAGAGCCAGCCCCCAGUGUGACUUGGAUGCAUGCUAAAAAAACUAUUGUAUCUUCCAGUCGCCACCAGGUGACAACAACACAGUACAAGUCUACCUUUGAAAUUUUGUCUGUUGAAUCAUCUGAUGAAGGCAACUACACCGUGGUGGUAGAAAACUCUGAAGGAAAACAAGAAGCCCAGUUUGUUCUAGUCAUUCGCAGAGCUUUAGCUAAAGAGAAAGUGAUCACAUCACCACCCACAGUUAAGUCUCCAGAGCCCCGUGUAAAAUCUCCAGAAGCCCGUGUAAAAUCUCCAGAAGCAAUCAAGUCUCCCAAAAGAGUGAAAUCACCUGAACCAGUUACUACUCCUCGAAGAGUUAAAUCUCCACCAACUGUCAGGACACCUUCCGCAGAGAGAGUUGAAUUGCCAGCAACAACUCCUCCCAAGAUCGUCCAGCAACUGAAGGCUGAAGCAUCUGAGGAUAAAGUAAAGAUGACAUGUGUAGCUGAAAGCUCAGUCUUGAAUGUAAAAGAAGUAGUAUGGUACAAGGAUGGCAAGAAACUAAUGGAGAGCAGUCACCACCAGUUUAAUUAUUCUGCUGAUGGCACUUACAAUCUCAGCAUCCGUGGUGUUACUGGGGCUGAUCAGGGAGAAUAUGCUUGUGAAAUUAUUGGAGAAGCAGGUGUCACCAGAACAUCUUUCUCAUUUGUUGGUCAAGUUUUCAAAAGUAUUUAUGCUAAAGUGACAUCAUUUAUGGAGACAAAAGCAACAACUAAGAAAACAGAAGUUCUGACAACUAAAUCAAAACCAGUUUUCACAACUGGUCUCAGUGACGUGGCAGUAUCUGCUGAUGCAACUGUGAAGCUGACAGUGAGAGUUACAGGGGAACCUAAACCAACUAUUCUGUGGUUCAAGGAUGGAAAGACUCUUUCUCAAGGUGGGAAGUAUGAACUUUUUGAAGAGCAAGGAUCAGUACACCUGAAAAUCUCAAAAUCAGAGGUAUCUGACAGUGGAGUGUACAAAUGCACUGCCACCAAUUCUGCAGGAUCUGUAUCCACAAGUUGUAAAGUGACAAUCCAAGCUUCAGAGGCAACUACGGAAUCACUCAAAGUUGCCACCAAAUCCAAAUCAGUGGCAGUUUCUCAUGAAAAAAUGGAAGUUACAGAACAAAUUGUUAAAAAGGAAAUUGUUUAUGAAGAAGUCAAAACAGCUUACACAGAAACAAAGGUGUCUCGCUCCCAGAUGACCGUGUCUGAGGGUCAAAAGGUUAUACUGAAAGCCAACAUUUCAGGAGCAUCCAAUAUAAAAUGGGUCCUAAAUGGAGUUGAGUUAACUAACUCAGAGCAAUACAGAUACGGUGUGUCUGGGGAUGAUCAGACUUUAACUAUCAAGAAGGUUAGCCACAAAGAAGGAGGAAGUCUUACUUGUGAGGCUAAAACAGAACAUGGACUUGUCAAGUGUCAUUUUGAUAUAACAGUCACUCAGAAACGUUCAGAUGCACCUUCUUUUAUUGUGCAACCAAAGUCCCAGAAUGUCAACGUGGGACAAAAUGUGAUCAUUACAUGUGAAGUUACUGGAGAGCCUUCUCCUGAAGUAGAGUGGCUUAAAGACAACAUGACAAUAUCUAUGUCCUCCAAUAUGAAAUUGAGCCGUUCUAAAAAUGUGUUUACAUUGGAAAUUCAUAAUGCAGCAGUUGCAGACAGUGGAAAGUACACGGUCAAAGCCAAAAAUAUGUAUGGACAGUGCUCUGCCACAGCAUCCUUAAAUGUACUUGCCCUGGUUGAAGAACCUAUCAAACAAUUACUUUUGGAGAAAAGUGCUGCUGCAAGCAUGCAAGAACAUUUCUCUUCCAAGUCAGUCCAGAUGGCUGCCUCUAUGCAGGAGUCCUCCUUCAGCAGUUCCAGCAUGAGUGAAGUUAAAUUUGCAAGCAUGUCUGCAAGUAGCAUGUCCUCCAUGAAAGAGUCCGUUGUAGCAAUGAGUUCCAGCAGUACCAUGGGAAUGUCAAGUCUGUCACAAAUACAAGGGUCUACUAGCAGAAUGAUUAAACAUGGUGUUAAAGGAGCGGCACCAAGAAUUGAAGCUCUCCCGGAAGACAUCAGCAUAGAGAAAGGAAAGGUUCUUACAGUGGCCUGUGCUUUCUCUGGGGAACCAGUUCCAGAUAUUGAAUGGUCCCGUGGUGGCAAGACCCUUUCAAGCAAAGACAAGAGUGGCAGAUUCCACAUUGAAACUACGGAAGAUCUUACCACACUCAUCAUCACAAACGUCAAGGAAAACGACGCUGGGCAGUACAUUCUAAAACUGUCAAAUGAGCUUGGUUCCGACAGUGCAACUGUGAAUAUUAGCAUUCGAUCAUUGUAAAAAUGAGAACAUGUCUAUUGUCACCCUAUUUAAGUGCCUUACCUAUUUAUUAUUUAAUUAAUAUUGACUUAACAUUGUAAAUAUGAACUAUUUUUAUACCUAACUUGACACUAAUUUAUGCCAAACUAGACAAUGUCUAAAUUUGUUAUAGAACGUGCCAUAUUGAAUAAUUUGACAUGUAUAUAAUGUAUAUAGCCGAAACUACCGGUUAUGGAAGCUUUAUACCUUAUUAUUUGUGACAUUUUAAACUGCAACCAAUGAAACUUACUGGUUGACAGGAGAAAGUUUCGGACGAAACGACUACCCUGGAAAACCUGGAAUGAAACUUUGUGCCUCAACGUAAUGUUGAAGUCUAAGAAUACCUCAACAGGUAGAGAGGCUCCCUGUUGAAGAAUACCUUAUCCGAAGAAAUGAUGUCAUGCACUACAUCUCUAUAAGUGCAAUAAUAUUAUAUACAUUGAACAUGACUAUAAGACCUUAAGUGCUGUUUACAUGUACCCUCCUGUAAGCAGCACCAAAACGCCUUGUAGUCAAACUGACUACGUCAUACUACUGUUUUAAAGAGACAUUAUCAUUAUUGCUCUAUUGUGCAAAGUGCAAGCGGCCUGCACUUUGUACACUAAGUAAAAUGUAUGUGCACUGUUUCUGGCAUGGGACCGCUUGGAUUUGCUUUAAAGUAACAUCACCUGGCCAUACCCUCAAACCUGAAAGCUGUUCAAGUGCUUCUUUGCAGAAGCAGUGCCACCUCUUGGAGGUUCACAGAAGUGUAGUGUGUGUGUGUUUGUGUGAUACAAUUUUAUUUUAGCAUGGUCUAUUUUAAGAGCAACCAAGAAACAAGAGAACCACAGUUAUAAAACAUCUGCUGUGUUUAAAGAAAAAUAUGUUAAAGAUACGCCUUGGACUUUGAUUUGUUUUAAUUUAAUUUAUAUAGCAUUUAUUUAGAACCUCCUUGAGAUUUAUUAUGUUUUUGAUUGAAAUAAAGCAUGUUUUCUGCACAUCAAAA